GUGGCCCUGCGCGCAUGUCACGAGGCGGGACGAAGAUGGCGGCGCUCUGCGGCGACGACGGCGGCUUCCGGUGUCCGGCGAUCCGUUGAAUGGGCGAAGCGAGGAAGUUAGUUCCGGAGGAAGGCUGCUCCCGCGGUUGAGAAGUUAGCCCUGUUUCUUGGCUUGCGCAGCUCUCGAACCCUGUGCUGUUCACUCUUGCGCGGUGAGUUCCAGAGACGUCGCUGAAGCAGCAGCAGAAUGACGAGCGAGGGUAACGAAACGCGGAACCCGGCGGAAGGUGGACCCCCCAAACUGCAGUUUGUCCCCUUCAGCAGCGCCUUGGAUGCUGGCUUUUGGCAUGAGCUGACCCAGAAGAAGCUCAAUGAGUACAAGCUCGACGAGACCCCCAAGGCGAUCAGAGGCUAUUACUAUAAUGGCAAGUACACUGUGGGCCAUUUCUCUUCUCCGGGGGUGGGUGGGGGGAUUGUUGACCCCAGUAAUAGUGGUUCAUGCUGCUGGAUCACGCCCUGCGCAGGUUAAAGGCAGAUUCUCACGAUGCCGAGGACGUGUAUGCUGGCAAAAUGAAGCAGUUAUAGCAUUACUUCAUUACGCGAAGUGUAACCUGCUCCUCCUGCGCAUGUUUACUCGACGGUAAGCGCCGCUCUCGAAUUCCGCGGCAUAGGAUAUUGUAGCCAACCCCACACAUUUCAUUCGGAGUAAGACCCACUGAACUGAGCGGCAGUUAACUUUUGAGCCAAACGUGCAUAGGAUCUCGGGGUUUUCAGUUGAUGCGGGUGCUUUGUGGCCCCCCUGCAGAGGCUUCAACGUCAGUGUCCAUGUCACUGAAAAUAUGUACUCAUUUAUAUUUGUAUACCGUUUAAUCACCAAGACUUCUAAGCAGUUUAUAUAAAGCAGUAUAAAAUAUACAUCAAAAUACUGGUAACAUCAAAUGUUAAAAACAAGCUCCCCUAUGUUUCCCCCAAAAUACAGUGGUACCUCGGUUUAAGAACAGCCCUGUUUACGAACUAUUCGGUUUAUGAACUCUGCAGAACCGGAAGUAGUGUCCCGGUUUGCAAACUUUACCUCGGUCUAAGAAUGGAAGCUGAACGGUGGAAGGACACCGGCGGCAGGAGGCCUCAUUAGAGAAAGCGCACCUCGGUUUAAGAAUGGUUUCGGUUUAAGAACAGAAUUCGGGAACGGAUUAAGUUCGUAAACCAAGGUACCACUGUAUAAGUAAAACCGGCGGUUUGAAAAUAUACAAAAUAAAAUGGUAUGCUGAAAUUCAUGCAAUAAUUAACAAAGUUUUUAGAAGGCACCAGAAGCAAUAAACGUGUUUGACUAAUAUCAAUGGGCAGGGAGUUCCAGACUGUAGCGAUUGCCACACUGAAAGAUCUGUUUCUUGGAAGCAUGGAGCAAACAUGACGUGGCCCUUGUAAAACUGUCUGUUCUGCAGACUGAAGCAGUCUGUUGGGCAUAUAGGGAGAGUAAAGCGAUCCCUCAAAUAAACUGACCCUAAACACUUGAGAACUUAUUCUAGCAAAGAAGUGCCAUGUCCCUGCACUGCAACAACACAGUCCCAAGUCAAGUCUGUGGAAGUCUUUUUGCACUCAAACUAAAGCCCCUUAUGUUUUAUCUAAGCUUAGGAGCCUAGCUUGCUCUGGAUGACAGGAGUCUGUGGGUACUGAUAGACAAAUUUAUUUCUGUUUCUCCUAUCUGGAACAGAGAAAUAGGAAGUACUUCAUAGUUAUUCUCUGUUAACUCCUUUCCUCUUUCUUGAACAGCUGGAGUUUCACUCUUCCUCCAUUAAUGUGUGAAGGAAUCACUGACUGCGUACCACUGCCUCUUCAAAUUGAACAGGGAAAAAUUACAACCCCAAAUUAUUUAUCUAGGCUAUCUACUUUACCUUAUAGUGGUGGGUGGGUGAAGGAGGGGGGAAGGAAGCAGAAAUACGUCCUUUUCAAUCACAUUGUCUUUCAUACAGUACUUCUUCUGUGAAAUGGGGAACCAGUUAUGAAACCACCAUAUGAAGAAAGAAUAUCUUGUGAGGAAAGCGCAUAUAUACUCCGUCAUUAAGCAAUCUUAUGAGGGAGUAUAUUAAGAUUGUUCCUUGUCUAGCACACAAUGUUGCUUCCCUUAUGGGAAAAAUGUACCAUCAGACAUAUACCCAUAGAUACAGCCAUUCUAAAAAACUUUUUUUUGUUGUUCUUCUAGGAGAUCCUGCUGGUAUGCCAGCUCGUUUAACGCUGGAAUUUAGUGCUUUUGAUAUGUAAGUAACUUAAAUGGUUCCUAUGUUAUCUUUAUUUCUCUACUUUAUUUCUCCACUUGCAAGCAGCCACUAUGGCUUGACAUAUGCUUUCAUAUGUAGCAAUAUCUGUGCUGUUCUUUUUAGAUUUUUUCCAUUCUGGAUCCUCACAAUGCUGACAUUGCAUUAGAGCUAUUCCAUUUCUCCCACGCCAUCCUACUUUGCCUCCUAGUACCCAAAAAAUCAAGACUUCUUUUUUUUUAAAAAGAACUAGAAUGGCCCUGCAAAAACGCUUAUGUGAGAAUGCUUUUUUGCACACCAUUCCUCAUUUACUGGUUUUAAUGACGCUUAGGUGUUGUCUUUUUCACUUUUACUACACCCCAUCCUAUCAUUUGGUAGCAUGGUGGGAAAAUGUUUCUCAGCACUGGAAUUCUGAAUGAAAUUUUAAUAUAUAAAUGUAAAACAAAGGACUGUCAGUACCUUUUCACAUGCACAUGAAGGUAGAAUGAAUUUGUGGAUAGGAGAGAAAGUGUGACAUGACAAGUGUUCCAUAAAACUGGGGUCCCUGAAUUAAAUGCAUGGUUCCUGCUAGAUACAAGCUGUGCAUCCAAGUGAUGGGGGAUUCAGUGAUCAUGCAGGGAUAUAAAGGAACAAUCUGGACCCAGAUUGUUAAGAGCCCUGUAAACUCAAGCAAGCUCCUUGAACAUUGUCAGAGGAGCAGGGGAAGUCACUUCAAAUGGUCAGUAGGAAAACAGAAAUGUUUGAUGAGCAAUACUAUGUAAUGAGUGUGGCAUUCUAGAGAUAAAGUGAUCUAUGGAUUUUGUGACUUCCAGUAGAUUAGCAUGAACUUUUAAAAGCCCCAUCCCAGCUGUAAAAAGAGGACAUGCAUCUCUACUUUUGAAAGAGGAUCCAUGGUCCUAUUCCUCUUUUCGACAUAGUUUGACAAACCAGGUGGAGAUUCUGCAAAACUGAAGAACAGUGCCCAUAGGCAUAACUGUUUGCAUUCUGUUUCUGGUUGGAAAUGUGCCUCACUCAGUUUCUGGUUCUUCUCCCAUAGCUAUAUUUUUAUGAGACAUCUAAUCCAACUUCUAUUCCUUUUCCCUCUGCGGCUGAGAUCCAUGCAAAUAAAUGUUAGAUGAGUUUGAAAUUGUUCUGGUUUGGAUAUGCAAUGUAUAUUGAUCGGGGUGGGGGAACCUGUGGUCCUCCAGAUAUUGUGGGACACACAGUUGCCAUCAGCUUCAGCCAGUAUGGCCAGUGAUCAGGGAUGAUGGGAGUUGUAGUUCAACAGCAUCUGAGUGGUCCAUGGGUUAGGACCCACCCCUACCACCCACCCCUAUGUAGCAGCCUUGCAAAACUGAAUAAAAUAUCCAGUUUUUCAUAGUUUAUUUCCAGAUGUUUGGGGGGGGGGAAUGUGCAGAGUACCAAUAGCUCUGGUUUGUGUUAACACCAUAACAAAUACUGGAAUAUAGUUUUUGUCUUUUUCCUUAGGAAUGCCCCAACACCAGCACAUUGCUGUCCUGCUAUUGGAACAUUGUAUAACACCAAUACUUUGGAAGCAUUCAAAUCCUGUGAUAAGAAGCUUCUUCUUGAGCAAGCUGCAAAUAAGGCAAGAUAAAAGUGUUACUAUUAGAAGCCGCUUUUAAAAUAGCAUUGAAACUGUGGCAAUGGCAAAAAGGACCUAUGAAGUUGUGAUCCUGUUUUGGGAAGCUAUUUACAAUGUGAUCCUGUACAUGCUUAUUUUGAAGAGAGUUCCGCUGAGUUCCAGAAUACUUACUCUCAAGUUGAGUGUGUGCAGGAUUUCAUUAUUUGUUUCUCAGGCUCACUUCAGGAAUGAGAUUAAGCAACUUCAAUGCCAUAUAUUGCCAGAAAAUUGUAUGUUGUGUGGUAUUGGCUUUGGUGACCUGUUUUGAUGCUAUCCAAGGAGUAGGAAAAUAAAGGCUAAGAUGACAAAUCUCAACACAGAUUUCUUUAUUGAGUUUAUUGCCCUCUGUCAUCCUAUAUGGCAGAUAUUAUACCAUUGGGAAGCAAAUACAUUAACCAAUAUACCCACUAUUUCAAGGAAGUUUUAUUUAAGCAUUUAGUGCCUUCCCACUUUCAUUGGGCUCAAUCAAGGAUUGUAGCCUAAGUGAUGCAAAUGUUAUGCCUGUACUGUACUCAUAAGAUGGUUUAAUUCUGAAGUUUUUUUUCUGAAAUAACUUUAUCAUUUGCAGCUUUGUGAGAAUGCUGAGAAUUCUAAUGGCAAUAUUGGAAUGAAACCUUGACUGUUAAUGCUGUUUAAAUUUGCAGUGUAGGAAUGCAUCUUCAUGUAUUUGGCCUUGUAAAGAAUGUAGAUUACUGUUACACGGUUUUUGAAAUACCUUUUAUAUUUCUAGCAUAUGCUGUUGGGAGAGAUCAGGGGUCUCUCUAGGCCUUUGCAUUUGAAAUAAAUUUCAGAUACAGCAUGAAAGUGAAAGUUCUCCAUGGGAAAAAUUCAGAUGCACAAAGAAGCAAAGAGAGCAGUCCAUAGAAUUACAUGUGCUCUCCCCAUCCAAAAUGAAUUCUUCUUUCCCUGUUCAGCAUUAUGUUAUGUAUGAUUAUCAUUCACCUGCAUGCUCAGUCUAAGCUAACAUUAGUCCAUUUAUUUAAGUAAGUCUAUUCUGACUUGGUGGCAUAAAACAUAUAAGAAGAGUAUAUAUUAAUAUUAUUGCAAUGAUGAGACAAAUUCUAAUACCUUUAUUGAUUAUUAUUUUCUUCUUCUUUUCUACUGUUAGAUAUGGGAUGCAAUAACAUCAGGGACUGCUGUUGAGAAUCCUGUCUUACUGAACAGAUUUAUCCUAUUAACAUUUGCUGUGAGUAAAUGGUGUUUUUUAUUUUUAAAAAAUUCUAGAUGAUUCACAGCUAAAAACAAAGCAUUUGCCUAAUAGUCAACAAAGACUAGCUGAUGGGUCAUGAAUCUAAUGUGCCCAGGCUGAAAUGUCAGGUUUACACUGCAAUCUUCUGUGAUUCCUGGAAAGGAACCUUCUGUGUCUGGAAAUAUCCCUUUCUAUCCCUGACAUAUAGAAAAAUGAGAGCAAGUGGUACUUUCUAAUUUAUUAAGGACCUACUUUUGUACUGUAUAAGAGAAUGUUGUGCGUCACUGUAAAAGCGAUGCCACAGUGAAUGUGAUGGCUCCUAAUUUUGAUUUUACAGAAUUGGGUUCCUAGAAUCCUAUUCCUAAUUGGCAUUUUGUAGCCUAUGAUGGCCUAAAAGUUUUAUAUGCUUCCCCUCUGCUAUUCUCUCUGUGCAUGUCAGUGAAAUGUAGUUUAUGGCAGUACCCAGUUGUCUGACAUUGCAUGGGUACAGUGGGAACGCUGUAUUAUGCAUUCGCUAAGUGCCUAAUUUGAAUAGUAAUCAUUGGAUCAAACAACCCUUUCCAAGCUAUUACAUUUCGCAGUUAUUUCAUUAUUGUAGUUUUAAAGUGUUCUAACGUGUUUAUACAAUUUCCUCCUUAGGAUUUGAAGAGAUAUCGUUUCUAUUACUGGUUUUGUUACCCUGCACUUUGUCUCCCAGAAGGUAUCCCUUUGAUUCAGCAGCCUGUGUGCCUAGGUGCAAAGUUCUCAGCUACUCAGGUAUUUUUUUAAAAAAAAAAACCCAACAGCACUAUUAACCUAAAACUUUUAGGACUUUAUCCUUGUCAUAAUGGUUUAUUCAUUGUAGCACUAAGUGGGGUAUGCGUGUGUGGAACAAGAUCUGUUCUUUCAAUGGGAUUUACCCCCAUUCUCUUCCCAUGUACCUCCUAAAUCUGCUUUGGGUUUCCCUCCAAUCCUCCAGAACUGCUUUAGAGGCAGGGAAGGGGCAUGCAGAGGGAAGGAGGGAAGUCCCACUGCGUGAUCGAACCUUGUUCCCUGCACGCGAUGACUUAGUUGAAUCCCACCCAUUAAUUCUUUAUUUAUGGAACUCCAUUCCUGUAUGUGGUACUUAAAGGAGAACCUCUGGGUUUCGUAAGGCCACAUUCCUUUGUCCCAGGCAAUAACCCUCACCAACACUGCUUCAUGUCCUUCAGCCCUACUGUUGGGCUGUAACGCAUCCUUAAACUGUGAAAAUACCUCUUGUUUUCUUGGAUGGAAAGUGGAGAGAGGGAUGUCCUCUGCCUUCUGUGUGGUUGCGAUGUGUAGAACAGGUGACAAUAUUGUUCCUGAGUGGCUUUGUCAUUGUUGUUGAGCACAUAGGUGGCCUUGGUACACUAGUGACCUGCGUGUGAUGAAAUGGAUUGGUGGCUAGACCUCAGGUGGCGUGAAUCUCAGUCUGAACUAAGUAGCAUUUAAGAAACAACGCUGAAUUGAGUAAGCCUGUGUUCUGUCUUCAUUUUAGAUUGAAGCUCUCCAGAAUGCAUAUGAUGAACUUUGUCAGAAAGAAGGCCUUACAGCUCUGCCUUUUUUUCUAAUCAAGUACCACGACGAUUCUGUUCUUGUCUCCUUGCUCAGAAACUGGGAUGACUUCUUUUCUGAUCACAAGGAGAAGGUAAAACCCACCCUGAACACAGGAUUCUCUAUUGCAAGUGUCAUUUACACCUUUGACUCCAUUUACUGGCUUCAGAGAACAUGAAAAUAAUUCCUAGAUCCAUAAGCUUUUUCUUGAUGAGGGUGGGAGAGGAGAGCAGGUUAGUUGGAUAUCUGAAAGAGGAUUUUACGUAGGUUAGUUGGGUGUCAGACUUUUCUAAGUGCUGAAGGUCACUUACUUUACCUUGCUGUGCUCAGAUACUUUAUGGCUUUUCUUCAGCCUAGCUCUGAUACCAUAAGUCAGGCAUGGCCAAACUUGGCCCUCCCAAUGUUUUGGGACUACAACUCCCAUCAUCCCUAGCUACCAGGACCAGUGGUCAGAGAUGAUGGGAAUUGUAGUCCCCAAACAUCUGGAGGGCCAAGUUUGGCCAUGCCUGCCAUAAGUGAACCAGCUUCUGGGGUAAAAUGGCUCAGAACAACUGAAUGUUGCAAGAUAAGAGAAGAGGCUGGAUUUUGCUCCUUUCCCUCUUGCACACUAGGAAGUAGACCUCACUCCCUGCUUUUUAAGUAAAAGGGAAGGCAUGUUUAAUAACACAGACUCCUCUAGUCAUUAGCCAGCUUCAUUAAUUUAGCCAUUUGACUAGGGCAGCUACUCAAGUACCUGCUGCUGGGUAGGGGUUUCACCACACAUCAGGUUUCUUCCCUCUCCUGCCAGCAGAUCUGCUUUCUUUAUCCAAGAUGCUACAUGUAGAGCUUGUGCGUUCGUUGAUGGUACUUGUCUCGCAAGCUGAUGAAUGUUAAAAUGUAAAUGGAAAACCGAUGUGCUGCAAGGUUACAAUUGUAUAUGUUCAGCUCUGUGUCUCUUGCAUAUUUACAGUUGUACUGUGGUCAAAUAAAAUUAGCAUACAGUACAUAUCCGUAGUAUUCAGUAAGUGCUAAUCCUCUUGUAUUAACUGUUAAUGGUAUCUUUUUUUCUUUGCAGGUGACAAUUGGUGUUUACGAUCCCUGUAAUUUUGCCCAGUAUCCUGGUUGGCCACUGAGAAAUAUCUUGGUCCUGGCAGCACACAGAUGGUAUUUAUUACGAUUCCUUAAAUGUGGCUUUCCCCAUGGCUACAAACCUAAACCCAUUUACCUUGAAGCAAGUCCCAUAGCUCCCCUUGCCUCCUUAAUUUCCAGAAGGUUAUCCAGCCCUCUGGAUUGGAUUUAGUGGGGGCUGCAGCGGGGCAGGGAAUCACCAAAAAUUGCAUUCCUACUCUAGUAUGCUGAUGGAAUCCUUUCAUCAGAAGAUGAACUGCACUUCAUAGUACCCUUGGUUAUGGUUAGGAUUGGUAGCAUUCUCUGGAAAGAUCACCAAAACAUGGUAUUAAUUUAUGAGCUUUGGGAAUUUCUACAGUAUUGUAAGGGCAAGAGGCUCCUUCAAAUUUCAGUUUUGUGUGAUAACCCUGAACUGAGCUUUGGCUGAGCAUACCAAGAAUUUACAAAUGAAGAUUGCAGUUCUUAAGAGCCCUCCCAUAGGUUCCGUCUAUUGAAACAGAGGUGAUUCUUCUGCUAUGUGGUUUAGCAGAGCACAUUGCUCUCGCAGAUUGCUUCUGGUGCACUUGUUCAUCUUGCUGUUCCUUAUUACAGUGAAUAGGUUUGUCUCUCGAAAAUGUAUAUGGCCUGUUGGACUGUAUCCAAAUCAAAUCCUGUUGGGAAAUUUUCUUGGCAUCACAUUCGGAUAAUUACCUGUUGUUAAUCCUGGCUUUCUGGCUCUGCUGCUGCUACAGAGUUCUUUAUUUCUGACAGGGGCAGCCACCUUCAUUCUGUUCAAGUGCUCUGCUUCCGAGACAGGACCAUGCAGGGAGCAAGAGACAUUUCACACAGCACCCUUUUUGAAAUAAAGCUUCCACAAGUGACACAGAAUUCAGGUAAUCCAUUUUGGACUGGUGGGGCUCUGUGUCUAGUGUAAUGUGGUCAAUAUUCCUCCUUAGAAUAUUUUUUUUUCUCUCUCUCUCCAUAUUGCUGUGAUGAUGAAAACAGUGUGGUACUUGUCCCUGACUUUGUAUGUUAAAAGCUUCUAUCAGUAAAGGCCUCUUCAGUGAAAAGUCCUUGGAAGGUGCCCAUCCUCUCUAAAUCAUAUGCCAGUUUUGAAAGCGUUUCCUGUACUUGCAAACCAUUUAUGCCUCUGUUGUUUCCAUUAUGGUGUACUCAUCAAUGUAGCUUUUCACAAAAAGCUGUUCAAGAGGAAGGUGAAGGUAGCCUUGUUUCUAUCUAUGGCAUUAAUUGCCAGAGAUCAUGCUAGAGGCAACCAGCUAAUAGGAUUCUUAAUUUGUUUUGGACCAUUCAUUUGGCUUCAUAGUUACCUUCUUUCUUGUGCUUUAUUGUCUGAAAAAGGCACACUUGCCAUUUAUCGACAACCUUCUGAACCCAUCACUUCGUUAAGAGGCCUUUUUAUUCGCUUCAGGAACAUCAGCAAGUCCUGUUCUCCAAUUAUAUAUUGGCUGCCAGGCCAGUUCCAAGGAUAAUUCAGGUUCUUAGUUCUUUAAGCCAGGCAAACCCUCCUGUUGGGCAGCAUCAGGCAGCCGAUACUGGGAGUAGGCAACAGUGGUGCAGUGCUGAAGAACAAAGAUGUGUGGGUGCCAUGGCCUAACCUGCAUCCUCUAAGCUGACCUGCUGCCUUUAGGUAUGGUGGAGCACACUGACACAUCAGUGCUGAAGUAAGAUUCAGGACCGCAGUGCCUCAGUGACCGCCUCUCCCCAUAUGAACCAACCUGGACCCUACAAUCAUCAUCAUCAUCAUCUGAGGCCCUUCUUUGUGUACCCCCUUUUCUACAGUGGCUCCCAACUUGCGGAAUGUGUCUCCAAGAAGGCUCACCUAGCGCCUUCAUUACAUUUCUUAGGUACCAGGCAAAAACAUUCCUCUUCUCGCAGGCCUUUGGAUAACUAAGAAAUUUAUGCCCUUUUAAACUCUGGGUUUUUGUUUGUUACUACGUUGUGUAUUUUUAUGUUUUUAUAUUGUAAUCCUCAGAUGAAGGCUGGUAUAGAAAUUUAAUAAAUAAUAUAAAUAAACAAACAACCAGUUCAGUUGGCCUUUUUGUGUGGAAAGGGGGGGGGUAGGGGGAAAACCCCCAUCUUGUCUGCCUCAGGCAGAAAAAUGUCUUUGGCAAACUUUUCCCAAAGUAGAUUGAGUUUCCAUGUUCUCCCAUAUGAUUCUGCCCAGUCUCUGAUCGUCUGGGGCCAUUUUGUGUUCCCUGCAGUCUUCAGAGGUGUUUUUAGUUAGUGGCAACAUGCAAGAGUUCCUUUUCUCUCUUAUGUCAUUCUGCUUUCAUUUGAAUGCUUUUCUGUUUUAGUAAUCAUUUGAUUUCUCUGCUAGUUACGCUUUUCUCAGUUGGCUCCCAGUUUUAAUAACCGUGAGCUGCUUUGGGCUUUUCUAGUUGUCUGGAGUAAGUGGGCUGUACAUUUUAUUUCUAAUAUACACUGUAUGUUUAGAUGUUCAUCUCCACAGAUUGGGAUUAAAUGUGAUUUGGGGCCACUCGAGGAGUUUAGUAGCUCAGUGAGGGUUUGAAUGUAGGUCAGAUCCAUCAUUCCUUUGAUUUGCAUUACUUGAUUCCCAUUUAAGAACCUCAAGAAACUGAGCUUUUAAAGUAAGGCAGUGCUAAAAAAAGAAAGAAAUAGCUGCCACUAGCAACAAUGCCAGUCAAUUGCUGCAUUAUGAAACUGAUUACAGAGCUUAAUCUGCACUCAUGUGUUGGCUUCAGAAUGUAAAAUAUGCUAGAAUUUAUUUUAUAGAUUGCUACUCUAUAAAGUUCUAAGCUGCACAAUAAAAUAUUCUAUCAUCCAAAGACUCACUUUUAUGGCAAGUUCUAGUGAAAUCUGGAUUUUUGUAAUCAGUAUUGACUGGCAGUACUUUUCAAUAUAUUCUAGAACAGCCAAUAUCUUUUUUCUUUUUUGCAACGUUGUCACUAGACUGACAUGGGACACCUUUGAAAUUACAGUUGUAACUUCAUAUAACUGUAGUUCUCCACUACUCAAACUUUUAACAAUUUGCCACUUACGAUGAGUGGGAUUUUGCUGUCUCAAACAACGUUUCUAUUCUUCAACACAGUUAUUUUUCUCUGGUGAGGCAGGUUGUCCAAAAGCCGUUGGAUGGGAGAAAAACCAAAAAGGAGGUAUGGGCCCAAGAAUGGUCAAUCUGAGCGAGUGCAUGGACCCGAAAAGGUACGUACCAUUACAAGGCUUCACACUCUGAAAGGCAGCUUUGCAAGAUAAGAAAUACAAGUUGGGAAUGCCACUUAAGUACCUGAGGAAGCCAGCUCUUAGCAUUAUGGACUCAUUCACUAUUUAUUCACUGUCUACAGAAUUGUUUUUAUUUUUUCCUAAAGAAUCUCUUGGCCGUUAGGUCACUCUGUGUACUUACUUAUCAAUACCCAUUUCUUUGACAGUUUGAGGACUCUCGGUUCUUGAUUAUCUUGUAGAUUGCAGUCUUCCUAACUACGGAAGCCUCUGGAUGUGAAAAAGGAGUACAGUGGUACCUCUGGUUACGUACUUAAUUUGUUCUGGAGGUUCGUUCUUAACCUGAACUGUUCUUAACCUGAAGCACCACUUUAGCUAAUGGGGCCUUCCGCUGCUGCUGCGCCGCCACCAUGCGAUUUCUGUUCUCAUCCUGAAGCAAAGUUCUUAACCCGAGGUACUAUUUCUGGGUUAGCGGAGUCUGUAACAUGAAGCGUAUGUAACCUGAAGUGUAUGUAACCCGAGGUAUCACUGUACAGUAGAACCUCUACUCAUGUGCAUGAUCUGUUCCGAAGGCCUGUCCUUGUGGUGAAACGGGUCAAUAGUAGAAGUGUCAUUGUGUGCAGGCGCAUUCGGCGGCAGCCCGCUUCUGCGCAUGUGCAGACGGUGGCGGCCGCUUCUGUGCGUGUGCAAAUGGCAGAAGCUGCUUGUGCGCGAAUCGCAGCAAACCCGGUGUUUACUUCCGGGUUUGCUGCAGACACGACUUGGAACGGGCCUAAGUAGAGCAGGACGUAAGUAGGACGUACCUACGGGACCGCCUCUCCCGGUAUGCCCCACGGGGAGCCUCAAGGUCCAUAAAUAGCAACACCCUAGUGGUCCCGGGCCCUAAGGAAGUUAGAUUGGCUUCAACCAGAGCCAGGGCCUUUUCAACACUGGCUCCGGCCUGGUGGAACGCUCUGUCUCAUGAAACCAGGGCCCUGCAAGAUCUGAUUUCUUUCCGCAGGGCCUGUAAGACAGAGUUGUUCCGCCUGGCCUUUGGCUUGGAGCCAGUUUGAUUCCCUCCCCAUCUUUCUUUUUUCUUUUUCCUUUCUCCUCCUGCGAUGAGGCUGCAUUUUAAUAUUUUAAUGUUUCAAUACUUUUAUUGUUGUAUUUUAAUCUUGUUUUUAAGUUGUAUUCAUUCAACUUGUUUUUAUUAUUGCUUGUUAGCUGCCCUGAGCCCGGCCUUGGCUGGGGAGGGCGGGGUAUAAAUAAAAAUUAUUAUUAUUACUGUAUAUUAGCAAGGGAGCUAUGUGCAACAGCUGCGCUGGUGGCUUUCAAAUGCCAAUGAAUCCAUUCCACAAUUGUUUUUUGAGGCCUACCUGUUACAGAGGAUUCUGGGUACAUUCAACUCACAUUGGGCACUGGCGAGGCAUAUUUUUACUUAAUCAGUGUCUUCCAUGAGCUGAAAGGGCACCUUAGAGCACACACAGCACAAUCCUUGGGCCACAUCCUGCCCGCGAGCACACGGUGGACGUGCUCUGUUUCAGCAAGGCUUGUUUGCCAUUACUGAUUGAAGGAUGCCAGGUUGAGCUGAGUUCCCAUAACAACAUCUAUUACAUUCUGCUGAUUAAGUUUUAUGAGUCUUGUGCAAAGAACCAUGUAGGAAAUGCAAUCUGGCUUUAGGAACAGCAAAUCUCUCAUCAUUUGUUACCUUCCUCCCUUGUAUUUGGGGCUCUGAGGCAUCAAUUGCAGCUUCCCUUGAGAGUCAGAUUGGAAAUUUAACCCAGAGCCAGAAGACCACAGUUAACUACUUGUUUAUUACAUUGACUUAAAGGAACAUAAUUUGCAUAACAUAACAGACGCCAAGCUGCAGGUCAUGAAAAGGUUGGUCGUUUUACAGCAUUUAAACUUUGAAAUUGUUUCCUGCUAGUAAAGAGAAACUCCCAUCAGCCUCCGGAAACUGUGCACAGAGAGAAUUAUAGAAAUGCCAAAAGAUGAAAGGCUUUCCCUCAUGGUUCAUUGUUUCUGAUCUUUCAGCAAUGUUACCAAUGCAUUUUCAAGUUUUUCUUCCUCCCUUCCUAGAUGGUGAGAUUUAAAGCCUUCUUUUUAAAUUAAAGUUGUGGGUUCUUGGGAGACUUGAGGUUUUGUAGACUAGAAACGUAUCAUAAGGACUUGUAUGUUAUAACAAGCAGGAAAUCUGCAGCUGAAAAAUGGUCUUUUCUGUUUCCCUGCUACAUUUUCACCCUAAUUGUGAGGAGAGCUUAAACAUAGCCAUUUGGGGCUUCUCUUCCAAUUAUUCUGAUACUUUCAUAAAUGUUGAUGCCAAAUUCUGCUUUCAAAUUUAGAUGAAAAGCUAAAUUAAGUUUUAAAUAAAUACAUGAAAUCUGAAAAAAUGGCCUGCAGAAGUUUGCUGGAGUAUGUAGCAAAAUAUUUUUGCAGACAGCUGAAGAAUUCAAGUUAGCUGGGUUUUAUUUCAAGUUUGGUUUUACAAAAUUGUUUAUCAAUAUUUUAGAUUAGCAUUCCUUUCUCUAGAUUGUGUCAGAUAGUGUUACAACAGGGUUAUAUUUGGAUAUUGUAUGGAUACAUUUUAUAUUUUCCAUUUAAUAUUGGCAUAAUUUACAAUCCUUCCAGUAUUUACUCUGUCAAUAGUAUGUUCGUCAGGAAAGUAUUCCAGCCACUGGCUCAAAUAAUAUUAAUUAAUUUUAUAAUAAUUAAAAAUUCUAAUUUGACCUUAAUUUUUAAUUAAUUCCUGCAGAAGAGAUUAAACAAUUUUACAAUAACUCUUUUUUAAUAAGAAGAAUAGACGAGCAAAUGGGGGGGGCACAAUUUAAAUUCUGGCAGGGUUUUAAUAAAUAGCAAAUAGUGUUAUAUAAAUGCAAUUGCCGUCUAAGGAUUAAAUAUAUAUUUUUAAUAAUUUGAGUUCUGUUUAUUUGCUGUUUAGGAGUAAGAUUCAAUGUAGAGUCAUUUGUGCAGCAAUGUCCCUUAAACCAUUUUGGGGGGUAGGUUCUGAAUGGGGAGAAGAAAAUCGGAAGUUCCAUUGUUUAAACCAACUUCCAGUUGAAUUUAAAUUCCAUGAACAGGCAGACAUUGUUCAGUGUCGCCCUAUAAAUUCUUCACUAUCUGAUUUCCCAUUGUAAAUGAGUACAUCAUAUCUAGGAACACAAACAGGAGAUAUUUUGUUCUUGUUCCUAUAUUACUGGGAUGGGAAUAAUUCUGACAGGUUCUUCUAAGUGAGAGAGCAGUACAAGAGUGAUCUCUUUGGAUGAGGACGUUAUAGUCUGAUCUGAUGCUGCCUCUGUUACAUGUAUAAAAGCUGAUACGGCUUUAACCAAGACAGCUAAAUUUAGUGCAGAACCUAAAUGUUAGAUUUUCUUUUUUGUCCUCUAGCUUUUAGACUGUGGUGAUAUUAGUUGUCUUAAUACUGGGUAUUUGGAGAUGGGGACAAGAAGAAAAUGUAAUGCACUAUUGUAAGCUCUAAUUAAAAUACAGAGGAGAUGAAGGACAUCAGUGGUGUACUGAUGUUCCAACCGAGGGGGCGAGCAUAACCAUUCUUUAACUUCCUGUUAUAUUUUAUUUUAUUUUAUAGGUUAGCUGAAUCAUCGGUGGAUCUUAACCUUAAAUUGAUGUGUUGGCGGUUAGUGCCUACUCUUGACCUGGAGAAAGUUGUGUCUGUAAAGUGUCUUCUCCUAGGAGCUGGUACGCUGGGUUGUAGUGUAGCCAGAACUUUGAUGGCAAGUACUGAAGCUACUCCACAUAUUCAAACGCUGUCCCAUUAUUUUGUAUCAGUAUGUAUGAAGCAAAAUAGGUGUCCAAUAAGAGUCCUUCUUUCUUCCUCCUGUUCAUGGGAUUCUCUCUUUGACAGCCCCUACCCUGGAGGCUCAAAAGUGUGCUCACACAAGAGCCAGUUUGGUGUAGUGGUUAAGAGCGGUAGUCUCGUAAUCUGGGGAACCGGGUUCGCGUCUCCGCGCCUCCACAUGCAGCUGCUGGGUGACCUUGGGCUAGUCACACUUCUCUGAAGUCUCUCAGCCCCACUCACCUCACAGGGUGUUUGUUGUGGGGGAGGAAGGGAAAGGAGAUUGUUAGCCGCUUUGAGACUCCUUAGGCUAGUGAUUAAGCGGGAUAUCAAAUCCAAACUCUUCUUGUUAACAUGCAGGAAGCGGGCUGGGCCAUCGUAUCCUUCGCAAUGAAAGGUACAAAAUUUGCCAAACUAUACCUUAACAAAUGAACACUAUCUAAUUAAGGUGCAUAUAACCCUUCUUCAGGGGUUUGGAAGGGAAAUGGUUUCUAUCAAUUGGCUGCAUCAUUAUUUUUUUUAGUGGCGUAGUGCAGCUUGUGAAAUAAUCAACCUGAGUCCUGAGUAAAAGCCUGGGAUUAACAGAAAUAAAACAUAAACUGUGAUUAGUGCAUAUAUUCCAUUCUGCUCUUCUAUUUUACUUUUGCUAUUAGUUGAAAUAGCAUAAUUGUUCUCAAAAUGUGAGAUGGAUUUCUCUGAGGAGUUAUCGAAUAUGGAAUGAGCACACUACUGACCACACUUAGUGUGUGUCUGGAGGAUGGCAACACAAGAACGGGCCUUUUCUGUGGUGGCUCCCUGUUUGUGGAACGCUCUCCCCAGGGAGGCUUGCCUGGGGCCUUCAUUACAUAUCUUUAGGCACAAGGCAAAAACGUUUAUAACUAGGCCUUUGGCCAAUUAACAUUCUAUGGCCUUUUAAAUGUGUUUGUGGGAGAAGGGUUAUUGGUUUGUUUUUGUAUAUCAUGUAUUGUGUGUUCUCAUUUUGUAAUUUUUUGUUGUGAAUCACCCUGUGUCUUUGGAUAAAGGGCGGUAUACAAAUUUAACAAAUAAAAUAUAAAAAAAUAGAUUAGUGGUAAUUCUUGCCUUACUCAAAGAACUAUUUCAUUGCUUGUGGUUUUCUACUCAGGGAUGGGGAGUCAGGAAGAUCACAUUUGUGGACAACGCAAAGAUUUCUUAUUCCAACCCUGUGCGGCAACCACUCUAUGAAUUUGAAGACUGCCUCGGGGGUGGGAAGUCCAAAGCACUUGCAGCAGCAGACAGGCUCCAAAAAAUAUUCCCAGGAGUGGUGAGUAAAUGCAUUGAGACGUGAUUUAAUGAUCAAAACACUUUAUUAGUUUCAAUAACGGCCUAGGAUUUCUUCUCAUGCCCAUUCUUCAAAAGUGAACUAACCCACAAGGAAAUAAUUCUGAUGUUACGGUGACUGACUAGCUUUGACAGCUAGUCAUUUACACGGAAAAAAAGAACUGAAAUUAAACCUGCUUGAAGCAAUCAAAAUAAAAACGAGGCACAAAGGAAGAGUUUAGGAAAAGUAAACUGAGCACUAUUUAGCUGUACUUAGUUCUUCAUCAAAAUGAAGUGACAGAGGAAAAGUGUCAUUUAGCACAGAGUGUUAUUCACACAGCCAUAAAAAUAAUCUCUACCACCAUACCAUUUAUAGCAAAUACAGGGUAUAUCUGCCUUAUUAGAGACCCUUACUUGGAAUGCAUGCAAUUGCAGACUGAUAAUUCUAAUUACCGUAUAUUUGCUUGAGAGUAGACAUACCAGCUUAUUAUUUCAGACAGCAAUUGCAGGAAAAAAUAUUACAUGUUGGCGGAAUCCAGUUGAUCUUUCUAGUACAACUGCUGCAACGAAGGCAUCUGCUAAUUGCUUCUUCAAGCACACGCACCCGCCCCCCAAAAAAGAUAAGUUGGGGACUCAGGAACUGUCUAGGACAGAUUUUGGGGUACAGGGCUGCAGCUGAGAGGGGAAUUGGCAAGUAUAGCAUGCCUCCCCGUUAACUGGUGUCUCCCCUUGGACCAAAGGCCUUUUAAACCAAUCAUCAGCUUUCCUCAGAGAAAACCUGGUACUGGAGUGUUAAACCAGGAUGCCAUGCAGCAUGAAGUAGAAAAUUCAGCACCUUCCUAAAUUAUAUUUAUUUGUAUAUUUACAUUUCUAACUCGCCCUUUAUCAGAACAUUAUACAGUGGUGCCUCGCAAGACGAAAUUAAUUGCUCCGCAAGUUUUUUCUUCUUGCGAGUUUUUCGUCUUAGUGAUGCACGGUUUCCCAUAGGAAUGCAUUGAAAAUCAAUUAAUGCGCUCCUAGGGAAACCGACCUCAGACCAGGUCCGGGGACAGUCUGUCCCCCGACCUCUUCUGAAGGCUGGGGGACAAGGGCUUUUCUUCCCACUCCACCCCAGCAUUUUAAAACCCCGGACAGCGGAGGGCUUCUCCGCUGUCCGGGGCGAUCUUAAAAUGCUGGCGGGCGGUAUUUUAAAAUUGCCCCGGACAGCGGAGGACUUCUCCGCUGUCCGGGGCAAUUUAAAGCUCUCUGGGAAGGCAGGCAGGGGGACAAAGACUUUGCCCCCGCCAGCCUUCAGAAGAGGUCCUGGACCUCUUCUGAAGGCUGGCGGGGGGCAAAAGUCUUUGUCCCCCCCCCCACCUGCCUUCAAAAGCUGUCCAGCCAAGGCUUCGCGGACCUCUCCGCAAGCAGCGGCAGCACUGCCGCUGCUUGCGGAGAGUUGCCGGCAUGCCGAAGCCUGCGCGCCCGGAGAACAGCGCGCCCCGGCGGCGCGGCCCGCGACGCGAGCAGCGGCAGCGCUGCCGCUGCUUGCGGAGAGCUGCCGGCAUGCCGAAGCCUGCGCGCGCUGAGAUCAGCGCGCCCAGGCUUCGCGGACCUCUCCGCGAGCAGCGGCAGCGCUGCCGCUGCUUGCGGAGAGCUGCCGGCAUGCCGGGCCUGCGCGCGCUGAGAUCAGCGCGCCCAGGCUUCGCGGACCUCUCCGCGAGCAGCGGCAGCGCUGCCGCUGCUUGCGGAGAGCUGCCGGCAUGCCGAGGCCUGCGCGCGCUGAGAUCAGCGCGCCCAGGCUUCGCGGACCUCUCCUGCCUUCAAAGCCGUCCGGGAUAGCGGGAAGCGCUUCCCUGCUAUCCCGGACUGCUUUUAAAAUGCUGGCGGUGGGGAGCAAAGCCUUCGGCCCCCGCCAGCCUUCCUGGACCUCUUCUGAAGGCCGGAGGGGGGAAGGCUUUGCUCCCCACCGCUAGCAUUUAAAAGAGGUCCUCGGAGAUUUCCCUAUGGGCUUCGCCUUGCGAAGCAAGCCCAUAGGGAAAUUGCUUUAUGAAGCGCUCUCAAAACGGAAAACCCUUUCGUCUAGCGGGUUUUCCGUCUUGCGAGGCGUUCGUCUUGCGGGGCACCACUGUAUUAGGAUGAGGUCCAACCACAUAAGCAGUAGGCAGCCAUGGAAAGAUGGAAGAAAACUAACCCUACAGGUGUUGUCUGAAAGACUGUGCUGUGUAUUUUGGGUUGUAUUCAGUACUGCGUGCACUAAGUUCUGCCCUUCCUCUGCUCUCCCUGUCUGCUGCCAAAAUCUACUCUCAAGGAUCCCCAAUCCUUUGGAGUAGAUUUUGGGGCUGCACACGGGGCUGGAGAGGAGAGGGAAGCUCCAUUAUGCAAGUGGAAACCGGUUGCACAAGCUGAACUGUUGGACACAAGGCUUUAUAUAAACAUUUCUGCCCCAUCAGUUCACUCCUCUGGGCAGCAAGAACAAUAAAAUGAAUAAUAAAACCAGUCAUAAUUAGGCUCUGUCUGCACUAGACAUAUGGAAACUGUUUCGAUUUAACAGUUUCAUUAUUGGUUUUUAUUGCAGUUGGAGCUUUUUAAUUAGUCUCACAACUGUCUCACUUAUACGAAAUAUUUCUCCAUUCGUAAUUAUUGACAGCUUUUACUAAAUGGAACUAAAUUUCUCAGCCUUGUGAAUCCUCCAGCUAACUCCCUGUGCAUAGGUUUUGUUGUGUAAUCAACAGCCUUCAUAUUUGGGCUCUGAUUUUGGAAUCUGACUGCUCCAUUUUUGAGGGACUACAUAUUGUAACUUCCCUAAAUCUCCUAAUCAUGGUUGGAGUAUUAGGAGUAUGCUGUGGGCUUAGGUGUUCCCCUUUCAUGCUCUGAAUUCUGGUAAUGGCCUUUGACUGGCCUUGACUGCCCAGGGGUCCUUUACCUUUUUUUUAAAACCUUACUCAAACAUCUCAGCCACACUAAACGCCCCCCACCCCCCACUUGUGUGGGCAACAAUCCUUAGUAGAUCCACUUUGCCCAUCUUUCAGAAGCACUGUGUUGGAUACAACCACCUGUGGUUUUUUAAAGGUACUAUUUCACGCUACUGAAAGAUUCACUGCGAUUUGAAAUAAUGUUUUUCUUAUGCCAUCUGCUGGUCAAUAAGCUCAGCUACACAACAAAUCUGAGCUUUGUAUUAACAAUACAGUAUCUUAUAUGCAGUCUUAGGCCCCCCUGUGUUUUUAACUGUGUUAUUUUAAAAUUAAACCCAUUUGCCUGUUUGUACACACAAAUAACAAGGUUAUUUUUGAAAUACUAUUUUCUUUUAACUAGCAAAUCAAAGAGUGCUUUGUGUACUGAAAUACUGUUUUGACAUGUACCACAUGUAAUUCACUGGACCUGAGUAUGGAUGCUGCUGGUGUACCUCCCAGCCCAUUCAUUGCUCAGCAGCUUCCCUGGCCAAGCUGACAGAGGAGCUCAUGGAGGUGGUUUUGGAGAAUUUCUUCACCGUGGUGCUAUGGUGGCCUCAAGUGUGCUGUGACAGCAGGGCUGGUCUCUGCCUCCAGAUGAAAUAAUCCAUGUUAUGAUGAUUAAAAUGGUUCUAUCCUCCUCAGUAUUGCAAUUUUGCUGGAGCCUGCUGGUGCCUGCUGGCUUAAUUACAUGAAAUAACCAAACAUAUUAACAAGUAGGUUUACCUAAUUAUGGUUAAAAGUUGUAUUCUGUGUGAAAAUAUGUGUGUUAGUCUUUUCUUUCUGCUUCAUUUUUUAGAAUGCUGAAGGUUUUAAUAUGAGUAUCCCAAUGCCGGGUCACCCAGUAAAUUUUUCUGACGUCACCUUGGAGCAGGCCCGCAAGGAUGUGACACAACUGGAGGAGCUCAUUGAUGCCCAUGAUGUCAUCUUUUUGUUAAUGGACACCAGGGAAAGCCGGUGGCUUCCUGCUGUUAUUGCAGCCAGCAAGAGAAAGGUAUCCUACUUCAUUAGUAUCCCAGAGGCCAUGAUGUAAGUAGCGCAUUGUAGUCUGUGGUGGCCAUUCAAAAGCAUUUGCAGUUGCUGUUUUAACACAAAUCAAACCCUUCAACUGCAAACAUUUCCCAAUGACUUAAUGCUCUUAGCUAUCUUCUGCUUGGAAUCUCCCUCAGACUGAAACAGCUUAGUUGUUAGUGUAACAUGCUCAGUUCCAUUUGCACAUUAUUAUAAUCACAUUUCUGGCUGGCCUUUAUGGCAAGACCCUGUGUAUAUACCCUAAUAUUUUGAAGGGGAGUGGUAUCCAGGAAUAUAUCUCUGCAUACUUGCCUGGCAAAGGAUAAUGUGGAUUGUAUUGUAUUAAAAUAUAUAGCUUAGAGUUUUGAUCUGGUCUUCUGCUGCUUCUGGUUUUUUUUCUCUUUUAAUUUUGUUUUCAUAACUUUAAUUUGGCUUGUAAAAAUUGAAUAAAUAUUCAUAAUUUCUUAAGGUAUUUAAGGUAUUUACUUUUGCUUAUAACCUAAGGGUAACUCUAGUCUGUUGAACACUAAGAAUGCUGGCAACUGUAUUUGAUCUGUCAGGUUGUGGCUAUUAGUUUCUGUCUUCAGCAGUUUUUACCACUUACUUAGAAAAGAAAAGAAGCUUACAUGUGUUUGUGGGAAUAGCUACUGAAGACCUGGAGAAUUAUCUGCUUGUUUUUUCAGUCUGUAGAAGUACUAGAGGUGGAAAUCAUCAAGCUGAAAUAAAAAUAGUUUACAGGCUAUGUAUAUGAUAAUUUUGAAGUGAAACCUGUGUACUGUCAGAUGAAAUGAUGUAAUGAAAUUAUCAGAGUAUAUAACUACUGUACUUUUUGUUCUUGUUCUAAGCUUUGUUGAAAUAGCAAGAUAUGGGCAAGAUCCCAAAGUAGAUAACAGGAUGGGUCUCUAAACCUCUCUCUCUCUCUCUCUCUCUCUCUCUCUCUCUCUUUUGCCUUGGGUUUGUGAACUCAUCUUAAGUCAAGGUAUAGAAGCGAGGUUGGAAAACAGGGAUCUAGCCAUGGACUUGUAUCCAAUUAUCCCACAACAGUUGCAACCAGUGAUGCCAGUCAGUGGAAUGGGGAGAGAAGCAAGCCAUUUUGGUUGCUUUCCCCUGUCUCCCUGCAGUAGUUGCUUUCCUCCCAUCUGAUCUAGCACGUCCCCCAGCCCUCUGUAGUAUAUUUCGGGCAGGCAUGAAGGUUGCAGGGAGGGAAGGGGAGUUGCUGAGAAUGACUUCGCUCCCUUUUCUACUUACGGAAGCCUUCAGUCAGCUGAACGAUACCAUUGGACACAACUCAUAGUUUCCAAUCUGGGUUUGUACAUAGUUUUCUGUUUGGAUUUACACAGAAUAACUAUGGCUUCCAGCAAGCCAGGGAGGGAGGAAAGGAAUCGCAGUGCAUGAAGGUGAUGAGGGAAUAUGUGCAUCCAAGGCUCCUUCAUGUAGCACAGGGGCAACCAAUGUGUUCUCCAGAUGUUGUUGGCCUCCAGCUCCCAUCAUCCCCGAUCACUGGACAUCCUGGCUGCGGCGGAUAAGAGUUAGAGUCAAAAGCACCUGGAUGCCACGUUGGCUACCCAUGAUGUAGUAGCAUUAUCAAUAACUUAUUUCGUCUAUCAGUAACUUAUUUUGUAAACAACAUUUACAAUAUAUUGCCAUAUUUCUGUAAUGUUUACCCCACAAUAAAUAGGUUUUCGCUUGUUCACCUGCAUUUUAUUUGAUUACCACUUUCUAUGCUUUUCAUUGUUUUGUACAGCUGGUAAUCAAUGCUGCCCUGGGAUUUGACACCUUUGUUGUGAUGAGACAUGGACUGAAGAAGCCAAAGCAUCAAGAGGUGGGCGAUUCUCCCUGCAAUAAUCCUUCAGCUUCAGCCGAUCUUCUGGGAUCAUCACUCUUUUCAAAUAUCCCUGGUUACAAACUUGGUUGCUACUUCUGCAAUGACGUCGUGGCACCGGGAGAUGUAAGUAUAAUUGAUGUGAAUUGCAACUUAUUGUGUUAUUGUAUUUUAUAGUUCUUGAUUUUUAAUACAAUCUGUCUCUGCAACCUUUCAGUGUGUUUUUAUUAUUAUCAUUAAGAAUAUCACUUUAAAAUCAUUAUAUAUAUAUAUAUUUUCCCCUGAGAGCACAGUGGUCCAUUUGUUAGUAUUCGUUUUAAAAGAUAGCCUUUAAAACGUUUUGCGCAAUUAUGCAGAUAAAAAGAACUUGAAAGUAUAACAUUGUGAGAGCUGCCUUCCUUUGUAGUCCACCAGGGAUCGGACAUUAGAUCAGCAGUGCACAGUCAGUCGACCAGGAUUAGCCAUGAUAGCAGGAGCCCUUGCUGUGGAAUUAAUGGUAUCCAUUUUGCAGCACCCAGAAGGGUAAGUCAUAAUUGUGUGGGUGGAGUCCUGUUUUCACAAAACAUUAAUAAAAUUAAUUAAUCAAAAUAAUAAUUCUAGAUGGUUAAUAAAUGGAAUUAAUUAACUGAAUACAUCUCCUUCCCCCCACUUUUUUUGUUAGUGGCUAUGCCAUUGCCAGCAGUAGUGAUGACAGAAUGAAUGAACCUCCCACCUCUCUUGGGCUUGUGCCACAUCAGGUUAGUAAACCAAAAAUAAACGCCGUUGGCUUGCUAUGUCCUGAUAUAGAAAUGUGUCAAAUAGACCCACUUGGCAUAUAACACUGAACCCAUGGCUAAGCAUGAGUAUGCGACCAUGACAAUACUCAUAGUAAAAAUUCUGGUUUCUUUGCACCUCCUUUGAACUGGCUUCUGUGCCACCUGGAGCUAGGCCAUGAGUUGCCUUGCCAGUGCGAAUCCAGGUUGGGAUGUGGUAUGUCUCCCCUGGGGGAUGUGGGUGGCGCUGUGGGUUAAACCACAGAGCCUAGGACUUGCUAAUCAGAAGGUUGGCGGUUUGAAUCCCCGCGACGGGGUGAGCUCCUAUUGCUCGGUCCCUUCUCCUGCCAACCUAGUAGUUCGAAAGCACGUCAAAGUGCAAGUAGAAAGUGCAAUAAGUACCGCUCUGGCGGGAAGGUAAACGGCGUUUCUAUGCGCUGCUCUGGUUCGUCAGAAGUGGCUUAGUCAUGCUGACCACAUGACCCGGAAGCUGUACGCCGGCUGCCUCGGCCAAUAAAGCGAGCUGAGCGCCGCAACCCCAGAGUCGGUCACGACUGGACUUAAUGGUCAGGGGUCCCUUUACCUUUACCUUUUUAUGUCUCCCCUGGAAGUAGUGAAAGGAGAGGGGAUGUGGUCUGUGGAGGGUUCUGAGGGCUAGGGCUGCCUUUGAGCCUGAGGUUCACCCCACCCCCUUACAAAAGAUUAUAUCCAGCUAAAUUAUUGCACAAGGAGAAUAAAUGUUGCCUCUGCAAUAUAACGUCUUCCUCCUCCUUUGCCUUAUUUUAGCCCCCUCAGCUGUCCCUAAAUCUGCUUCAGAGGGUUGGAAGACACGCCCCACAAAGCAGAUUUGAAGAGCGUUGAGGUGGAGGGUUAAGUUCUGCUGCAAUUUCAGGAGACGUUCUGGGCUUGCAAUGGUUUAGUUGGAUGUGACCCAAUAUUGUUAACUAGUUAAAUCCACUUGCUAUGACAUCCAGCGACCUGUUUAUGCAAGAGCUUUCCUUUUUAAUUAUUGGUAAUUGAACUGAUUAUUAUACUAAGACUAGUUUUUGGGGUUUUUUAAAGUGCAAUUACUAUUGGGUUUUUUAAGUCACCAGUGGAUGCUGCCUCUUAAGUGACCCCGACAAUUCUCCGGUUACUUGUUAGUGCUGUUAACGUUUUCAAAACUACCCUUUUGCUCUUUUCAGCAAGGAAAUAGAUUGAGAUAAGACUAGCUUGUAAAAGCUAAGUUGUACAAAGUGCUAAGAAAUCAUCAGGGUUUGUGUGUGUGUGCUUUCAAGAGUUGAUUGUACAAUGAUGCAUAGUUGCACUGCAACAUGUUAUCCUGUAUGGUCAGUUUUUUCUUUUUCCCUCAUUGUUUUCACAAAUGCUUUCCUGCUGGCUAAGAAGAUGUAAUACUAUCCCACUUCUGUUUGCUGAUACCGUAUCCAUUUAGAAUUAGGAGGGAGAGAUUUCUUUGGGCCAGAGCUCUCUCUUCUUAUGCUUAUCUGAAUCAGGGCAAAUUUAGGUGGUGGACCAGAAGCUAAUUAAUUUGAUCUUUUCCUCUCAUAGUAGUAUUUUUCUUCUUGUCCUUUAAGGUCUUCUUGCUGUGAAGCAGUCCUCUUCUCUGAAUGUUUCACAAACUGGAUAGAAAUGCACAUAACUAUAUCACAAAAAUUAUUAGUAAAAUUAUUUCCUUUUUAGAAGAGAAUUUCUUAAGGGUUGUAACUCUGAACCGUCUGCGGCAGAGAUUUGAUUUUAUUAUUUGUUUGUUUGUUUGUUUGUUUCAUUUGUUUAUAUUCUUUAUUCAUUUAUUUCAUUUAUAUCCCACUUUUUCCUCCAAAGAGCUCGAGAUGGCAUACAUGGUUCUCCACCUUCCCCCUUCAUUUAAUGCCCAGUACAACCCUGUGGUGUAGGUUAGGUGGAGAAGCAUUGAGCAGCCCAGAGUCACCCAGCUUCAAAGCUUCAUGCCUGAACAAGGAUUUGAACCCUCAUCCCCCAGGUUGUUGUCCCACACUCUAACCAGGACAUCGCAAUGGCCUGGAUGGGUUUUAAUUUAGUAUUUAAUUUUUCUUUUUCUUACUACAUGCCCUCUUCAACAUCUUAAUAUCAGCUCAGUUUGUUCUUUGCCCACAGUUUUUGCUUCAGAAUAAAAUACUCACUGUUGUUUUGAUAAUUAUUAUUUUUUUAAGAUUACAAAGCAAAGUAGAUAAUAGUCUAUUUAAAGAACCAGUUCAAUAAUUUUGUUUCCUUUAAAGACACUUCAAAAUUAAAAGGGGUCAUCCCUCUUGCACUGGUCAUAUUGGUGCAGGGUAAGAUGUAGGUAACAUAAACAGUAGCAAUAUAUCAAAUACUGUGAUUGAAGUAAGAAGGCAUAUGCCAAAUUCAUAUAGGCUGAUUUUCUGAAUAUAUACUUUAACGCAGUCAUGUUCAGUCUGUUACUAUUUAUAUAAGUAUUUAUAUUUAUAUAAGCAUAUUCUUAAAAUAAGCUGGUUUAUAUAAUAGUAGAAGAAUCUGAGCAAGGAUACCAUAAUUUAAACAACAAUGGACAUGUAACUAGUGAGUUUGGGAAGGUACUACGGUUUGCAUCAUGCAGUUAAAAGAUUCAAAGAUCGUUACCCCCCCCCCCAAAAAAAAGACAUUUAGAAUUGAAGUGUUUGAUCCUUUACUCAUAGGAUUGGAAAAGAUUUACAAGGAUUUGAUAGAUCUGUGGAUGCUGUAUUCACAAUCAGAGUAGCAACUGAACUACUGUAAACAAAUACCUGUAAGAACUGGUCCUGUGCUCCAUUCUGGAUUAAUGAUUCUGCUCAAUCAUGGUUUGUUUUUUUUUAAGAAAAUGAAACCAUGCUUUUAAGAACACACAGAUGUCAGCCACAAAACUCUUGCUUCAGUGCGAUUACUGUUUUAGCCACUGAGGAGGAAAGAGAUAAAACUAAGAAAGGUGAUCCCUUUUAUUGGUCUACAGGAUCACAUUACCUUCUUUGUUUCUCCUGAAGGGCUUAUUAAAGCUGGCUGGCUGACUGGAAAUUUCAGUUGCACACAAAACUUCUGUAAUACACAGAAUUGGUUAGUAUCAAGCAGCAGGAAACAGAAGUGUGUGCACCUUUUCCAUUUCAGAAUGGCUGCAGAGCAAGAACCCGAACAAUACAUUCAGUAGCAACAGUCGUCAUGCUUGCUUCUUUUCUCUCAAUUGUUGCUUGCUGCAGUCAAGAAGUUCCAACUCCAGGUGGUGCUGUUUCUGUAUACAGUGAGAUAAAUGUGCAUGCUAGUCCUCCUACGUGCACAACCAAAACAUAUCAUGUGCCAAGUCAGUUUCAGCAGAAAGGCCUGCUGAAGUCUGUGUACUUGUGCCACAAAUAAUGGGCAUCUUGGCUAUACUUUCUUCAAAAGAUGGUGCUUGCAAAACUCAGCCAGCACAAUAUUAAUAUCAUAUUGCUGCCUAUCUCUUUGACUUGCAGAUUCGAGGGUUUUUAUCAAGAUUUGAUAACGUCCUUCCCGUCAGCCUGGCUUUUGACAAAUGCACUGCCUGUUCUCCCAGAGUAAGUUUGGUUUUUAAUGUAAACUGUUUUUUCCUCAAAACAAUGCUUCCGCUUUGUCACUGUUUCGUUUUUUUACAUGCAAGCCUUUCCCUUGUUUAUUUUGAGAUGUGUACUUUAUGUCACUGUUGAGCAUUGUGCUACUAACUAAACCUUUCUUAGCCAAUAUAAUCUUAAAUAAUUUUCUACCCUCCUUUAAAUAUGGAAUUUCCAAGUCAAUUGUCUUAAAUAAAGCACCUCUCUUUUACCUGUACAAGGCGGUGAAUAAUAUCUUCAUUUUUUAGCUCUGCGUUGAAUGAAAAUAACCCUGCUGUAGUUACCAUUGUUACAGGCAGUCAUUUAAUUUUUUUAUAAAAAAAUGUUUUAUUUAUAUAUAUAUAUAUAUAUAUACACACGCACACACACACACAGUGGUACCUUGGGUUAAGUACUUAAUUCGUUCUGGAGGUCCGUUCUUAACCUGAAACUGUUCUUAACCUGAAGUACCACUUUAGCUAAUGGGGCAUCCUGCUGCUGCCGCCACGCCACCAGAGCACAAUUUCUGUUCUCAUCCUGAAGCAAAGUUCUUAACCCGAGGUAAUAUUUCUGGGUUAGCGGAGUCUGUAACCUGAAGCGUAUGUAACCCAAGGUACCACUGUAUAUGUAUCUUUCACAAAGUCUUUCUAAUGGAGGUGAGUCCAGCUGUCAAUGGAGGUGACCUGCCUCAUUACCAUCAUCUCUCCUCCUUCCAAAGCCAGAAUUUGUGGUGGCAAGUGGGAGUGCGGAAGGCAGGAAGACCAAAAGUAGCCAGAGUCAAAGCCAGUGCUAACCAGAACCAACUAAUUCUAUUUUGAAGCCACCUUCCUCCCCGCUGAGGCAAUACUUGUAGGAGAAAGAAGCUGACAGGCCGUGCAACCCCCCUGGAUUGUUUGCAAGCAAGAAGGCAGACAGGUGGGGCCUGGCUGAGAGCAGGAUGAGAUUGUUGGUGCUCCCUUCACCCUAAUACACUCAGAUCCAUGGUGCAUCACUCUUUUUAUUUUAUAGAAGUGUGUGUCUUCACUGGCCCUUCUCCCACUUCCAUGUCUCAGUUGAUGUAACAUGUACCUUCUUCUACUUCUUUCCAGUGAUUGAUAGUGCUUGAAGCUAAGUAAUAAUUGUCAAGUUUGUUGUUAAGGCACUUUGGAUAAGCUUAGGAAUGUGGAAACCUCUGUAGCAUGGAUCCUUUCCUUAUCACUCUGGAAAUGGCAGACAUUGAAUAUUGGUUGGAAAGAGCCCAUCCCAUAGCUUCUUUCCCUGCUCGUUUUGUUCUAGUUCCCAGGAGAGCAAAUGUUAGUGUGGAAGGGAGCUCUAAUGGACUCCCCUUGGUCCUAUUCUUCUGUUGUUUCUGGAAAAACAUGGGGGAGAUCAUGCAGUAUGGCAAUUUCUGCACUUCUAAGAUAUUCUCCAAAGAUGCCCGGAAUCUGUUUGCUGAACUCCGCCACUUUCCCCUGUUGGCCUAGCCUCAAGCUCAGGGUGAAAAUGAAAAUCAGUACUAGCCAAAAUAUUUUUCUGUCUGAGGUGGAACCCAAAAGCACUACUCACUUGCUAGGGCUAAUACAGUGGUACCUCGGGUUAAGUACUUAAUUCGUUCCGGAGGUCUGUUCUUAACCUGAAACUGUUCUUAACCUGAAGCACUACUUUAGCUAAUGCGGCCUCCCACUGCCACCGUGCCACUGCUGGGCAAUUUCUGUUCUCAUCCUGAAACAAACUUCUUAACCUCAGGUACUAUUUCUGGGUUAGCGGAGUCUGUAACCUGAAGUGUAUGUAACCUGAAGCAUAUGUAACCUGAGGUACCACUGUACUUUUAUUAUUUAUACCCUGCCCAUCUGGGUGGGUUUCCUCAGCCACUCUGGGCAGCUUCCAACAAAGAUUAAAAAUACAUUAAAACAUCAGUCAUUAAAAACUUCCCUAAAUAGGGCUGCCUUCAGAUGUUUUCUAAAUGUCAGAAAGUUGUUUAUCUCUUUGACGUCUGAUGGGAGGGCAUUCCAGGGGCGGGCACCACUACCGAGAAGGCCCUCUGCCUGGUUCCCUGUAACCUCACUUCUCUCAGGGAGGGAACCGCCAGAAGGCCCUCAGUGCUGGAUCUCAGUGUCUGGGCAGGACGAUGGGGGUGGAGACACUCCUUCAGGUAUGCUGAGCCGAUGCCGUUUUUUAAAAUCCUAUUGCAACUUUCAGGUAUCAAUUUCUGCCUUUAUCUAUCACUCGCUCCUUCUGAUUGUGCCCCCAAAAGAGGCUGAUUGACCCUUACAGCUGGCUGGCCCCAGAUGAACUCUUUAGCUGCCCCGUAUUCAUUUUCUCCUCUCACGCCCGGAAGCCCAUUCCUUUGCUUCUUCCUUAAUCCUUCUCUAUCAUACUUUGGCAAAAUAAAUGACACAUACAUGCUAACCAGAGUACACUAUGCAAACAUGCACCAGUGUAAUGAAUUAUUCUCAUUAUUUGGCUUCUUCUUACUCAGAAGUUUGACAUUUAGUGUAGACUAAAUCAAACAUACGUUCACAAUCAGCCUUUGAGGCCUUCUCAGUUCUACAGCAGUUUUCUGGGGUAAGUCCAUGUUUAAGCAAUCACCUUGACUGGGAUAUAUUGCUGUGAAUGCUGAGUAGGUCUGACUCAUAAUCUGGCUCGCACAUUAAGUGCUAUUAUUUCAGUCAUGCCAGAUUCAUUGCCGGCAUUUCUCUUUAAUUCCAGAAAACAACAGCACAUCCUUCAUACACCAAUUUUAAAUAUCUAAGGCCUUCCAAGGUAGUUUUGGGGAUUGGAUUGGGUUGGGGUCAGGGACAUAGUAUAAGAAAGGCCUUAUAAAAACAUGGAACCUUUCCUGUUAUAAAUUCGCCUGUUGCAGUGGAAUGCCAGUCAGUCUUGCUAAUAUAACUGCUGUACUUUGUCAAGACUACAGUAACCUUCCUGACAUUUGCUGUUCAAAUUCCUCAUAACGUAUGAGAGCAUGAGCUGUGAGCCAGGAAGCCUCUGGUUCAAAUAUUACUUCAUCUGAGAACAUAUUAAGAGGCCUCAGGCAAGCCGCCAUUGCCUCCGUCCCAGUCCCUCCCCCUUCUGCUAUGUGAGAAUUAGCUUACAUGACUGAUACAACUGAAACGAUAGAAAUGCUUUGAUUUUCUUUUCCACUCCCCUGCCCGAAGUGUGGAAGUAAAAUGCAGAUGGAACCUUUUCCCUGUUUCAGGUUUCUGAAAAAAAAUUGGGAGGGAUGGGGAGAGAUGUGUUAGGAAAUGAUUUCCUCAUUGUGGUCAUUUUAAGAGCCCUGCUUUACAUAAACAGGUUUGAUGAUUUAAUAAAAUCUGACUUGGGUUUUAACAGCUGUGCUAUUCCCAUAGUGAUCACUUUUCAUGUGGUGAGAAUAUUAAAUUACUUUUUCUGCUGAAAAGGUUGCUUCAAGGGUACAUGUAUUUCCUUACAGUAUAAAAGAAACAUUUAUUUACAUGUUCAGCUUGAAUUUUUAGAAUCAAAAUAUGCUUUGUUGCCUCAUAGGAUCAAGAUUUCUGAUGCCAAUGACAAAUAUAACUAUGGCAGUUCAGUUCUGUACACUUUCCCCUCUUCAUAAUGCAUUAAAUUGUCAUAAUUUCAACAUUGACAUUUCCCAUGUUUCUGGCUGAAAGUUUCUUGGUGCUUGAAACUACGAAUAAUUUCUUAAAACUUUUUUUUUUAUGAUGCGAUUUCUUUUAAAAUCUUGCAUCCAUUUUUUCAAUAUAGAUAUACAGCUGAUAAGAUAUGAAAGGACCUGUAUAGGCAUCUUAAGAGAUUCCAUUUCAUACUUAUUCAGUUCCAGAAAUUGCCAUAUUUCUUUUGGUAUUCAUGUUGCAACUUUGUCAGAAAGAGAACUGAACAAUCACGGUCCAAGUUACACUUCUGUCAGAUAGAUCUUCAGCUCCAUAAGGUAGCCAAUGAGGAAUUUUGAUGUCUGCGGUGAAGCCAGUACCUUAAUUUGGGCCUGAAUUUGUCUUCCAUAAUCACCGCCCUUAUUAGCAGUACAACUGUUAUGACUGGAAUGACAAACAGCUGCCUCUAAGAUUAGUGAUCAUGUGCAGCCACUUGGGUGAUUGUUGCAAAACAGCGUAGUAAGUAUACCCAAGCUUCAUUUGUGCUAAUGCUGAAGAGUGUUUCUAGACUGUUCAUCAGGAAUAACUGUAGCUUAAUCUCAGCUGCUUAACCAACCAUAUAUACAUCACCACCAUAGAGUAACUAAAGCUAAUUGAAGGUAUCCUUUCCUCUCUUUUUUAAAAAGGUACAUCCUGAAUUCAGUACUAGUUUCUUUUUAAAAAGAAAAUAUGAUUUAAAAAGCUGUUUAACAGAUGAGGCAAAAGAAUCAACAUGUAUCUAUACUGAUGUCUUGUGAAUCUUUUGAAAAGUCAGUAGGCAGAGAUACAACGCAAAUGGAAUCACUGCAGUGUGGUUUGGUUAUUUAAAGUAGUUAUUAAAAAAAAGUACACCAAAGAGAUACGGAGAUUACAACUGUCAAGCUUAAAAGAAACUCUGAUAUCACAUUUCUGAAAAUGUGAAUAGUAAAAAGUAGAGCACCAUUUCACAGUGCUUCAAAAUUUUUAGUGCUUUGAAAUUUAUUUGGCUCCUUAUGAAAUAUCAGUGAUGGUACAAGGCACUGUAGGGUUUAUUUGAGGGAAUUCUUCAUUCUUAAGCUACGAUUCUAAACAUAGCUGUUGACAUGCAAGUUCAGCUGAAAUUAGGGGUGCAUACUUCCAAGUAAAUGCAUUCAGAACUGAGGUGUGAUGUCUUCUAUAGCAUGCUUGAUUUAUUGUGCAUAAAACAUUGUGAAUUACCAAUUAAUACUACGCUUAUAAGUUGAAGGCUCUAUAGUUCAUUUUUUAGAGUAAAGGUAAAGGGACCCCUGACCGUUAGGUCCAGUCACGGACGACUCUGAGGCGCUCAUCUCUCUUUAUUGGCUGAGGGAGCCAGCGUACAGCUCCCGGUCAUGUGGCCAGCAUGACUAAGCCUCUUCUGACAAACCAGAGCAGUGCACGGAAAUGCCAUUUACCUUCCUGCCGGAGCGGUACCUAUUUAUCUACUUGCACUUUGAUGUGCUUUCAAACUGCUAGGUUGGUAGGAGCAGGGGCCGAGCAAUGGGAGCUCACUCCGUCAGGGGGAUUUGAACCGCUGACCUUCUGAUCAGCAAGCCCUAGGCUCUGUGGUUUAGACCACAGAGCCACCCACAUCCCACACAUUUAUUAUUAUUUUUUUCUGCAAAGGUUGCUUGAAAAUUUUCCACAGCUUAGGACACGGAGGCUGUUUCGGUAAAUGGAACAGUAUUGGUAAUGUUCCCAGUUGCAGGGGACUUAGAAAUAUUGCCAGCCUGUAUGUGAGGCACAAUUUUUGUGGUGCUCAAGAUGCAUUUAUCCAGCAUUUAGUGGGACAAAAGAAGACUUAAUGCUUCUUUGUGCCUACAUGAGUGAAGAUGGAAGAAAAAGUGGCAUGUACGUCAAAACGAUUUUGCCUUCCAAUUUAAGGCCAUCCAAGUUUGUUGAUAGGCAGAAAAGGGCUAGCCAAGUUUAAAAUACUGGAAGGUCACUUUUCACCUUCCACAGACUAAUACUGAUGUUUUUCGUAGCUCUUAUAACCAAAAUAAAGAUCUAGCAAAUACAUGAAGUUACUUCCUCCAUGGAUUUCAAAUGUAACAUAAGAACUGAAUUACUCAUACAAAGCCACUUAAGAGAACAAAGGCUUUGCAGCCUGAAAGAAAAGGAACUGUUAUCCCAUACUCUCAUUCUAGUCAGUUGUGGGGAGGGGGAAUUGCCUGUGCUUUUUUGAAAAGAAACACAGAUGUAUUUUAAAAGCCUUGGUUUAAAAUGAAUUUUCUGUAAAAUGGUCCUUGACAACUCUCGAUCAUGUGUCAUUUUGCACAGCUGAACUAUCUAACAAAUAGAUUUGGUUCUUCACUCUGGGCAUCUAGCCACUUAUCCACACAAUGCAAGCCUAGCUUUGUUUCACAGUGAAGACAUUAAUUUGAGUGCUUUCAUCGUGUUUAAAAAAAUUGGCUGUCCUUUUUAAGACCUUGCAGGAACUACUGGGACCUGGUUGUUGAUAGCCAUCUUAGUCUGCAGUUUAUAUAUAUAUAAAAGGUCUAUUUGCAGUGUAAUCUUAUGUAUGGCACAAUAUGGCCUGGUCCCCAGUCUGGGAACCGAAAGCUGGUCACAUAAUUUUAAAGUGGUAAUCUCAUCCUAAGCAAGAAGAACAUCUUUGCUCGUACGAUUAUGUUCCUUGUAAAUAGGAACAAUAGUCCUGGUUUGGCUGAAUUGCUAAACUGUAGUUUAGCACUACGUGAAAAAAACAUUACCUUUUUCUCCAGUGAGGCCAUGAGGAAAAAAUCGGAAGAAUCUGCUUUCUUGUUUAAGCUUAACCACACUUUGACAUUACAUCUGAACUGGGAUCUUUGGUAAGUUUAAACUGUGCUUUAUUGAAACAAGCCCAGAUCAGUAACCACAUUUGAUUGCGUUCAGACAUAACGACAAACUGCAGCUAAUUUAAACUAGUAAAUAUAUGUUUCUCAUCUCCUUGCAAGUGGGAGGGAGGGGAGCAUGCAAUCCAGGGGCUCACUCAGGUUUGUUCACAGAGUUAAUAAACUAUGGUUUAGCAUUACAACCAAACUAUAUAAAGCAAGGUAUAUAGUAAGGAGCUCCUAUGCUUAAGAAAAUGCCAUAUUAUGAAGGACACUGUAGCCUAUGAAAGGGAAUAGAGAAUUAAUUUAUUGAACUUUGAAGUCUUACAUUAUAGUGUUGUCUUUGUUUCUAUUUAGCCUUUGAGCAGGGGUAGGCAAUCUAAGGCCCGUGUGCCAGAUGCGGCCCAAUCGCCUUCUCAAUCUGGCCCAUGGAUGGUCCAGGAAUCAGUGUGUUUUACAUGAGUAGAAUGUGUGCUUUUAUUUAAAAUACAUCUCUGGGUUAUUUGUGGGGCAUAGGAAUUCGUUCAUUAUUUUUUUAAAAAAAUAUAGUCCAGCCCACCACAUGGUCUGAGGGGUGGUAGACCAGCCCAUGGCUGAAAAAGGUUGCUGACCCCUGCCUUUGAGUGUUCGUGUUGUUGGAAGAUACAUUGAGACCAAUUGAUAGUGAAAGGCAGGGUAAAGGUAAAGGGACCCCUGACCAUUAGGUCCAGUCGUUGCCGACUCUGGGGUUGCAGCGCUCAUCUCGCUUUAUUGGCCAAGGCAGCCGGCGUACGGCUUCCAGGCCAUGUGGCCAGCGUGACUAAGCCGCUUCUGGCGAACCAGAGCAGCGCACAGAAACACCGUUUACCUUCCCGCCGGAGCAGUACCUGUUUAUCUACUUGCACUUUGACGUGCUUUCCAACUGCUAGGUUGGCAGGGUAGAAAUGUUAUAAAUACAUGCUACAUGCAAAAGUGCACAGGAGAAGCACAAUGACCAACAUUGCUUUACUGCAAAGCAGCAUUGGGAGAAGACAGUUUGGCACAGAAAAGAAGUAGGUGGAGGUUUCUUAACCCCGUUCAAUUCAACAUCUGAUUAUUAUUAUUGUUGUUGUCAUCAUCAAAAAAUCUGAAAAAUACGGAAAUUAGGGUGCCUAGAAUUGGAGAACUGGAAAUAUGGCAGCUGUACUAGAAGGACUGAGAUGAUUCUAGAACUGAAACCAAGUGAGCUUUUCUGACCUUGAAUGAACUGAGACUCACAAGGAGGCUCAGAAGGAUCGGGACAUGUAUGUUUGGCAAAAGAGGCCUUACAGUUUAAGGACUAGUGAGAGUUUUGCCAGGGAUGAUUCCUUCAGAAUUUGCUGGGUGCCUGGAAGCCGAAAUGUGAAAUCCCUUUUCAACUGUGCCAAGUUUAAAUAGGAUUUCCAAGCCUAAGAACUCUUUUAUAGCAGAUGGUGGUCUUCCCCGUGGCAGCCCCUAAGCUGUGGAAUUCCCUCUCCUCAGAGGUGUGACUGGCUGGCAACUUCAUUAUGUACAGUAGCUCUUGUCGUAAGCUGAUGGUGCACCUCUUUACCAUGGCCUUGGAAAUCUAAGAGAUUCAGGGACCAUCUUAUUCUCUUGACUGUAUUUUUAAAAAACUGUAAAAUUCUCAAGGGUCUUCCAGCCAAGAAGAACAGCUUUUCAAGGGCUGCAGACAGAACGGCGUUGCGGGGAAGCCCUGUUCCAUUCAUGGAAAGAAAGUUAGGAUCCAAGCCAUUGUUGAGUGUGACACUGCAAGGAGCGGAACAGCUAAACAAAGAAUUCAGUUUUAGCAGAUGAGUAACACACUUCUGCUCCACAGAACUUAAAAGCAAUUUAUUUAUUUAGUUCUGAGACUUUAAAAAGCUUUCAGAUACGUAAAUUAGAUAAGUCAUUUAUGUUGUUGGCAAACGUACAGAGAUAGAGAUUAUGAAAGUUAAACCUGGGAUUGAGAAUUUGGCUGCUUUAGUUUCUUCUAUAUAUAUAUAUAUUUCUACAUUUCUAAUUUGGAAGGUAGUUGUCACUUAGGGCUUUCUUUUAAGAACUUUGAAAGGGAAAGAUCACAGUUCUUUCCUCUCUGUUCUCCUCUUUUUCUUUUUUUUAAAGAGCAAAUCCUUUGAUAAAUCUUUUUCUGGCACAAUAUUACAUUAACAUCCUUACGUUGUUAGGAACGUGUAAUCUAAUUCUCUUUAAUUAAAGCCGGAAAAGGUUUCAUCUCAGGCUUUGGAAAGUGGUGUUAGGGGGGAAAGGAACUGGUAUUGCCUUAGAGGUGUUGGGUAAAAAUCACUACCAUUGUUCUUCCUAUAGAUAAGGGGGGGGGAGCCCUCCAAAGUAUUGCCUAUACUAUUAUGAUACAAUAAAAAGAAAAUAAACCUCUCCUGAGGCAUUUUUGUGAUAACACUUUGGUCAACUUAUAGUAAAGGAAGAGGAACUGUGAUGGGAGUGGAAUACAGUGGUACCUUGGGUUACAGACGCUUCAGGUUACAGACUCCGCUAAUCCAGAAAUAGUACCUCAGGUUAAGAACUUUGCUUCAGGAUGAGAACAGAAAUCGUGCUCUGGCGGCGCAGCAGCAGAAGGAGGCCCCAUUAGCUAAAGUGGUGCUUCAGGUUAAGAACAGUUUCAUGUUAAGAACAGGCCCCCAGAACGAAUUAAGUUCUUAACCCAAGGUACCACUGUAUUUUGGGCUGAAGGAGAGAGGGGUAUCACUUUGUACAGUGGUACCUCUGGUUACGAAUUUAAUUCAUUCCGGAGAUCCAUUCCUAACCUGAAACUGUUCUUAACCUGAGACACCACUUUAGCUAAUGGGGCCUCCCGCUGCUGCCACGCCGCGGUGGUGUGAUUGCUGUUCUCAUCCUGAAGCAAAGUUCUUAACCCGAGGUACUAUUUCUGGGUUAGCGGAGUCCGUAACCUGAAGUGUAUGUAACCCAAGGUACCACUGUACUCAUUUAUAUUUACUUUGUAUACUCUUUGUAACCCGAGGUGUUUGUAACCUGAGGUACCACUGUACUUGUUUACAUUGAAUGACAUCUGCCAUUUUACUGCCCAUUCACUCAGUUUGGAGAGAUCCUUUUGAAGCUCUUCACAUUUGCUUUUUGUUUUAAUCACCAGGAAGAGUGAACAUUAAUAAAAAUUAAAGUUGACCCAUGGCUGUAGAAUCCUGAGGAAAAGUUGAGAGUGUUGCUUGCGAGAACCUCAAACUUCUUGGGGGCUUGUACAGGCAGAGCUGCUAAAGUUAGAUGAGUGCUGCAUGUUUUUAAUCCACCCAGCGUGGAUGGCAUGAAACUCUUUUUCCAUAAGAAUAAUGAACAGAAUAGCCCUGCCAGGAAAUAGGGCCAGCAUAUGGCUCUCUUGAGAGUGUUGCAAGCCAGAAUGACACAAAUGAGUGAUACUUGAAACUUAUAAAGAGCCUUUCAAUCCAAAAGUGGAAACUGAAAUGAAACAAGAUGGAGGAAAGAAGCCUCCGUUCCUUGGCCAGAUACCUUUCUGAGCACGCCAUACAGUAGGCAGAUAUUUCUGCUUGCCAUCAAUCACACUGCAAAAAUAAUCCGCCAUGCACUUCAGUAUUGACAUUUAUGAGCACUUUUACUGUCACUCGGGAAUAGACCAAACACUUUCAUAUCACUGCAGAUCUUCUGAUACCAAAACAACAGUCUUUCAUAUAGAUGGAUUAAUAACAGGAAGCUUUUAUAGUUGCCACAUCCAAGGGUAUUUUCUUCCACACACGGAUUGUUUUUUAUUUAAAAUAGUUACUGCAGGAAAGUGAGGAGACAGUUCUACAUCCACAGGUUUGGGUACUGCAGCCAAAAAUGAUGCCAUAGCUGACUUGUGGUUGGUAACUCUCCAAGUAUUUCAACAUAGACCUCCCCAUCCUCUUUCCCUCCUGCUCCCCUAUUUCCUGUUUGCACCUGCCUUCAGUCUUGUUUCACAAGCUUUAUUUUUAUUAUUGUGGUCAUAAAGCUAUGUAGUACAUUUAUAACUGCAAUAAAUAUAGAUGCAGUUUCAUUUCUGCACUUGCGUAUUCUCGUAAUCAUUAAUGGUGAAUCCAACAAGAUUUAAAUUUUUCAAAUUGUUUCUGAGGCAGAGGGUGUGGUCUGUUGAGAUUUGGCCUAGCCAUCAGGAGACGGAGCUUUUGCUGGCUGUCUCACUCAUUCCGCCUGUGAUGCUUCCUGUACCUUUCACCGCUCCAGUCUCUUCCUAGCGUAUAUACUCUUUUCCCCCAUGUCAUCUGGGUCUGUCAUAAUUCCAAAUGCUUAAUAAUUGCUCAAAAAACAACACUCUUUUGUAUUCGCCCACAUACGUUGGGCGGAAUAAUUGCCUUGUCAACAAAUCCCUUAGUACACCGUGUGGUGUGUGGCAUAAAGAAGUAGAACUGAUCAGAUUUUAACAAGCAGAUCGAGCACAAAUCGAGCACAAAAGUGUACAGGCAUGUGGAAAUUACCACAGCUGGCUUUGAUUCUGAUGCUGACAUAAUAAGAGUAAUUUUUACCUAAGCCUAAGAGAACUAGGUUCUGGAUUACAUACCUUGCAAGCUAGAUCCUAUCAGUAAUAGAACUGCUGAGUUGGAAGGGACCACGAGGGCCAUCUAGACCAGCCCCAUGCAGUGCAUAAAUAUUUUGCCCAAUAUUUUGUGACUCGAACCCAUGACCCUGAGAUUAAGAGUCUCAUGCUUUACCAACUUCGUUUAUCCAAGAAUAGUGAUAAUGUCUGGAUUCUUUAUUGACCUGAAAAAUUGUGGCAGUAUUUUGAAAAAAAUAUAUGUAAACCCUUUAUAUUUGUGUUGAAGUGAUAUUCAGCUAGGAAGAGUUUCAUCUCCUCAUUAGCCUUGAAAUUGUGAAAUAUCACUAUCCCAUAUUUUCCGGCAGGAAGUAUUGACAUGUGUUUUGAUUAAAUACAGUGUUUCGUUUUCAUAACUUCUUCAGUCAGCUGCUAGAUUGAAUCACCUCACUUGUUCUCACACAGUUCUUCAACUACUUUGAUAUACUGGACAUAUAUGGCAAAGCAUUCUGGGUAGUAUUUGGUGCACUCCUUCUGUUAGUGCAAUGUCUUUUGGCUGUGUAACAGAAUUUCUUUUCCCCUUCCCCCUAAUUCUGUUCUGUGGGUUGCCCUAACCCUAUGGAGCAGCUUUGGGGAAGCGGCAUGGUGCACAGGGAGGCAGGGUUGUAUUUGAGGGAAGCAGUUCCAUGUGGUCUGAGAGAUAACCUUCUCUGCUAUCUAAUGAAAAUUUCCCCCCUCUGAAGCAAGUGACCUCUUAACUUCCAUAAUCCCCAGCCGGCAUGACCAGUGCUCAGCGAUGCUGAGAGUUGUAGUGUCCAACAACAUCCAGUAGGCUGUAGUUUUCCCACCCCUGCUUUAGGAGUAAUUCCCAAUUCACAUUAGUAGGUAUUUCCUUCAAAAUUUCAGCAGGGGAGGAAUAGUUUAAAUCGGUUAUCAGCACCACCAUUGCAGCAGAUACAGCUUGAAUGGUCUAAAACAUGCCCAUUAAAAAUGUAAAGAUGCAUUUAACCUCAAUUGUAAUUUGAUCCAGAUACUCAGUAAUGAGGAGCCUCUGAGUCUUGAGACUGCACUCCCAAGAGGAGCUAGACGUUCCAAAGUUGUGUUUUUAUGUUGUGGUUAAACUAAAAAAAAAAUGCCCAGAAGGCAAAAAUUAGCUGAGUUGUCUAAAUAAAUUCUUCCACUUCCAGAUGCAGUAAAUGUCCAAAACGAAUAUACUAUGCUAUGAACAUCAACUCAGGUGCAUGGAUGCCUUUGAGAAAAUGAACCGUAUCAACAUAUAUAAGCAAGGCAUAGCUAAGGUGUCAGAGAGAGAAAGCGAAGGCAGCAGGGUGAGGGGAGAUGUAGAAAUUCAUAUGUGAAAUAAAGGAGGGCUGCUUAUGUGCACAAUUCAGCCAAUGGAGGCUGAAUACUAGGCCCAGAGGGCAAGAAAGAGCUGGAAAGGUUAAAACCAUGUUCAAAACUGCAGUUUGAAACUUAGGGAAUAGAUGUAUGGCUAGAUGCCAGUGUUCCCUGGCUCUGAAAGGAACACCAUCCAAGGAAUGGAAAUUCAGUUCUCCAGGGGUAAACCCAGAAGCAUAGCAGGGCAAGAGUAAAACCAGAGAUCUCCUGAGCAUAAUCAUUUAAGCUUUUAAGGGAUUACUUCAACAUAAGGGGGGAAAUAACAAACUCCAAGUUUGUCAUUAUUCCUCCCUGCCUUUGCUUUUCCUUGGGUUGGAAUAUCUGAAACAUCUUUAUAUCCAAGCUGUUGUUCCCUGCACUUGGCUAAUAUGCUAAAAACCUCUCUGCAAGAAGAAUGUGCUUCCAUAUGCAAGGGGGCGAGGUGAGGUGUUUUCUUACCAGUUUCCACCCACAUGCUAUAGUCCAGUGUCUUGCAUCACAUUCUGUUCUGGAGGGUUCCUUGCCCUAUGGAGCAGCUUUUCAAUGGGUUUGGAGGACUAUAAUGUGGGAGGAACUAGUUAGCCCUCCCGCCUACAAUGCAAUAUGGAAGUCCCUUCUGCUCACACAUUGGAUCUUUGCGUCCGAUCUGUUAAAAAUUGUGUUCCUGUGCUUUGUGCUUUCUUUAUCCGUGUGUAUUUUUGUUUCUGAGUGAUGCUAGUGUUUUGAAAGCAGGCUUGUCUUUUGAUUCUUGCAUAUCGAUAACCAAAAUCUGGCCUGAAUUUUUAUGUGCUCUGUGUUGUUCUUCCAACAAAAUAGAUUAACAUCAACAUCUUUGAGAGGAUGAUAACUGGCAGCUCUGGAGUUUGUAGAUUGACUUCUGUGUAGGGCAUGCUCUAUAUAGAGACAUCUGGUUAGGUUGUUAAAUAACUUCUUAGAAUACUGAAAGAUAGUUUUAGAAACUACCGACCUCUCUAAGAUAGUAGAAUUAGUUUGCUUUGUGCACAUUAUACCAUCAUAACAUUAAGACAAUCCAGUGGGUGGGAGCCGGUUACCUUUUCUCUUCCAGUGUUUGCACCUUUAGGUUCUGCUUUAUCCUCAUCACCAUUCUUUGAAUUCAAACAACAAUUAAGAUGUCUCCAGGCACUGCAGUUGUGUGGAGAGGUUGCAGCUCCUGUAAGCCAUCCAGGAAGGCUGAGCAUUGCUAUUCAUCUCCACAAAACUUUUAUGCAUAUAUAUUUCCUAAUCCUCCUGUAUAUUUCAAAGUCCCUGCUUUAGCAGUGCCUUAGCAUUAUACCUCCUGUGGGCCUUAACUCUCUGUUCCAUUCAUCUGUCUUUUCCUCAUACCUAGCUCUUUCACUCAGUUUAUAGAGCCAAUUUUCCUUCAAGCCUUUUUUCAACACCCAAUGAAGUUUUAUCGACGCCUUUCCUGAGCUUUUCUGGCCUCAUACUAUCCUUCUUUCCACCUGAUAUUGCCCUCAACCCCCCCCCCCCCAAAUCCAGCCUGAGCUUGUUAUUUAUUCCUGUUUUAUCCAUUUCUAACUAAUCAAGACAAGGGCAGUCUUAUUUCUAUGUUUUGAAUAACAUGUAUCGAGCUGUUGGCGCUGCUCUGGGUGACUACAAAGGAUAGGGCCUUUUCUGUGGUGGCACUGCAUUUACGGAAUUUGCUCCCGGAUCAAAUCCCCUAGUGCCCAUCUGAUUACUUUUGUAAGUCACCUUGGAGGCCCUGGACCAGAUUUAACUAACCCUGUGCGCUAGCAAAAGCCAGCACAAUGGGGCUUUCCCCACCCACACCCCCAAAACUGCUCUGGAGGUUCAAGAGAAACUUCACAGCAGUGCAGAGGGGAAACAAGGGAGAUAAUUCCAUAUGGCAAUCAGAAACGCUUGUACUGAUUGAAUGAUCAAAUCAACUCCACCUUCUAUGGUUCCCAAGCGUGCCCCCCCCCCCCGGCACCUUAGAAAGGCAGACCUGCUUAGCUUCAGCGCUGGACAGGAUAACAGCAACACUUCCUUAAGUCAAUACUGAUUUGCCUCCCCACUCCCUUUCAAAGAAAACCUCUGAUAAUAGUGUCUGCUUUUAUAUGCAGCACAAAAACUUGCUGCUAUUUCUUUGGAAAUUAUACUGCAUUUUUCUGCCUCCCAAUUCUUACCAUGCACGUUACCUGGAAUACCAAUUUGACUAGGCAGCUGUGCUACAAGAUGGAAACCUGGCAUUCAGUUUGAUUCAGGAUCCUGGACUCCUUGUGUAAUUAGCUGUAGAAUGCUGUCAGCUAAAAACAAUCAACACUGGCUGCAGAUUUGCAAAUGAAUGGUUGCAGCUGAGAGAGAUUCCUCUGAGUUUCCUCCUUUAGCAAUGUAAGGCCUAGCUGGAUACUUCUGAAGAGAUGAGCAGGCAACAGGAGGUAUAUGACUGUUUGAAGACUCAUACUUAAAUUGGAUUGAAUUUCAUGUAUUGAAGCCUAAAUUUCGUUGUUUUUUUAAGUAAAAUAUCCUGUAUGUGAGCUGUUCUCUGGGCUUCCUUCAUUCAGAAAUUAACUGAGAUAAUGUUUGCAUUGCAGCAGUAUAUAAAUUGCACUGGUUGCAAGGUAGACUGCUGAGUUUCACAAGUGGCUGUGAAUAUCAUCAUUAUUCAUUUGCAAGGUGUCUAUCCUUGAAAAGCCGAGUAUUACAACAUGUAUUUAGGUAGUGUUAAAUUAAUUUUAUUGUUCAUUUUUGGCAUAGGCAAAAGUAAAUCUAUAUUGUACAAUAUAGAAGAUUAAACUAGGAGGCUGUGAUUUAUAUGAUUGUUUAUUAUUUUGUCCAUCUUCUAUUAACAGCCACGUGUUUUGUUUUGUUUUGGUCUGUUCUGUUUAAGUUUGUUUUGGGAUUUGAUUCUGAAACAACAACAAAAAGGAGUAACAUCCUUCCCUCUUGUCUUUUGUUUUGCAGGUCCUUGAGCAGUAUGAAAGAGAAGGCUUUAAUUUCUUAGCAAAGGUUUUUAAUUCCUCACAUUCCUUCUUGGAAGAUCUCACAGGUCUGACUCUGUUGCAUCAGGAGACCCAAGCUGCUGAGGUAAGGUUCUUCAAAGUGGAUCGGUUGUUAUAGGAGCAGCUUUUGUGAAUAAAAUGCAUGCAUAUGUAUACACACACACACACACACACACACACACACACACACACUUAUAUAUAUAUAUAUGCUCACAUACAUACACCUAUUACUCAAAAACUCUUAUGCUGAUCUGUGUGUGUGCGUACACCAACCGUGAGAAUUAAGUAGCAGUUGCUGUUCCAUAACAAGAGUUCCUUUACAAUCAUAAGGAAAAUACAAUGGAGGAAGGUUGUUUCUUUCAUCACCUGGAUGCAAGCUUCUCAGAAACAUGUCGCUGGCCCAGUAUUGGAAAAGGGAUGGUGAAGCUGACAGAUCCUUAGUCUGGCAUUGCUUGGAAUAUCAAGCCAGGUAAAAAAUGAAGAAGGGAAUCAGGGCAAGUAUCAGCACUGAGUCCUACCUGGGUGCUACGCCCAUGGCAGCUGCUUAAGAAUGCCAGGUGGCAACACUGGCCUGGUGUAGUUGCUGCAGUUUUAUUAUUAGAUGUCACAUUUGACUUUGCUGUUGACCUUUAUAAACUUCAAUUUUUCGGUAUAUUUUAUAAAGCUCUUUUCAACUGUGGAUUAAUGUUGAAGUCUGACAUUUUUUGUAACAGGAAAUUGGUUUGAAGUUAUGACCAGAGAACAGUUAUUAGAGUGCAAUUUAUCUCCUCAAAAUAUGGAUAACCACAACUUUUUCCACUGUUGCAUGACUCAAGAACUACUUUGUCUAUUUAGCUUCAAAAUGUGCUGUGGAAGAAGUAUUAUUUCCCCUGAGAAAAGAGAUGGGUCAAGUAUCAGCCAGUUAGUUUCUCUAGAUGUGUCUGGAGGCAUUGCUACUACAAUCAGCCAGUGUGAUGUAGUGGUUAGAGCGUUGGACUAGGGCCUGGGAGACCUAGGUUUAUACCCCACUUGACCACAGAGCUCACUGGUUGACCUGGGGCUGAGAGAAUGUGACAGGAGAAACAUACCCCACAGGGUUGUUGUGAGGAUUAAAUGGGGAGGGGGGAACCAUGUACCCCACGUUUCUGAAAGCUGGCUUGGAAAUUUAAGAAUAAUUAAAAUUGAUAAACAGUAAAAGGACAAGGGUAGCAGUCUCCUAGAAACAGCUGUUCUCUCAGCAGAGCCAAUGAAAUAGCCCCGCUUCCAUCUCUCUCUAUUCUAGCCUGAUGGAAUGGCUGCUGUUAGGUGAAAAAUCAGUGGAGGGACCAGCCUGAUGGAGCUGGUCUUCCUAGCAGAGCCAGUGAAAUGGCCCUCCAGCCCUCCUUCUUUGGAAAUGGCUAGUAAAAAAGGGAGGGAAAGGAAACGACAAAGGAAACAGACAAAGAAUUAUCUGAAUCACAGAUGUAGAAUUCACUGUGUAGAUUCAACAUUACAGAUACACCAUGAUCAAGCAACUUAUUGUAAACUAAGCAUGCCUCUGAUUUACAAGGUUGCUGCCUGCUCAAAUUUUUUAGCCCACUCUGCAAGGCAUUCCCCUUAUUCAUGCUGAGCUACAAUUAAAGUGAAAAACAAUAGCCUGCCUACUUACAGAGGAGCUCUGGGUCACCAUUACAUAUUUGCAUAACUUUUGAUUAGGCUGCAUGCAAAAACUUGAAAUGGCAGUUUAUUCAUCAAGUGAAACAAGCAAGGGUUGUUGCUAACAUAGCCAUUCAUGCAAGGACUUCUGCUCGUUCAAUGGAAGCUCUCCACCUGCUCCCCCCUGCCCCCCACAUCAUCUUUCAGAGGAUUGAGGGGACAGAUUUGGAGAGCGUGUAAAGAAAGAAGAGGGAGGGGAAGUUCUGCUGUGCAAGCAGAACUUGUACAAAUGGAAGGCCACAACCCCCAAAGUUUAUAUUAGGGGUUUAGAAAUGACAAGGUAUCCUAAAAAUGCCAGUAAAUAUGUCUUACUCUCACAUCUGGUUUUAAUCCGGCAGGAAGUCAUUACCAAAAAACAGCUAGAGAAUUUCAUUGUAUCUUCCUCAUGGCUUUAUAAUGCAAUAGCUGUUGAGGUCAACUCCCACUUCAUCCCAAGUGGACUUGUUUGCAUUGAAGGCUGUUCACUUGGGGAAUUUCUUCUGCUUGCUCCCAAUCCUUAGUUGAUGUGGCUGGUUUGUCUCCAUAUAUACCUAGAGUUUAUAGCUAGUUCAGAGAGAAAGCAUAUUAAUAGUCUUUAGUCAGGAUGCUGAGAUGGGUUAAAACAAUCUAGAUUCACAUUGUGCAGAUCAUACUGUCUGACUUUAGAAACAGACUCUUAAAAUUCUUUACAUAUUAAAAGUGUUGGAGGGAGUGUGUGUGUGUGUAAUAAUAAAUAUAUAUAAAUCAGUAUAAGCCUUUUGCUUUAUUCUGUCCUCCUUUCUACUUCUGCAUCCCGCCAUUUCUUCCUCCAAAAUGACUGUAUUUCCUCUGUGCUAAAACCCUCAUCUUUCUUCUAAAGGUAUCUUAUUUAGAUUAUUAUAGUAUCCUCUUCCUUGGCCUUCCCUCCAAACGCCUGUUCUUAGUAAACUAAAGAACAAAACAAGAAAACUUGCAAACUCUCUGAAAUGAAUUAAUUAAUUUAAACUGUUGGAAACAGUAAUUGAGAGUAAGCUGCUUGGAAUCUGUUUCUGGAAAAGUGAUUAGAAAGUUUCUUGUAUUUUCCUUCUAGUAAAACGUCUAUUUUGCAAGGUGUGGUGUGUGCAGCAGAGAAUGUGUUUCAGUGCCCAUAUAAUCUAUAUGUGGUAUAUUGCAUCUCUUUGCCAUUGAGUUUCAUUUUGAAUUUUCAUUGCACUUUCCUAUAAGAUAAUCCUGCUAAUGUAGUCACCUACCACCCUCACCUGAAUUCUUUUGAAAUUCGAUCAUGAUACAUUCAGUAGAGCUGCAGUUCAUUUUCAUCGAAUUUAAUAGGAUUGUAGUUUCCUCAGAAGUGAUAAUCAGAUCAGAAUGUCUGUGGCAAAGAUGCCAUAUAUAAUUUUAAUAGCAAGAGGGGGCAAUUGCCCUCAUCUCCUGCCUGUGGGCAUUCUGUAGACAUCUGGUUGGCCUUUGGGGACACAGAAUGCUGGGCUGGAUAGGCCUUUGGUCUGAUUCUUCAAGGUUGUUCUUAACAUCUUUAUGCUUGUCUUACAAUUGGUAUGAUAAAUCUUCUGGUACCAGCAUUUGUAUUUCUUAUCAAAUUACAUGAAAGCAAGUGAAAUUCUGAGUUUUGGGGGGUGGGAAUUGGUUGACUACACAGACAGAAGGUCUGUAAUGCUCUGAAAUCAGCUGCACAUGGCAUUAACUUGGUGAAUUUACUUAACUACUCUGCUCUUCUAGAGUGUUUGGUUCACUUUAGAGCAGCAUCCUGUCUCCUUGUUCCUUGUCCACUGUUCACAUAGAAUAUUGUUUUCAUUUUGGAUCAAGCACGAAGCUCUUGCCAUCACGAAUAAUAAUAAUAAUAAUAAUAAUAAUAAUAGUAAUAAUAAUAUUUUAUUUAUACCCCGCCCUCCCCAGCCAAGGCUUACAAGCAAUAAUAAAAACAAGCUGAAUGAUUACAACUUAAAAACAAAAUUAAAAUACAACAUUAAAAUAUUGAAAUAUUAAAAUAUUAAAAUGAAUAAUGAUGUUUGUAGCUUCUACCCUGUUCAUUUAACAGGGUAACAAUUGUGCCAGUUUCUUGACUGUGAUUAUUUUGCCCAAGAGAUUUUUAGUCACCAGUAAGAGAUGGUUCUAGACACUGGAAAUAAUUGGCAGUAAUAGCAAAGAUAGAUAAGCUUACUUGAUCAGCUGAAGCUUUUAACAGAUCAGUUUUUGUAGCAGAGCUAUUACUGAAGGAUGGAGAGAAAAGACAACACCAAUAGCUAAUGUGUUCUGAGUCUCAGCUUUUUGUCACAGGGAAAAAUGAAGGCAGAUUCUUCCCCUUCCCUCAAUUACGUCUUCAUGUAAUUUUGGAACUUUAGUAGUUUAUUUAAUCUUUAGAACAUACACAGCACCCAAAGAUUAAGGGUCAUAACCAAUUCCUAGUCAUACUGACCCAUUGUAAUCAAUUGAUUAAGUCUACUCUGAGCAUGACUUAAUUGGAUACCACUGUAUCCAAUUCCUUGCACUGGGUUUUGAACAUAAAUAUAUUUGAGAGGUCUUUGCAUCCCACACUCUGUUCCUGGUUUUCAUAUCUUUUCACCUCUUCAUUCAGAACUUUUAAUUUGUUUUCAGUGGCAGAGGGUGUUGAAAAUAUUAAUUGACUCACUGCCUUCUGAAAUAUUACAAUAAAUGCCGCUGGCCUUUUUGCCAAGGUAAAGCUUAGAAACACUUUCUUUCCCUCCAGUAUACUUGUAAUAGUUCUGAGUUGUCUCUGCCUCCAGCAUUGUUUCACUUGUCAGUAAAUUAAACGAUCUGUUGCAGGCUAUGGAAUGGAUUCAAAGUACAUGAGUGGAAGGCAUUUUUGUGCUCAGAUUUUCUUCCCAAGUUGCUGUCCUGUUGUGUACUGUUAUACAGAGUCUCCCAAUCAUCUGAAAUGCUUUUGGGGUGGGCAGGUAGCAUAGGAGGAAACUGGCACCUCCUUUCCCCAUGCAUGGUGUAUGUCAUUUUAUGCUUGAAAAUAUUUUGUAUUCAAUCUGUAGUAGAGAGCUUCAUUUAUUAUACAAUAUUAAGAGAGAAAACUCAGAAGUGUCUUGGAAGGAAUUAUAUUGUUUGUAGGCUUCAACUUGGCAGAAAGGCCAGCAGCAUUUACUGCACUAUUUCAGAACACAGUGAAUUAAUUAACAUUUUCAACAAUGUCCAUAUCUCUCCACUUACCCAGAGGAAUCUUUGGACCCAACCCUUUGUGAUCAAAUUCUUACUAAAAACUUGACUAGAACUAUAUAGAAAGGUAAAGUAUUCUAGUACUUAGGCUGUAGAGUCAGAGUCAAAAUGCCAUACAUCUGUUUAGUAGUAAUACCUCAAAGCCAAUGUUGUAUGUACUAUAAUACUAGUUAUACUGUAACAUUUUAUGUAACAGUAAUAUUAUAUAACAGUGUAAUAGUAUAACAACUAGUACAGUGGUACCUCGGGUUACAUACGCUUCAGGUUACAUACGCUUCAGGUUACAGACUCCGCUAACCCAGAAAUAGUACCUCAAGUUAAGAACUUUGCUUCAGGAUGAGAACAGAAAUUGUGCUCCAGUGGCGCAGUGGCGGCUGGAGGCCCCAUUAGCUAAAGUGGUGCUUCAGGUUAAGAACAGUUUCAGGUUAAGAACGGACCUCCGGAACAAAUUAAGUACUUAACCUGAGGUACCACUGUAUAACAAAUACUAUAACAAAUGUAAUAGUAAUACUAUAACAUUGUACUACUACUACUACUACUACUACUACUACUACUACUCAUUAAAUUUAUAUACUACCCUUCAUCUGAAGAUUGCGGGGCAAUUUACAGUAUAAAAACACAAAAUACAUAAUACCUAACAUAACAAAAAAUAUAUGCCCCCAUUUCAUUGGUGAGAUUCUGGUCUACCAUCUUGCUGUCUCAUCAUUGCAUUGAUCAUAUAUGGAGCAAAGUGCAUUUUUCUAUUUUUGCACUUACACCAUAUGUUGCAUUUGUAACAGAGUGGCUGGGGAAACCCAGCCAGAUGGGCAGGGUAUAAAUAAUAAAUUAUUAUUGUUAUUAUUGUAUUUCUAAUAAAUCACAGAGACAACUUGCUCUAGGAGCCGAAAUUAUUGAGAGAUGCUUUUUUGUGCCCUUCCUUAUUUCUGUCACUUUGGUAUGUUGUUUAUUCUUUUGAAUAAUAUUUCUUCCUUCUACAACACUGUUAUUUAAACAGUUGGCUUUGCCUGCCCCCCCCCCCCCCCGUCCUUUAUUGCCUCGUCAGUGUGUGAUUAAAAUGUAUUUGGUCCGCAUGUUCAGGUGUCUCUACUUUUUUAAGAGACCUAUGUAUACAUGGAAAAUUAGCAUGUUAGUGGGGGGAAAGUGUUCUAGCUCAGUCUGUCUUCUUAUGUGUAUUUUGAGUGCAGAGAAACCUCUAAUGUGCAAUCUGCGCUAAGACUUUUUAAAGCAAGUGAGGAAUGUUAAUUGAAAAUAUGUGAAAAAUAAAUAUCACAUCUGCAAUUUGUCAAUCAUGGCUAUUUUUAAAAGAACCACAACAAAUCCCUACCCGCCUGUCUUUCAACUAUAUCAGACAUGGCGGCCUCCUCUCUGAAAUUUAUGUUUGCAUUUUUAAAGGUUACGUUGUUUUUGCAGUAGUAGCAAUAGCUUAGGUUAGUUUAGUUAAUUUGGUCUAGAGACCAUAAACGUCAGAUAUAGAGCUGGGUUAUCAAGACAACCACAACAUGCCUGCACACAGAUUGUGCAUUUUAAAAUAAAUAAAUAACAAAAUAACAAAAAAAAAUUACAAAAUCCACUAUCAACAAUAAUUUAAAUACUGACAGUUUUGAUUCAGAACUCUGAUGUUCCCUUUAACAAUUGUGUUCUAGGUUUGAUUGCUACCGGAAGUAAUGUGGCUGGGUUUUUUUGGAAUCUUAGGGUUGGAAUCAGCCAUUAAAACUGAAACAUAAAAUUCAGCUGAGUUCCCAAAAUGUAAAGAAAGUACUGGGGAGAGAAAUUGUGAUAUACUCUUAUAAAAAGUACAGUAUAGGAGAACAUACACUAGCAUUUCAACUGAGCCAUUUUUCCAGGACAAACUCUCAAAUACCAAUACAGUCUCGACCUUUCAUAACUGUAACAACAGCAGCAAGAAUAAAAUAUUUAUAUGCCGCCCAUCUGAUUGGGUUCCCCCAGCAAGUUCUUUAUUAUUUUCAACGAAAAAGAUUUGGUCACUUGAUGACAUGUAAUUUGCUUUGGGUGAUGCUUGAGGGUUGGUAAUAAUAAAUAAUAAAUAUAAUAUAGGCUUUAAAAAUUAAACAUGUUAAGAGAAGGAAUCAUAGGAAAUCUGCAUUUAAAAAUGCCCUUGAAGAAUUCAGGCUCUUCAUACUAGCAAAGUUCUGAGUUUUCAUGCACCUUUCAGAACACAAAACUAUUACGUCUGUGGACAGCUCACCUCAUAUAUAUUGUGUAAUUAUUAUACCUGCUAUAUGUUGCGAGCAGUUGCCAGUUGUGGCAUACUGCUUUCCAGUCUUGCAUAUAAAAAGUGAAGGAGUAAUAAAUGGCGCUUUUAAAGAGCUGUAAAUUCCUUCCAAUUUUGUUCCUUUGUUGUGAAGCACCCUACAGGGAUAUGGUUUUAACCUCUUUCUGUGUCUUGGCUCUAUGAAAGUGGAAUGCAGUUAUGAAAAAGUGACUAAUCUGUAUGCGAGGGCCUGCCCACAUUUCUAAACCCCAGAGCUGCGUACCCAAAUCCCGGUUCAACAGUUUCAAAAUGUGUAGCCCCUUAGCCUGCCAUUCUUUCCUUCGGGACAGACCUCUACAUAAUGCCCCCCUACUACACUUUUCUCUGCAACAGAAGCCAGACUUUUGCCUCGCUGAGCCCAGUAUCUUGUCCCUCGGGGCUCACAUUUUGCACUGUUGAUUCUUUCCUCUGGAAAAUCUCUGUUUGAAAUGGAGGCAGCCAGUAGUUUUUAUGAAAGUUGAAAUAAUCUAGAGGGAGGCAUCCGUUCUCAUGGGGCCCAUUCUCUUUUUGUCCCACUGUCACCUCUCUCCAGAUAAGAGUUGCAGGUUUUUGAAUCUAUUUUGAAACCAGCAAAACAGAGAUGUGAACAGACUACGAGUACUGAUUUAUCAUCCAAACCACCUUCAACUCUCCAACCAUACUUUCCUAUCCUACAAAGCGCUUGUUUAAUGCUGUUUCUAUUUACUUUGUUGACCAGCUCAACCCACUCAUGGUUUUAAAAGCAGAGUGACUCAAUCAUAGCUUUGCCAGGCUGGGCUACAUACUGUGAGUGCUGUCAUUUUGAGACAUGGGUAUCCGUAUUUAUCUCGUUCUUAAGUUUUACCCGUAUACUAAAUAUUUGUACCAACCACUGCCACCUCUUAUUGACUCUGAAUAAAGACUGCUUUAGUCUCUUAUUAUCUUACAUUUUCUUGACUCUGCAAUCAAUUCAGAAAACACACUAAACAAUUCCUUAUCAAGCAAGGUACAAAAGUUUCCUAUUGUCCUCCUAUUGUACUUGAAACAAAGAUAAUUCUGGGGCCUUGGCUUUAAUUUUUAUACACAAGAAGCCUGUAAGUCCAAAGAAUGCUAGUUUCAUAUGGUGUGUAGUUCAAAAGUUAUUUUAAAACCCCUGCAGGCAUUAUGUAUGUUGUGGGUUCAUUCCCAGGAAAUUAGCCCUUCUGGAAUAAACAAACAAUGGAUAUGGAGAAUCUAAAACCCUUUGUACAGUCUCAAACCACCAUGCAGUGCUGUUAAUUGUAUUUCCUCCCUUUCUCCUAGGUCACUUGUAUCCUAGACAUAUAACCCCACGUCUAAGAUAUAAAACAGCUAACUAAUCACAAGGGGGUAAUUGGUCAGAAAAAAAUUCUCUUGCAAGCGUAAUGAAACAUAAGCUUUAACAAUCACAUUUCGGAUAAUGUAACUAUGGCUUGUGAUGGUAGAACUGAAUUGGAAAAUUAUAGAGAUGAUGCUGCAAGAAGCAUGAAGCAAUAGCGUUCUUAUCCCUUCACGUUUUAUAAUGGUAAAAAUAAAACGUCUUUUAAAGAUGGAAUGUAGUUUUACUGGGAGUAUUUUAUUAUGUUGCAGGAAACAGUACCUGCUUCUUACAUUAUGAUUCUAUGAAAGCUUCCACGUACAUUGAGAAAGUAAUAAAGUACUAUAAAAUUAUAAAAGCUGAUCAAUAAUGGGUGGUUUCUAGCUUUUGCAAAUGGUUUGAGUGCCUGUUUGAACUGAACUUUUACACUGCCAGCUCCAUGUUCUACUGUCCUGGCCCACCCCAGCUAAGGCAGACACACAUCUGAGAGUCGUGUCUAUUGACAAAAGAAGCACUUACAGCAAAUCCCAAGGUGCUUCAGAUGCUCAUGAACACACACUUCUAGCCACUAGGCAGCUGUCCCUCAGAUCUGCACCCUGUGGAGCAGUUGCAGCAACAAUGAGCCCCUGCCCUCUGCCAGCUUAUAUGUCCUCUUGGGACAGGUUGUUGCUGAUCUUCCUGCUUCAAGCUCCUCCUGGUUCUAGGAGACAGCGGGGCAGAGGAAGGUGGGGAGUCUAGUGACCUAUCUGUUGCCAGAACAUCCCCUUCUUCUUCCUCCCCAUCCUGUGCACCCUCCUCUUUCUCGGACUCAUAGAAUCAUAGAGUUGGAAGAGACCACAAGGGCCAUCGAGUCCAACCCCCUGCCAAGCAGGAAACACCAUCAGAGCACUCCUGACAUAUGGUUGUCAAGCCUCUGCUUAAAGACCUCCAAAGAAGGAGACUCCACCACACUCUUCUUCCUGCCUCUGCCCCAUACUCUUCAGAGCCCUGCCAGUCCCUGACAGGCACCUUACAUGAGCUCGUUGAGCCAGUGUCAGCUUGUCUAUAAGAAUCAACAUGACGGAGCCCAGCUUCAUACUCCAUCCCCAUAACUUCUCACUCUCAUGGGAGACAACUGCUAGCUGCAGGUACUUCUCUGUCCUGUUUUAAAGAAGACAGAGAGAGACUCGUUCUAGAUUAAAAUGUGAAGCACUAUAUGCAUGUGCCUAGCGGUUCCUGGCAUUCAAGCAUAUGCCCAGUAUUUUCAGAACUAGUUUUACUCCUGUUGGCAUAGCCUGACACGACUUGAAGAAUCCCUACCUCCUUGGUCACCUACUUGUUUGCCUGAAAAACUGUGUCGAAGGUACAUUCGCCAAAAGGAGUCAUUUGGUCUGGAUAGCGUUGGGCAUGCAGACGUUGCAUGAAAUGGAGAGCAUUCUUACUGUUGGUCUCUAAAGAUAGGCUGCUAGUGGAGAAGGGAGGCAGGCUUGGUGUUAGUAUAAGCCACCCAGAAAGAGGUCUAAGAGUGCUAGAGAAAAAGGCAGGUGACCUUGGGUGCCCUGUGUAAGUUGUGAGUACUGAGAUGACUAGACAGGUGCUGUAGUCUAAAAGCUUUUGGAAGCACCAGCCAUUGGGGAUCAGAAAUGUGGGACGAAGGAGAAUACAGGCGUACCUUGGAAGUUGAACGGAAUCUGUUCCGGAAGUCCGUUUGAUUUCCAAAAUGUUCGAAAACCAAAGCGCGGCUUCUGAUUGGCUGCAGGAAGCCAUGGAAGCCCCAUCAGAUGUUCGGCUUCCCAAAAAAGAGUUCACAAACUGGAACAGUCACUUCCGGGUUUGUGGCGUUUGGGAGCCAAAACGUUCAAGAACUAGGCUGUUCGAAAACUAGACUUUAUAGUUCUCUAGUUGCUGUAAAAUGUUCUGAAAAAUUUAGAUUACUUUCUUUAUGCUUUUCUGGUCAUAAUAAUAUUUGCAUCAACCAUAUUGUGGCUCAUACAUUUUUAACUGUUUGAAGUGUUUUGGGGAUCACUGAUUUUAAAGCUAUGUAAAUUAGGCAUUUUUAUUUGCCUGCAGGCAAAAUUUAUAAAUCUUUUGAGUAGUUUUGUGUUUCAGAAUAUCCACCAAUUUUUAGCCUUUGGGAUAGACUACAGCUAUUGCUUAGGUAGCAAGAUUUUAUUCUUCUUUAAAUUUUUAUUAAAUUUUUAUUAAACACACAUUAUUACAGCUGGACUUUUAAAAUUCCUUUCGGAUUGGUUGCCAAAUACCGUAUUUUUCGUCCUAUAGGGCGCACCGGCCCAUAGGACGCACCUAGUUUUUUGGGGGGGAAAUUAAAAAAAAAUCAUUUCCCCCCACCAGCCACGGGGCUGGGGCUGGGGCUGCCCGAGCUUCCCCCGACCCCAGCCCCCAGAACAGGCUGCUGCCCGCAAGCCUUGGGAGCCCGCGGGACCUCCCGCCGGGCGCGCAGGGCUUGCGGACAUCUGCCCGAAGCACGGGGCGUGCUCCAGAGCGCGCCCCGUGCUUCAGGCAGCAGGCUGCUGCCCCAGCCUUCCGAGCCUCGCCGGGACUCCCGCCGGGCGCGCGGCUGGGGCAUCUGCCCAAGCCCGGGCGACGUGCCCGCAAGCGCCCCGUGCUCGGGCUGCAGUCUGCCCGCCCAAGCCUGUGAGCCCGGCGGACGUCCUGCCGGGCGCGCAAGUGCGCAUCUGCCCGAGCACGGGGCGUGCUCCGGAGCGUGCCCCGUGCUCGGGCGGCAGGCUGCCCACAGCCUUGGGAGCCCGGCGGGCACUCCCGCGGGCUCCCAAGGCUUGCGGAAAGCUUCCUGAAGCCUGGAGAGCGAGAGGGGUCGGUGCGCACAGACGCCUCUCGCUCUCCAGGCUUCAGCGAAAGCCUGCAUUCGCCCCAUAGGACGCACACACAUUUCCCCUUCAUUUUUGGAGGGGAAAAAGUGCAUCCUAUAGGGCGAAAAAUACGGUAGAUAGUUCACUUAAAAUAUUUUUCCUGUUGAAGAGUUUGAGCUUUUCCAUGCAAAUUGUAUUCUCCUUCUUUCAGUAUGUUCCAGGGCAAUGAAGAAUAAAUAGACCGUUUGAGACACUUUCUGCCAUUCUUAGCGUUCGAAACUCCCAUUGUUCUAGGCACUUUUUGCGACAGGGAAUUUCAUUAAUGCAAACAGUUUCUGAGCUCUGGAAGCAGCACUGCGCCUAAGAUUUCAGAUUAAAAUUGCCACUGUUUGAAUGAAAGGAGGACCUUUUUCUGCCUUUCCCACUUCUAGCCACUCUCUGAGGACUGCAGAAGGGACCCUCAUAAGAAUAUUAGUUGGGCAGGCAGGGGAAGCAUGGCUUUGUUUUUUGCAGUCUUCACAUGAGGACUAGACCAUGUGAAAAAUGAAUAGAAGAUUUUAGCUGCAGUUCAUUCAUUUUCUGCUUUUGUAUUUUUAUAAAAAAGUGUGCCUAGAUAUUCCAUUGCAGCACCCAUAACCUAGGUUUAAUGUGCCAUUUAGCUCCUCGCUUUCAUAUCUCAGUUUCUAAUACUGGUCAUUCUCAUGUGAUGAAUAAGACAAAGCGACAUGCAGAUAAACCUUUUGCUAUCUUUAAGAACAUAAAUAAUAGCAUGCUGUGUCCACAUACAGACAAACACUUGCCUGGUAUAUAGGCCCCUGUAGGUCUUUGGAGUUGGAAGAGAAAAAUUUGGUUGCAGUUGUACAAAUUACUUCCAGAUGUAGAUUUCAAUAAACACAUAGUGUUGUUGCUUUACCCGAAGGUGCUAUAAAUUUCCUGAGACAAGUCUGCAUCUAGUAAACUGUUGAGUAUUUGAAUACUAAUGAAGUCACUGUAUUCUGUGUGAAUGCAAUCUCUUAAUGCUGCAUGGUUCAGGACUUUUCCACUAAGAUGACUUUUUAAGAGUAUUGUAUUUUAAUAGUCAGGGCCGUCUUUAGCACAUGCGGCGCUGGGGUGCAAAUUUAGUUUAGCUGCCCCCAAAUUAACUUUAACUGAGCUUUUUUAUGAGGGGGGAUCGCUCACCUGUAACAAUGAUGCGCACAGCCGUGUGGUCACGGACCCUUCCCCACAGAAGGGACACAAAGUGAGGGAGAGUGGAGGGAGAGGCCACCGCGUCCUUUUUUGCCACGGGUACCUGCUGGGUGCUGAAGUCCCAUCCCAAGUAGUUGGGCUCGGCAGGCGCAGCCAUGGCAGCCUGAGGCGAAUGGGCCUCACCCCCGCCAUCCUCGCACGGAGGGAACAGGGCAGGGAGUAGGCAGCCCGGGCAACAACUUUUGCCUCAGUACCACCUCACAGAAACGGCUUGGCUGGUCCCUCUCCUGUGCCCAAGCUCCACCGGGUCCUGGUAGUUAUUAACCCACCCGCCCUGCGGCCCCUUUGGGGGCGGUUAAAUAGGACCUGUCUCUCACUUGCCCAGGGAUCGAAACGGCGUUGAUGGCCUCGUUACCCAGUGUGAGUGGUCCUCCUCUCAGUGGCUCUUUUCCUCAGGUUUUUGGGCACUUCAAUCCCCCCACUUUUUAAUACAGUACAGUGGUACCUUGGGUUACAAACGCUUCGGGUUACAAACGCUUCAGGUUACAGACUCCACUAACCCAGAAGUAGUACCUCAGGUUAAGAACUUUAUUUCUGGAUGAGAACAGAAAUUGUGUGUAUACAAAUCACACAACACAAAGCCGCCUGCAAAUAAAUGGUGUCAGUCAUGACACUUAAGAGGAAAUGAGAUUAAACUACAGUCUUGUUCAGAUUAGCAAUGAGGAAAGGAAAAAAUGCAUGGUUAAAAACCUGCAACAAUGACAAAGCGGAAAAAACUGCUUUUGUUUCCUGACUCGUCAGGAAUAUUUGACGCUACGGAGUAACAAAGCGACGGAGUAGGGGAACGGGGACUUUCACUCCAUUGUUUUUCACUGCCGCCGAUAGAGAUGGAACGGUGUACAGUACAUAUACAUUUGGCGCCCCCCAGAAUUCAGCGCCCAGAUGCCCUGCACCCCUUGCACCCCCAGUUUAAGACGGCCUUGUUCAUAGUUGACAUCUAUGUUUGGAUAUUUACGACCCCAAUCUGUACAGAAGUUCCUUUAGGAGUUCAUGUUAGAGUAAACAAUGGGAGGGUGGUUACAUUUUGAUGGUGAUGUAGAUGCACUUUGGGCCAUACCUCACAAUUGCCAUCUGCAAAUUUUGUACACAUGGGACUGGGUCUAAACAUGUCCUUCCAUUAAUUCAAAGGCUCCUUCCAUUCAUUUGCGCAAGAGAGUUUGAUCCAGGAGACAUUCUUGCUGGAGGAAAGGGAGAGAGGUAAUUUUCACACAUUUCUGCACACAGAUACCCGGUGCCAUGAGGUUCAGAAGGUUCCCCAGUCCUCCAGAGCAACUUCAUCCUUUGUCAAAGUCCUUCAUCCAAGUUGUUUAUAAAGAUGUUGAACAACAACGGGCCCUAUGACAGAACCCUGAGGCACCCCCCUUGUCCCUUUUUACCAGGAUAGUAAGGAACCAUUAGUGAACAUCGUUUGGUUUCGGUCAGUCAACCAGUUAUAAAUCCACCUAACAGUUAGCUCGUCAAGCCCACAUUUUACUAGCCUCUCUGCAAGAAGCUCAUGGGGUACCUUUUCAAAAGCCUUACUGUAAUCAAGAUUCACUGCAUCCACAGCAUUCCCCUGAUCCACCAAACUUAUAAAAAACCCAAUGAAAAUAAUAAAAAUGCAAAGAUGAUUGUAAAUUGUAUAAUGUGGAGGAAAUCGAGUGGGGGCAGAGGGAAGUGGGAGGAAGGACAAAAGAAUAAUAUGAUGGAUUGAGGAAAUAUAAAUGUAAAUGUAUGGGGGGAUGGGGAGGAAAUGGUGUUGGUUUUGGUACAUCUGUAUUGUAAUGUAAUAUAUGAAAACCAAAAAAAAAAAAAAAAGAGAAAGAAAGUAAAAUAAUAAAAAUCCCUGUUUGGCCACUAUGAAACAAAUUCUCAAAGUGAUGGUAUAAGACCCAGACUACAGGUUAUACAAGGAACAUGUGCCUGCCUUUAAUAAAAUAAAAUGCACCACACAGCACCAUCGGGCUUAGAGUUUCCCUGCCCCUUGCAAGCUAUAACCAAUAAAGUGGGCAGAAGCAAGGAAACUCUGAGCUGCUGAUAGAAGCCACAGGUUUCUCAUAAUAUGCAGUUUGGUCUGAAGCUGCAUUGGGCAUCCAAAGUAGAAUAUAUAAAUAUUCUCAUUUCGGUUUCAGCAGGAAAAACCUGUCCUGAGAGCUAAACAGCUUUCAAUAGGUUCCAGUAUUUCAGAGAGGCGACACUUUUAUUCCUGGUUCUAAAAUUAUUGGGUUGGGAGAAGUUAGCCUAUUCAGUCUAUGCUGAGCCUUUGGGGACAGCCCAUGUAGUUUGUUUGUGGUUAGCAAAGCUAAGUUGAGCAAUUCUUCUGGAAGACUAUUGAACUUGAAAUAAAAUGAGACUGUAGAAACCACUGUUGGGAACUAAAAAGACAGGGAGAGAGUGCCAGCCCAGAACCAUGGCAGACAGUGUUUAGUUUGGAAGCCAAAUGGAGCAGAGCCAAGCAGCAGUGCAAAACGCACAAGUCACAUGAGAAAUUAAAUGAGUCUCAGUCGGUGGAGAAUGUAUAAAUGUGGCCUGUGUUUUAAUAGAGAGACAUGAAGGGACAGAAGCAUGAUAACAGCAUGGAAUGAUUUUCCUGCAGUGAGUUAUCUCUCCUGGCUUGUAAUACUUGUAAAGGGUCGCUGCUGUUUUGCUCAUUUCAUGCCUCGGCUCAGUAUACCUGAAGGAGCGUCUCCACCCCCAUCAUUCAGCCCAGACACUGAGGUCCUCCUCUGAGGGCCUUAUGGAAGUUCCCUCACUGCGAGAAGUGAGGUUAUGGGGAAUGAGGCAGAGGACCUUCUCGGCAGUGGCGACCUCCCUGUGGAACGCCCUCCCAUCAGAUGUCAAGGAGAUAAAGAACUACACAUCUUCUAGAAGACACCUGAAGGCAGUCCUGUAUCAGGAAGUUUUUAAAUGUUUGACAUUUUACUAUGUUUUUAUAUGUACAGUGGUACCUCGGGUUAAGAACUUAAUUCGUUCUGGAAGUCCAUUCUUAACCAGAAACUGUUCUUAACCUGAGGUACCACUUUAGCUAAUGCCACCACGCAAUUUCUGUUCUCAUCCUGAAGCAAAGUUCUUAACCCCCAAGGUACUAUUUCUGGGUUAGCGGAGUCUGUAACCUGAAGCGUCUGUAACCUGAAGCAUCUGUAACCCGAGGCGUCUGUAACCCGAGGUACCACUGUACUGUAAGCCGCCCACAGUGUCUGGGGAAACCCAGCCAGAUGGGUGGGGUAUAAAUAAUACAAUUAUCAUUAUUGGUAUUGGUGUCCAUGCGCACCUCUGUUUAUCUCCCAAUAGCAGCCACUCUGUUUAACCCCCAAUAGCAGCCACUGUAGUAUAGCUCUCACAUUUAUGCAGUAUCUUAUUGGACAGAGCUGUGAUGCAUGUUAGGUUUCUGUUUUGGGGGAGGGGCGGAUUGCCUUGCCUUGCCUUGCCUUGCCUUGCCUUAUGGAAAGACUCAAACACGGCAAUACAAGUGCAGCUACUGAAUCUGAGGGAAACCAAGUCACUCCUGCCUUCUCUUGGCAGGGAAUUCAGACAUCCAGUGACAGCUGUGUGUGUGGGACUGCAUUGUUGCCACAACAACCUGUUGCUGUUGCAAAGGGAGAAAAGCCCUUGCAUUUACUUUCUGCACAGCCAGUGAAGAGAACUCAGUUUCAUCUCCUCUCUAGUGUGGGCCAAUGCUCUGAAUAGUUUCAAAUUGUUAGCACUGGGAGCAGAUGAAAGGGGACCCCUUGGCUAUAGGUGGUACCAAGGGGCCAAGAGUGAGCAAAUGCCCACCCUAAAAAUAGCCUGACAGUCUGUUAGCCCAGCAUGUCUGAAUGUGGAUAUAAACUUGUUUCUGUUUGUAUCAUAUCAUACACCAUAUUAAAGAUUAAAUGUGAGAUGGAGCUUCCCUUCCUCUCCCCUCCACCCCGCCCCCCCCAGCAGUCUACUUCACUUUUUCUGGAGCCUCUGCUGCUCCUGGCCAUUCAGGCUUCUGUAGCUGUCCUUACAAGUUUUUUGAUUGGGACCAUAGUUUAGACGGCACUCUAAAAUUUUUUUUUUGCAUUAAAUUCUUUCAUCAACACUCACCGAAGUUUACUAUGGAAAGGUUGUUUUAGAUCUGCCAUCCAUCUGCCUCUCUCCUUCCUGCAAAAAGAGAAGCGCGAAAACUUGUGAGAGCAUGCAUAAGAAGACUAUUUUGAAAUGUCAUUGUGUAAGACUUAGAGCAAGCCUAUAAAGAUUUUUAUUUGCAUUGACUUAUUCCGUAACUAACUGGCAGCUUUAUGGAUUCAAAAGAAGCUGUAGAAAUCCUAUUAUUACGUCUUCCGGAGUUCCUUAUAUAAUUGCCUUCUUUUUUUUUGCCUAUGGCUUUAAAACAGGGGUGGGAAACCACUUCCAGCCUGAGGAAUUAAACCUUGCCAACUUUCCAGGGGCAUGGCAAGAGGCAAUUUUUUUUGGGGGGGGGAGGGUAAUUGUACAUAUUUUACAUUAACAUUAAACACUUACAGAUGUAAAUAUUAUGCAUUAUAUUUACAAAAUCAAUAUAUUUUAUAUUUCUAUUUUAUUUUUAGUUUUAGGGGAAAUUGUGUAUAAAAUAUAUCUUUUCCUAGGGAAAGUGUGGAAAGUGGCGAGGCAGAACAAAAUGCUUAACAAAUGAUUCAGAAGAUGUCAUGUGGCUGGUGGCUGGAUGAAGUUUGCUAGAAAUGGCUUCAUGGAGGGGCUUGGUGGGUUGAAUUAGACCCACAUAUCACAGAUUUCCCACCACUGCUUUCUAGUGACUGGAGAUGCCAAAGUUGUAUUUCAGCUCCUUUUUUUUAAAAAAGGCUUCUUUUUCUUAUUUUGAUGAUGUUUGAUUUUAGGUCUCAAUAUUUUGCUUCGAAAAUUGAUAAAGCAUUGCAAUAGUUCAUUUACUGUGCGCUUUUUUUUUUAAACGAAUACCUCAGCUGUUCUGAUUUUACCGAUUUCGCUGAACCUUAUUUGUGUAUCGUUAACAACUCACUGGAUGCUUCCUAACACUGAGCCAGGAGAUGGAAGAAAAUCAUCUUUAAGAUACUGUUUUUACUUCUAAAAUAAAUCUGGUGCCCUCUAUAGAGGGGAGGGAGAAGUGGAGAGAGCACCCUUUAGGCACCUGGGAUACAUUUAUGUCAACUUCACUUUUUACUUUCUGACCCACCUCUCUCCUGGCCCCUAUCUCUUGACAGUUGGAAAGAGAACUGCAUUGCAAUGACAGCUACCUUUCCAAGGUUUUAGGAGCCGAAAUAGUCCUGUGGAGCUAUUUCUGGCUGUGGAAAGCCGGAAAGAAAGGCGAGGUAUAAAAUUAUGCAAAGGGUGUGGAGAAAGAUCUGCCUCUCUCAUACAUAGCACUUGAACUUUUGGCCAUCCCCUGAAGCUGGAUGCUGGAGGAUUCACAACAGAUAAAAUAAAGUACCAUACUUUUCCGUGUAUAAGACUAGGUUUAUUUCUUUAAAAAUCAUGCUAAACAAUGGGGGUUGUUUUAUACAUGGGUAGUGCAUUUGAUUGGUUGCUGCCGUGGCUGUUUGCAGCUAUUGUGCGUGUUACUGGUUGCUGCGUCAAUGGGUGGUGUUGAUUUGCUGACGCUGCGGCAAUUGGGCGGGUGAUUGGCAGCUUCUGCUGGUGAGGGGACAAGACGCCAAUUUUGCGACGUGUGCGGGUGAGUGAUUAUUGGCAACCCCCCAAAAAAAGCUCAACAACCCUGGGUAAUCCCCCCCCAAAAAGCUCUACAGCUCUGGGCAAUCCUCCGCCAUAAAAGCUCAACAACUCUGUGCCACCUCCCCCCAGUUCCUGAAAUUUGAGUCCUCAAAAAUAGGGGGUGUCUCUUGCACAGAAAAGUAUGGUAUUCCCCUCACAAAGUGCAUAGCUAAACCAUGGAAUUCACUCCCAAAAGAUAAAGGGAUGGCCACUUUAAAAAGGGAUUAGACAGAUUCAUGGGAAAUUGGGCUAUGUUCUCCUUCCUCUCAGAGGUAGCAUGCACAGGUGGGGAGUGUUGUUACACUCCAGUCCUGCUUUCAGGCUCUCAUAGACAGCUGGCUGGCCACUGUGAGAACAGGAUGAUGAACUAGAUGGGCCAGAGGCCUGAUCCAGCAGCCUUUUCUUACAUUCCAGUUCCUUGAUCAUUUUUGUUGUCGUUUUCUACACAUUUGGUGGCUAAAAAAACAUUGAAAGGCACUCAUCGUGUUUCCUGAUCCUAUGAAAUGCAAUAAUUUGUCAGCUAUUCUUUUCCAAGGUAAGCCCAAAGGCUUACCGGCUUUGCAUCAUGCUGUAUACUAAUGUUAAUAUCCCUGACCUUUUAGAAAACAUGCUAAUUGCAGCAAUUUACUGUGUUGCAGUAAUCCUGCCCCAUCUCCCUUCCCUCAUUCACUGUGAUGAUCUGAUGUCAUGUUCAUGAAAGCUCUUGCUUCUGGGUGAAGGAAUGUUGGCAAUUCAGAUUGUGAAAGAAACAAAAAAGCCUCUUACCAAAAAAAUGCUUUAAUAUGUCAAAAGUGUUACUACACUAUUCGUCUUCAAGAUAACCCAGUGAAUUCUGCUCUAAUUAUCUUGUUCGACAUCUUCAGUCUCAAAUUAGCUGCUCUAAUUAUUAUUAAACUUGUAUAUGACCAGAGGGGAAUUUUAAGUUUUGGUCAGUAUAAGUUCUUUUGAACACUUACUUAAACAGAAGGUUGAAUCCAUAUUAAUGUAUUACAUAGCAAGUAUAUUUCUGUAUAUUCCUGCCAACCUAGCAGUUCGAAAGCAUGUCAAAGUGCAAGUAGAUAAAUAGGUACCACUCUGGCGGGAAGGUAAAUGGUGUUUCUGUGCACUGCUCUGGUUUUGCCAGAAGCGGCUUAGUCAUGCUGCCCACAUGACCCAGAAAAACUAUCUGCAGACAAAUGCCGGCUCCCUUGGCCAGUAAAGUGAGAUGAGUGCCGCAACCCCAGAGUCGUCCGCAACUGGACUUAACCGUCAGGGGUCCCUUUACCUUUAUAUUUCUGCUCAUAGAAAAAUACAAAAAAGUGGAAAUUUAAGGGUAUUAACUUGUUGGCAAAACUUUAUUUGGCCGAAUAGUAACAGUAGCUGCCAGUUCAUCUGUUCUUUUACAUGGUGUUUCUCUCAGGAAUUAUUUCAUUCUCUAAGCUGUGAUCAUCAAAAUCUUCUCAAUUACAGUCUAUGAUUUGACUUUAUUUGGUAUUUCCGGAGAGACGUCACAGGUUUAUGACUUUAAAUCAUGGUAAAUGAAAUGGAAAGAUGGUCCUAGCAAAAUUUCUUUUUAUUGUUAGAGAAGAGGGAGUGUAAGAUUAACAACUUGCUUUACAGUGAAGAUGAGAUCUUACUGCACUAGAUUAAUUAUUGUGUCAAACAAUUCUAGUUUCUAAUGAAAAUCAGAUGCUGUACAAAUUCUGGGUUGUUGUUUUCAAACAUGCCAGAGAGUCAGUGGUGGUCAUCUGCAUGUUAAUAUACACCAAAGUGCUUUACACAGAAGUAGUGCGUCUGACACCAAAUGUCAGUGUCAUCCCUUUGCAUUCCAGGUCAUUGUGCACUUGCGUGAAAUCAGAAACCCAUUGAAAACACCUGCAGACACCCUAUUCCGCUCCUACCCCCAUUCCACCCUUUUAGUGAUGUUUCAGUUACGUCUUUGAUGUUUCUAGGUCACUUCCAUGUUCGAGGCUGUGUGUGUGUGUACGAUUGUGCACAUAUUGGUCACUCCUAAAACAAGAGUUGCCUGUAGUUCAACCUUUGGGUAUUUUAUUUGUUGGAAAUACAUGUAUAAAACAGUGUUCUAAAAUUCUUCUAGAAGUGAGGUGCAAUACAGCUUUUCUGAAAUCCUAAUAUGGGGAGAGCUUUGGAACUGCUAUGGAAUAAGGUUAGUAACUGGCAUCGUUUUCACUUUAUGGGGAUGUGAUAAGGACCUUUCUUUGUAUCAAGCUGAAGUAAAUUUAGAGAGUGCAAUUCAGGGAUUUAUUUAAGUGGGAACUUCAUACAGUGCUGCUUUAGCUUUUAAUGGACGAAGAGAGACUGGGAAGCAAACAGUGUAACAUCAAAUUUUUUUUUUUUUUUUUUUUUUAAAUAUUUUAUUAAGGAUUUUCUUGUUUUACAGAAGUGUAGUGCCUCGUAUUUUUUUUCCCAUGUAACAUUUUUACAAAUCCGUUUCAUUUGUUGAGGCAUUAGGGGGAGAAGAAAAAAAAAAGAAAAAAGAAAAAGGGGGGGUGGAGAGAGGGAAGAUGGAUGGGGGUGGGGUCGGGUGGCGGUGUUUCUAUUAUGUUUAAUGUAUGUAGAGUUUGGUGUCAGCGUUGCUUGUGUUGUUCACUUGUGUUCCUUUGGUGGUGAGAGAGGUUGGGGUUGGCCUAGGGUGUGAUUGUUUGCUUGUGAUUGGCUGUGGUGAUCUUUGUUUUCGUGUGUGAGUGAGGUGGGUGGGUGUUUUGGAUCAGGUUAGCCAUAUUGAUUUGUAUGCUGUUGGUGGAUUAUUGUCAUUGUCCUGUUGGGCUGUGUAUGUGAUAAAUGGGAGCCAUACCGGGGUGAAGGCGUCUUCUUCUGUUUGUCCCCGUGUCAGUUUCAGUUUAUUAGUUAAUUUUUCUAGUAGGGCUGUUUCCCAUACUAUUUGGUACCAUUGGUCCAUGCUUACUCCUGACAGGUCUCUCCAGUGUCUGGUUAUGGUGUUUCUGGCUGCUGAGAGCAGGUGGGUUAUGAGUUCUUUGUGGUGUAAAUGGGCAUUGUUGUCUUGGAAGAUGUUUUAAAAAGUGGAUUGGUGGGGAGAAGAAUCCAGGAGAUUACAGUCUAUUCUGUGGUAAAUUGGUGGAAAGCAUUAUUAUUUAUCACGCAUAUAGAAGGUCACACAAUUGGUCAUCUUAAUAUGCCAAUAGAGUAAAAAAUAAAAAAUUAACAGAGUUGUUGCUCCACUGAGAGAUCCAAUAAUUGGUGUUGACAGAAUUUACACAAACAUCAACACCAAGCUUUUCAAUUAGCAAAAGAAGUAAAGUCAGCUACCUCUGGGAAGAUUACAAUACUGCUGUGUUAGAUCACAGGUAGUAGGAGUGGAGCACUGAUUUGCAUCAUUAAAAAAAUCAGAAGAAUAGACAUCAACAUCCUCUCCCAAGGGUUCGAAAUUAGCAAGGCACCAGGCACAUUUUGCACCUAAAGAUUCUCCAUUUUCGAGCACCUCAAAAAGCCUGGGUGCUAUUUUUUGUGCGUGGCUGACAUGCAAGGAUUACUGAAAUGCAUGUGCUUUGAAGCCUCAAAGUAUAUGUUAAGGAUAGGCAAUAUGUUAAGGAGUUUAACAGUAAAGAGUAGUGUUUUGAAAACUGAAGUUUAGUACCAGUAUUUUUAUUGUAAACACCAAAUUAAACAUGUAUUAUCAAUUUCUGCUAAAAAUGUGAUAUUAACAAUGUGUCACUUACGUGAAUUGCGUAUUAAUUCAUGCUUAUCAAAAUAAUAAAAAGUGUUGCUGACACCCCCCCACAUGGCAACUAGACAUUCUGUUUGGCACCCACAACCCAGGUCCAGAAGCCAUUUGGUUCCCAGCUUUUCUAUCCCAGUUUGUAACGCUGCCUCCCCCCACUCCCAAAAACCCCAAAACUAGUUCUUGUUGUGAGAAAAAACCUGCCUUGCCUACCUUUCAGGCAUCUUGCUGCUGCUUCAAACUUCAAUGGAGUUUAGGUAAUUCAAGCAAAAUAGCAAAGGCACUAGACAAAGUGCAGUUCGGCAUUGCUCACUUAUCUUCCAGUCCAAAUAGUCCCUCCGUCAUGCCUGCCUCUCUCCUAUCCAAAUCUGCAGCUGCUCAGGUGAGGAGGAGCAGAUUCUGUUUUGCUCUUGACUUGGGAAAUUAGUGAGGGAGCAUGAGGAGACCCCGCUGUGGUGCUGCCCCUCCCUCUGCCCCAGAAAUCUUCCUGAGCUGUGAGCAGGCCUGUAAAGCAAUUAGAGACAGACAGACAAGACUACCUCCCACUGGCCCCUUUCAAUACUAGCAAAAGAGAACACCAGGACAGGACAUACUGUAGCAGGCUUUCUGGUGUAAUAGGGGGACACCUGACCACCCUAAUCAAUGACUACUAAUUCUGAUGGCUGUCUGCUACCUCCAGGUUCAGGGAGUUGCUGGAGAGCAACAGUAGGAAAGGGCUUUUGCUUUCAUGUCCUGCUCCUGAGAUGUUCAGAGGCAUCUGGUUGGCCACUGUAAAAGGCAGACUGCUGGACAGGUUUGGUCUGAUUCAGUAAAGCUCUUAGGUUCUUAAGUUUUGGAAGCUCUAUUCUCCCUUGUUGGCUUCCCCUUCCGCUGCAGUCUCCCAUGCAGGAUUAGGAGACCUUUCUGGGCAGAUUUAGUGGGAGGACAUGCAUUUCACCCUAUGCCUUGGUAUUUUCCACUGAAGACUGCCACCAUGUAUUUUAUGUUGUGUAUCAACCCAUGAAAGGAAUUUAUAAGCUACCUCUAGGUAAGAAUGUGACAACCAAAUUCUGAUGUGUAUUGUUGGAAGACACUCAUACACAAUUCAAAGUGCUGGUUUUGUCGUAUACAUGACCUUGUUACGCGAAGAACAGUCUUCUCAAUGUGUAGGCAAGUAUAUAUGGGAUCAGCAACAAAAUCUUUAUUCAAGAAACCCCAACUUCAGAAGUUAAGGGGAUAGUUACUAGGCUUCAGUGUGGUACCUUGAGUUUGGAAUGCCUCCUUAAAUAUUUUCUUGUCACUGACCAAGUUUUCUGUUUCUUGAUGGAAUUUAACUCUUGACAUCUUCUGGUUAAAUUCUAUAUACAAUGGUACCUUGGGUUAAGAACUUAAUUCGUUCUGGAGGUCUGUUCUUAACCUGAAGCACCACUUUAGCUAAUGGGGCCUCCUGCUACCGCUGUUCUGCCGCUGCACGAUUUCUGUUCUCAUCCUGAAGCAAAGUUCUUAACCCAAGGUACUAUUUCUGGGUUAGCGAAGUCUGUAACCUGAAGCAUCUGUAACCUGAAGUGUAUGUAACCCAAGGUACCACUGUAGUUUCUUAUCAUUGUAGUAAGUGUGUUGUAAAUGGGUUUAUGUUUAGUUUAGCUUUUGUACUGUGCAAGUUUUUUCCUCUUUCUCUGUAACAUACUUUUGAACAUAAUUUUCAGAUGGCAAGUUUUUUUUAAAAAAAAGAAGAAGUAAAAUUAGCACCCAUGUUCAAUAAAUACUUCACCUAAAACAUUUUUGUUUCACCCUCAUAAAACAGGAGAGGAGAGUCAAUAGGCCUUGAGUUGUUGUUGGACUCCAAUUCCCAUCAGUGCCAGCCAGCAUCACUAGUUCUGAGGGGGGUUGGAAAUUGUGGCCCUCCAGAUGUUGUUGGAUUACAAGUUGGCCAUCCUUGCAUUAAAUACAGCAUCUAAUCGAAGGGGUGUCUCAACUUGGGGUGGCUAAUUUGGACAUCCCCCAGUAGGGUGUGUCAUUUUAGGGGGUGAAAGUUAAUUUUUGCAAAUUUCUUCUUCACUCCUUAUUUUUGGAAUUUGAAAGUUGAAAAAUUCUACAUGCCCUAAUUCCCGCAGCCUCCUCUCUCUCUCUCUCUCCUCUCUCUCUCUCUCUCUCUCUCUCCAUACACACACACACAGAGAGAGAGAGAGACGAUUUCCCCCCUUUUGCUUGUGGCAUAGUCCUUUUUUGUUCCAUUGGCACACACUUGUUGAUGUAAAAAGAUGCUGGCACAAUCUGCUACUUCUCUUCAGAUUGCCAGGGUCACUCUUAAGGCAUUGGAAUUACUAUGAACAUUUCAGCAGUGUAUAUUUCAGUGUAUAUAUGUAGCAACAACUGCUAGUUCACACAUCAAAUUUCACUAUUGGAAAUGGUCAGGAGGGAUUUUGUGCAGAGGAGCAAAAGGAUUCAGGGUUUCUCCUGGCAUUCUGCCACUUGAACGCUUUGCUGGAAAGUGAGCAAUAAGGGAUGCAGUUCUUCUUUUUAAGCUUUUACAAGCAUGCUUUGUUUUUAAUGUGUGUUGCAACUGAAAAGCAAGUUGCAGUAAAAGUCAAUGAAUGCAAAUCAGAAUGAACGUUUAGUAGACAAUUCCUAUAAUUCAACUAGCCAUCGUUAGCUGUUGUCAUGCCCUUGUUCUUACCUGCCCUAAACAAUUUACCUUGGAAGAUGCAGAAAAUCAAAUGCAAGGUAGUUUUCAUAAAAAUUGUAGUCAAACUGUUCUGGAUUGCGUGAUUGGUGCUGAAAUAGCAAUGCAAAGUGAAAACAUCUGCCUGACAAUCUGCCAGGACCUUUAAAAGUUAAUGAAAACAGCAAGGAAAAGGAAAAGUGAGAUAUACAGGUUUAUACACACACUUUUGCUUUGGCUCUAGGUUACCAUGGCAAAAGGUAACUGCUGAACUGCUUGCCUCUAAAGAUGCACAGUUAUAUACUCUCCCUCUGUUACGUGCGCUGUUAGAGCUUUUCUUCUACUUUUAGUUUACUCCUGACUGAGAUUGGCCGAUUGUCAGAAGUUGUUGGAAAAAAGAACCAUUUGCUGUUUUGAGUAAUUUUUUAAAAGGUACUUUCUUCUCCUGGUAUAUACUCCUAAUAUAUACUCACAUGAACUCCUUACAAAGGAAACAAAACCCAGACAAAGGAACCCCUUAAACUCCCCACUGCUUGGAAUUGGGGGAGGCAUGACAAUAUAAUCGGCUGUUGGGAUGUUGUGAAUCAUUGUUUUUACUGACAAAUAGGAAGGGCAACCCUCAAUUUGCAAAUGCUCCAUCAAUGAAAGCAAUGUUUCAUGAUUUCCUCUCUUUGUAUUUAAGCUGGCAUAGAAUCUUCACAGUAAGCUGAUGAUUGGAGUAAAGUUAAGGCCUUCAGGAUGAUACAACUUUGCUACAGGGCAUUACCUGAAAAGUCACUUCCGUUUUCCUUCUGCUAAGUUUCCUGAUUUGAGAAAAAAUAAAAGGCAUUUCUCCUGAAUCCAAUCUUCUAAAUGGCAAGCAGUUGUACUUUGCCUGCCAAGAGUUUAUUUCACAUGUGGUUGAUGCCAAUUUUCUUCUCACAUAUGCGAAAUUCAUUUGGCCCAUAGUAAAUAAAAUACAUAUAGUAGAUUUUUAAAAAUAUAUUUUUGGAAAAGUGUUGGCAUUUAAAGGAAAACAGCUUAUUUAAUAAUCUCUCUCCUUCAGUAAACAAUUAAGAUUUUAAAUCUCAUUAGAGACUGCCAAAUAACUAACUUUUAAGACGCAAAAGUUCAUGGUUAUGAAGUAUUUUCAUUUUAUUAGGUUAUUCUUGGAAAAGUAAAGUAUCAUGUGAUAAUGCAUCACAGUACAUGCAUGUGUGUGUAAUUCAAGCAUUGCGCAGUGAUUUCCAAUGACUAGAGGUUUAUCAGUUCCCUCUCAUAGAAGAGAACAGAAAAGUCUUUAUUCAGAGUUUGUUUAGUGGAACUCCUUUAGUGCCCCUUCACAGUAGGGUAUCUUACAGAAUGACUCUCAUGGUAAUGCUCUGUAACAAAUAACUGGCUUGCUGUAUGUAAUUUUUUUUAAAAAAAAACUUGCCACUUGCAUAACCUCUUCAAAACGUUUAGCCACAUCAAACAAAUAUACAGAGAAGAUGCAAUCUACAGCAAAGUUUUCAGUUAAAUUUAGUAGUUUAGGUUAGUAAGGUUUCUGCUUAAACAUCGUUUAUCAAAAUUAUUCCCUUAAUAACAGAAAAGAAAACAACACUAAAAAGAAUAAGAUUGCACUGAAGAUCCCUAAAGCUCUUAUGACCUCUUCUGCUGCCCACCCAAGGAUUUAUUUGCAGCCAGUUCCAAACAGCUGUGCUGUUUUUAUUGCUUCAGUAUAUUUACAAGAUUUUGAAUUGUAACUAGUGGUGUCCGUGUGCAAGCAGAACCGACUUCAGCCUGCUCAGCAUAACUUCCCCCUCCCCCUCCUCCCCCUGCACCCAUUCAGAUAUGCUGCAGAGCGUUGAGGGUCCCUCCAGAGCAAAUUAGGGAGCAAGAAGGGGAAGUUCUGUUCCACAGGUGGAAGCCUUGUGCGAUGUUGAAUGCUAUCCUUUUAUUCUGGUCUUACACAGCUCUGCAACAGGGGUUGAAGAGGGGACACAAAUUUUAAAAUAUCCAUUCAAUUUUGGCUUCUUUGUCUGGAGAAAUGAAUGGUGGCAAACAACUUGGAUGACCAUGGCCCUGGCCAUCAAGCGAUACCUUGGGAAUGUUCUGAUAACUGCCUCAUCCUUAGUUACAAAUACAGUGGUACCUCGGGUUAAGAACUUAAUUCGUUCUGGAGGUCCGUUCUUAACCUGAAACUGUUCUUAACCUGAGGUACCACUUUAGCUAAUGGGGCCUCCAGCGCCGCCAGACCACAAUUUCUGUUCUCAUCCUGCAGCACCUUAACCCAAGGUACUAUUUCUGGGUUAGUAGAGUCUGUAACCAGAAGCAUCUGUAACCUGAAGCUUCUGUAACCUGAAGCAUCUGUAACCUGAAGUACCACUGUAGGGAAUAGUUCUAUAGUUGGUGGGGAAACCACUGAAAGUGCCUUUCUACAUGCCUUUGCUAUUUUAACUUGGAUCAUGGAAAUAAUAUUCCAGGGUGUAUUUUUAGUUCACGUUUCAAACUGGAAUGGGAUAUAAGAAAGAAAGUCGCCCCUCUUAAAGGCUACCAUUUAGUGCGUACUGUAGUACCUUCAGAUGGGAUUCUACUAUUAUUUUCUCUAAUGCUUUUAAUUUUUAUUUUCUUUAUAAAAUCCUUUUGGUACAAUCUGACUAUGCUUUAGAAUCCUACCGUCCAACCCACUUUCAAAUAUUUGAAUAUGGCAAUCUUAUUGGAUGUUCGCUAGACUGAAGGCACCCAACUCCUUCAACCUUUCUCCCAUAGGACUUGGUCUCCAGGUUCCUCACCAUCUUCACUGUCCUUCUCUCAACACAUUCUAGUUUUAACAAUACCCUUUUUCUGAAACUGGUGCUCAGAACUGGCCAUAGGUUUGUGAAUUCUAUGAAGGCACUUUAUUGUUUCAUUCUUGGAUAAGCCGUCUCCUUUUCUCUUUUGUGUAUAAGAUGAUCCUUUAAAGCAAACUACCGUGAACUCAGUACCCCUAGAAAAUGGGACUUAGGAAAUACUUCUCUUCAUAAGUAUCAGUGUGCAGGCAUUGUCUUAACAAGUGGAAGCAGGAGUACAUGUUUCUCAAAUCAACAUGCAGUCCAUGGCCAUUCAGACCUAGCACCAAGGUAACACUGGAGUGAUACUACUAUGUAUUGUCUCUUGUAUGGUACCUAGAACAAAGUACCCAAGCAAAAUCAACCCACAAGCAUGAUGGGUUCUAGUUUAUCGUUGAGUAACUUCCUACCGCUAUAGUAGCUAUAGACUGCUUUCAAUGGAAGAAUCUAUAAGAGCAUAGAGAAGGAAAAUCUGUUUUUUAAAAAGUUUAUCAUAGUAAUCCUUCUUAGAUUGGAUGGGAGGUAUGCAUUUAUGACUCCAGAUAGUCUAUAUUGCUAGAAGGACUAAUAGAUUGAAAACCUUUUUAUACAGCAAAUUGUUCAUACAUUUUCUCCAUUACGUCUAGCCAGAAUAUCUAUCCCUUACUGCAUACACACGUCUAUUUGCAAGCUAGAAGUUUUACUGGAUUCCUCUACUCUAGUUUAAGCUUCACUUACGUACCUUUCCAUUCAGGCUCUUUGCCGUUAUUGUUUGUUGAUGAGUUUUUCAGCUGUACUGUCAGGUCAGAAGAAAUGGAAAUAUAUAGCGGGAUGUUUUCCAUAUGCUGAAGAUGUAGUAACUGAUAUUACUUCAAAAUUACAGUACAGUUAACUGUACUGAACCAUUGCCUACUUCUACUCAUAUAUAAUAUUUUCAUUAUUUUAGUGUUCACGUUUAAUUUUAGUUAUGGAGUAAUUGCUAUGAUUGUUUUUUAUCCCCCAGUUUCUAUUAAUUGUGACACAUAUUUAUCAUGAACCCCAAGUUCCAAACAAAUCAGUGGGGAGUAGCAUAACUAGGCACAGAAUCACAAUUUCUACCAUUUGUGAUAUUUGCCAUUCCUUUAAAUUGUUCUGCAUAAACAAUUUAUUAAUACUUGUGAUGGUACAAUAAUGAUGGUUUACUUCAACAUGCUUCUUUAGGAGUUGUUCCUCCCCACGUGUCAAAAUUCCAAAUGUGCUCACUAGCCCAGAAAAUUUUGCAACCACUACAAGUAAUAUUUCUUCUGUGUGGGACAGCCUUCAUUGCAAGUUGCGACCCAUCUUCUGAGGCCAAGUGAGAUCUAACCUGAAACUACUGCAAGUGCUAGUCUUAACCUUCAAGUCCUGUGUUAAGUACAAUGCAGAUACUUCCACAAGGAAGUCAGUAAAUAUCAUCUUCAAAAGGUUUAGGAAUGAGUCAUUUUUAUUUAGGCCAGUGCUUGCAGAAUCUAUUGUAGUUUAAGCUAUAUUUCUAAUGUUUUUAGGCUUUUGUAUUGUGAUACAUUUAUUGAAUAUAGCCAUUUGUUUCACUGUGGUAUAAGCAUCCUUUCCUCCCAAAAGAAAUGGAAGAUAAACACAUUUAAAGUACAUAAAUAAUACUGAAAGCUGGAGAGACUGCUGUUGACAGUGGGUGCAGGAAACAUAGCAGUCUGCCAAGAGCUUGGUCUACUCAGUCUUAUUUUGUGCUGCUUAAGAUAUGGGCAUUUAUUAAGCCUUAAUGUUAUGAUUUUCCUUCACUUAAUUUUUUUUCCCUUUGGAAAAUUUGAAUCAUAUCAAAUGGCUGGGGAAAAUAAUAUACACCAAAUGAGCAGAUACAAGAAAUCAUAAUGCAAGGCUGCUUUUGAUUUGAAACUACAAAGUAGACAGCAAUGUGAAGAAAACUGAGGUCACUGUGGAAGCAUGAACCCAAACUUUCAGAAAGACUUUGAAGCAAAUAUAGUGGUAGGAUGUCAUCAAAAACUAAAUAAAUAGCCAGUGAUCCAAGAAGAAUGAAAUCUCAUAUCCCAGACAUUACUUAUUAUUUAUGCCUGCUUUCAAAGACAACUAUGGGCUAAUUGAGGGCUGCUUCCACCCAGCGGGUGCUACAGUUUUUCUGUGAUAUACAGACAUUUAUAUAUAUUUACAUGUCCCCAACAUGGUAUUUGUUCAGUUCCAUGGUUUUCCAGUUUGAACAACUAGAUUAGACAAAUCUUAUGUUGACGUUGAUCUAGGUCAGGGGUCAGCAAACUUUUUCAGCAGGGGGUCCACUGUCCCUCAGACCUUGGGGGGGACUGGACUAAAUUAAAAAAAAUAAUGAACGAAUUCCUAUGCCCCACAAAUAACCCAGAGAUGCAUUUUAAAUAAAAGGACACAUUCUACUCAUGUAAAAGACGCUGAUUCCCGGACCAUCUGCAGGCCGGAUUGAGAAGGCAACUGGGCCACAUCCGGCCCCCGGGCCUUAGGUUGCCUACCCCUGAUCUGGGUGUUGCAAGCCCUGAACAGAAAAGAAUAGAAGAACCUGCUUGAUCAGACCAAAAGCCCAUUGAGUUGAGCAGUCUCACAGUGGCCAACCAGAUGCUGAAACAAGACAUGAGGGGAAUAGCACUCUCCUGCUUGUGAACCCAAGCAACUAUUAUUCAGAGGCAUACAGUUGUAAGUCUUUGCUUUGGAAAAGCAUAAAUGAAAAAGCAGAGCAACUGGCAACGUUGCUGACUUCUUUUGUAAAUUACAAAUCAAGUAGUAAACUGGAUCUUAUUUCCUUCCUAAAACAGUGCAGGAAGGGGGGGGUAUAGCCUAAGAGAAAGAAAUAGACAAAGGAGGUUAUGGAAGCUGUGUACAACAUAUCUUUGCAAUUUAAAACCCGUAACUACAUAGAUUGAAGUGUUGCAGCAUUCUGGCACAGCUUCUAUCACUUUGGUUGGUAUGAUACUCCUCCACUUCCUUGGAGUGUAGGACUCUUCUUGUCCCUUGUGAGAUGGGACACUGUUUCCUGCAAAGCUUCCAGUGUAGGGAGGUCUAGUAAAAUAUGGGAUGUCUGCCAUCCCUCAUUAAGAUGCAGUUUGGAUAAUGUAACUUCGUGAGGAUAUUUAUUGUUCACAAAUGUCCCCCCCCCCCCAAAAAAAAAAUAAACCAUCAAGAAAGAGCCCAUAUCCAAACUUGAAGAGAGAUGGUAGAAGAAUAUAGAAUUUCUGCAUGUUUAUAAUAUUUCUGAAGUGCAUUGGGUUUCAGCCUUUUGCAUUAACAGAGUCUGUAAUGAUAUUUUAUGACAGGAGAACUAAACAUGUGUUCAAAACCAAUCUCCUUUUCAGGCUCUGAGCAAGGCACGUACUAGACUGAAUUUCGAAGACUUUUAUUCCAGUUGCCUUAAGUAGAAGGAAAGCUAAGAAUCUGCGGGUAGUUGUUUUUCUAGCUUGCAACCUUCCUUUAUAUAGAAUUUCCUAAUUAAAUAUCUUGGAUGUCAUUGACAUUUGGAUCAGAAAAUUCCCAUUUCCUUUGGCUUUGAAACAGUUUUAUUUUUCCCUGCUUAAAGGAAAAAUUUAAUGUUGCAUUUUAUGAGUUUAUAUUAAGAAUGUUUGGCCUUCAGUUUAAUUAAAUUAAAUAACCUUCCUGGCAGUGGUCUUGAUUUCAUUUUGCAGUGCAAACAGAAACAAUUUAUUUAUACCUGCUCAUUAUUCUUCUCUUUAUUACCGUCUAUUGUUGUUUCUUCCAAUUUGUAGAUUAAUCAAAUCUUGGAACAGCUGCACUGCAGUUCAAGUUCUAAUUAGAAUCAAGAUUUAAAAAGAAUAAUACUUUAAAGGCAAACUCUUUAAAGGACUCUUAUUGAGGAAGGUUUAAUCUGUUUGCAAUCAAUACCCAAUUCAUAAUUCUGCACUUAAAUUCUAGAAAUUGGUAUAUCAUGAAAACAAUGGUAUAAUUGUUACAGAAGAAUGGAGGUCUGCCAGAAGAAUGGAAGUCUGCCACUAAAUAAGUGUAUGAGAGGACAACUUGGAAAUCUAAUGCAGAGCCAUCUCCUUGUAAAAAUAGUCUUGGCCAAGGAUACCAAUCAAAUCUACCCCAGUGGAGCAGGAUGUCUGUGUCUUUCAGAUUCAAAGGGCAAGAUAAAAUUUUCAAGAUGACAGAAGUCUCUUAGGGAUGGCAAAGUGGUGACCUCCAUAGGUUGCUGGACUGUACCUCGCAGCUGACAGGAUCAGUAGUCGGGGAAGAUGGGAGUUUCAGCCCAACAACAUCUGAAGCCACACUGGCUAGGUCUGCUCUAAGGUCCUCUAUGAUGGACAGCCUCUCAGAUCCUGGUCAGCAAUUAAUAUUAAUAAGGAACCAUAUUUUCCUUUGAAAGUAAAUUCCAGGGAUGCAGGGUCUCAACGUCUUCAAUCUCAUGUUGAUUUAAGAAAUGUGAUUGAGGCCUACCAGAUAUUGUGGAAACCACUCCCAUGAGGAAUUGCAGCCCCAUUCCCCACAGGCACUAGUGACCUUCAGUCUUCCAAGAUAUUUGCAGAGCUUCCACUUGUCAUUUCAGAACACUAAAAGACUGGCAAACCUUCCUCUUCCUCAGCAGCCUUUGGUAGGAAGGAGUGUUUGCAGAAAGUAGUGUCCUUGUAGGAUGCAGAUCUAUGAAAGCCCACCCUUCGGAUAGCACUGCACUGAUAAAUCCCUAGGUGGAAAUUUCCUUAUAAUAUGUUUCUGGUCUGUGUGGAUUAGCUUAGGCCAUUUCUCUGCUGAGAUAUAAUAUUGUCUAUGUUAGUAUAGCAUUUGAGCAGGAGGUGUCUGCCUUUUCUAGGGAAGUCCCUAAAGGGUGGAGGCAGUGACUUCUCUGGAACUGGAAAUAAGAGAAAACUAAUUGCUGAAGAUGAGGGAGGGAGUUGCUGUAAAACGGUUAAGAGCAAGAGCUAAUAUUACUUAAGCGCACCACAGGAAGUCUAUGCUCCUUUCCAGAACACACAAUCUUGUGAACAUCAUUUGUAAGGCGAUGCUUGAUAUGGCAAGCUUUGUAUUAAUAUAUUACUUGUAGCUUUGAAGUGAAAUUGGAAAUUGGCAAGACAAAAAAAGUUAAAUAGUGUAACAGUGCUGUGUUAUUAUCUGCCAGUCCUCCUUUCUGAAAACUUCUUGAGGACACAAUUAAAAACAAUUAAAAAUUAAAGACUUAUGCCAAAGGACGGCUAUAAGGUGCCCAGGGCACCUCUUUCCCCGCCCCCCAAUGUCCAACUCUCAUCCCAUGAUCAAUUGAUAUCAGAAGUCAUGAGCCAACAGAAAUUGCACCACCUGUUCAGUUCUUAGCAUAGGGUUGCUGACAGAGCUGCCUCCAUUCUAUUGCUAGAUCUGGAUUGAAAUUGGACUAACAUGAUAUUUCUCAUCUGAGAAAACCUGGGGAGUGACUCGGGAUACAGAGUGUGAAAACUGUCUCUCCCGCUUUUGUCAGCAGGGGCUUCAAAGGAUCCCUUUUUGUCUUCAGAAGAACAACUCAGGAUCUAAUACAUUUAUAAAUACAACACAUAAAAAGGUUUAUGUCUUCAUUUGUCAAGAUAUUGGCUUGUAUUCAUAUGGCAUUCUGAAAAACAUCAGCAACUCUUAAUUAUGUAACCAUCUGAACAAUUCUGUAGCUAAUUUAGUGUAGUUUAACAUACUAAAGUUUGAAACAAUUGAAAUUGGCUAUAUUAAACUAUAUUAUUUGGGCUCCAAAAUGAACUUUCCAUUCUAUAUGACCCAGUUCUAGCAAUAACAUAAUUGUGUCUGCUCCUGGUUCUUCUCUGAAGGCUGAGCUGUGUGAUUUAACACUGCAAUGAGGGGGAGAGUGUACAUGGGCUUGGUGCUUCCAACUGUGUCAUGCAACACCCUAUUCCAGGAAACGCCACCCUCUAUUGUUUCCAAGCCCUUGUGCACAUUACCUAAUUUAAUUGAAAAAUUGUGGUGUCGACCGGAAUAACGUCUUCACAAAGGAAGGGAGCAAUUUAAAUUUGUAGAUUCAAAAAUGUGUACUUGGGGAAAAUAUACAUAUAUUUGUAAUAUGGGAUGGGAUUUACAAAAUGGGGAUUACCGUUAUUAACCACAAUAUGAUGAUGACAUCAAGCUCUGUAUUUCAUAUCUGAUUAGCCCGGAGCAGCUGUCUUGGCCCUGAAUCAGUGCCUGGAGGCUGUGGUCAGAUGGAUGAGCCCUGUUCAGCUGUGUACGUUUGCCACUUUUGGAACAGGUACAUAGUGACUCAGAACUCCCACCAAGUCCAUUCCUUUUUGUAGGAUAAGCAGGUAGCAGUGCUAACCUGCAGUGCUUUCCUUCAAUUGAACUGGCAUGCCUUUGUUCCAAGUCAAUACACAAUCCUUGCAUAGUUCCCUGUGUCUCUGCAACCUGAAGGGAUGGCUACUCCAAUUCGCUCUACAUGGGAUUGCCUUGGAAGACUUUCAGAAGCUGCAGUUAAUACAGCCUGACAUAGACAGGCACAAGUCCUGUGCCAACUUCCCCAUGAGGGGAACUCAAUUCAAGGCACAGGUAUUGAUCCUUACAGCUCUUCAUGACUCAGAUGUGAACAUAGCUCAGAAUGACAUUUCUCCCACCAUGUGACUAACUGCCGGCUGAGAUUAUCACCAUCAAGGGCUCUGCUCCACGUUCCUUUCCUUGAGCAGAUUUGGAAAAAUGUGGUACAAAUGUUUUUUUAAAAAAAACUAAAUAGGUUUGAAAACUCAAGCUUGCAAAAAUCUAUCAUUUGCCCGAUAAUAAAUGCUGGAAAUGUAAAGAAACUGAAGGUACAUUCUUUCACCUUUGGUGGAUGUGCCCAAGGAUCAAGGAUUUCUGGGAGAUGAUUUAUAAUGAAAUGAAAAAGGUAUUUAAAUAUACCUUCCUGAAGAAACCAGAGGCCUUUCUCCUGGGCAUGGUUGGCCAAUUGGUGUUAAAGAAGGAUAGAACUUUCUUUAUGUAUGCUACAACAGCAGCAAGAAUACUUAUUGCAAAGUAUUGGAAGACACAAGAUUUACCCACUCUGGAAGAAUGGCAGAUGAAGGUGAUGGACUAUAUGGAACUGGUGGAAAUGACUGGCAGAAUCCAAGACCAGGGAGAAGAGUCGGUGGAAGAAGAUUGGAAGAAAUUUAAAGACUAUAUACAGAAAUACUGUAAAAUUAAUGAAUGUUAGAAUGAUGUUGGAUUGAAGUUAAGUGGUUUUUAGCAGCAAUGUUAUAAAGGAAUAUGUAAAAAUGGAUUGUUAACAGGUGAUAAUCUAAAGUUAUAAUAUAUUAAGAUAAAAGGUUAAGAUAAAAUCAAAGAGGGAAAGGAUUUGCUGAAUUAACUAAUUGAACUGGAAUACAAAAAAGGGAGGUGUGAGGAGGUCAGGGAAGCAAGCAAAUGAAGGAUAAAAUAUGGAAAGACUGAUCUGUUUUUAACUGUUUUUAUCUUGUAUUUUCAUUUUCUAUUUUUUCUAUUUUUUCUUUUUCUUUUCUUUUUUCUCUUAUUUUUGUAAUAUGUUGAAACUUUAAUAAAUAUCUUUUUUUAAAAACUCAUGUAGCUAAGAAAAUGACAUGUGAGCCUGGAGGUUCCUAGCUCAAAUCUCACCUCAGCCAUAAGCUUGCCAGGUAACCUUAUAACAAGUCACUAUGUAUCCCUCUCGUCCAUUUUGCCAUACACUAUGGAAGGUAACACAAUACCUGACCUACUUUACAGAGCUUUUAUAAGGAUUAGUCAUGUAACUAAGCCAGUUUUGAGCCUUUGAGAUGCAGUCUAGAAUGCUAAAUACUGUGUAUAAGACAAGGUUUUUUGCUUUAAAAAAAUUGAGGGGUCUUGUACACAGAACAUGGGCAUCUGGGGGAAUUUUUAAAAUAUUUAAACAUAUGUCCAGGAUUUUGGCUUGGAUGGUCUGAGGCAGUCCCUCCUGCUGCCGUCCCCCUUUCUCUCCCCCCACCCCCCGGCUGCAUGUUGGUGACUGGCUCGCCUCCUGAAGCCCCCGCUGGCUCAACCACCGAAUCGAGAGCAGCUGCCUCAGCUACCUCUCCUUUGCCCUUCUUUCCUUUCUCCCCUCUUCCCCUCUUCCCCUCUGCCACCGAGGAGGAGCGUGUGGUGCCCCAGUCACUGCCUUUGCUUCUGCACCACUGUGCACUGCAUGCACCUCACUCUGGAAAUUUUGAGGGUGCAUAAGACGCCCAAAAAAAGAUCAACAACUUGCCGCCGCCAAUCACCCAGAUUUUCACUUCUAUUUUAGGAUUUCAUUUUCUUAAUUUUGGGUUCAAAAAAACAGGGGGCGUCUUAUACAUGAAAAAAUACGGUAGUUUGUUUUUUUAAAAAAGCAUACAGGCACCUCCUGAUUUGCGUGGGGGCUGUAUUCUGGGUCAUUGCAUAAAUAAACCCGUUACUUUGUCUUCCAGGUCUGAAAACAACCUGUGCAUGCAUGGUCGCACGGCCUUUGAGUGCACGCAAAACGGUGGUUGCCUGUAAUCUGAUUCCCAUGCACCAUUUUAAUUGCUUGUACUGGAAUUCAAUGAUAUUGAACAGGAAGUAGGCAUUGCAAUCACUGGUACUCAAAAUGGGUGCAGCUUUUUUCAGUCCAGAAAAUAUUGCAGGGGGUUGACCUUCCAAUUGUACAAUUCUGAGUCUAUGAGAUGCCAUAAGUAACUUGCAUUAUCAAAUCCUAUUCACAUUGUUUCCUUUUUUGACAUGCUGCCUUCUAGACUGUUCAGUGUUGUAGCCAUCUAGUGUAGUUUUAUAGAAAGCUGGAGCAUAAAAUCAUCAUCUUCAUAACUUUUUACUUUUUAAAAAAGUCCAUAAUGAAGUUGUAGAACUAACUGCAUUUUAGGGGAUAUAUCAGUAUGUGAUUUGAGGUGAAACAAUUUGUAAAGGAAAAUGAAUUUCAAAAGGUAGGAUUUUAUCACAUGUGAGAAUAUUUCAAUACUGGCUGGUAGUUUUUUCACCUGUAAACUUGGAAAUAAGUGUUAUGAUCAGAAAGGUAUGAUCUCAUCCAAGAUGAUGGAAAUCAAAAGCUUGGCAAAUUAAGUCACACAUCAUUCAUUCAUUGAGAUCACAGAGAGAGAGAGAUUAUAAGGAAAGUACAGCUUUAAUUCUCCAUAAACAUGUUGAAACAAGACUUUAAAGAAUAUUAAAAACUGCAGGGUGACCCACACCCAACAAAACAUCUGCCAGAGCAAAGGAAUAUAUGAAAACUAGAAUAAAUGGCAUGGUCUUGUCACUAACAAACCUCCUUUAUGAGGUCUGUUUUUAUAAAUCAGUUGCUGUUAAGUAGUGUUGUUGGGAUAAAAUUGUACAUAUGGUGGUGGUAUUCAACUAUGUAAAAUAGAAUUAUUUAAAUUGAAGAUUGUAAUAAUGGUAGUUUGUGGUUUUGUUUUUUUCAUCCUUUUCAUUACAUUGAUGGGCUAGAUUUUAAAAUGUUUAGUUUGAAAUGAAACUUCUCAACUCUGAAUUUCCUAACAAAGGAUCCCCCCUUUUUUUGUAUGAAAAAAUUCUCAUAUGGGGGUGGAAAUUGGAUUGACAGAGCAGAGUUAAUCCUUCCCCAUCCUUCCCCCCUCAAAAAAAAAAGCUUCUAUUUUUAUAUAACAUGCAUGUAGUACACCAGGCUGACUUCCAUCAAUUGAAAUCACAAUGUAAAAUUCUACUGGUGAGAUAAACAUCACACAAUAACAACCCCAAAUUAAAACUUUAACAACAGUAUUAUCAAACCUAAAAGAGCAGGCACAUCAGAUAAAACACCGUUCUCCACAAACUCAGCCUGAUAAAUUAAAAGCCUUGAGGAAUUGAAAAAGUCUGAGAGUUGAAGAUGGAGCUCUCUGAAUCUCACGGGGCAAGAUGUUCCAUAAAACUGGUGCAGCUGCUAAGAAAGGCCUUACUUCUUGUCCCAAUCAACCUUACUGGGCAAGCAGGCUGGUGUGGGAGGGGGAAGUAGUUCAGCAAAUUGACUACCCCGAUUUACAAAAAGGUUUAUUGAAAUAACCCAGGAUUACACCAUGGCUGGGGAAUUUGCGUGGGAUCACUUCCAAUCUGUUACCUCCUAGGAUGUGGACAGGCUGCUUGGACGAGUGAAAUCGACCACCUGUCUCCGUGAUCCUUGCCCAUCCUGCCUAAUAAAAGCGAGCCGGGAAGGGCUGAGCGAUGGGCUUCGCGGGGUGGUGAAUGCUUCUCUCUGUGAGGGAGCCUUCCCAGACCCGCUGAAAGAGGUUGUUAUUAAACCGCUUCUUAAAAUAAAAUAAUCUUUAGACCCAGCCAAUAUGGCCAACUAUCGCUCAGUUUCAAAUCUUCCAUUCUUGGGCAAGGUGAUUGAGCAGGUGGUUGCUGAACAACUCCAAGCAUGCCUGGAGGAUGCAAACCAUUUGGAUCCAUUUGGAACCAUUUGGACUGAAACUGCCUUGCUCACGCUGGUUGAUGCUCUCCGGUGAAUUAGGGACAAAGGUGAAAGCUGGUUCCUAGUUUUGCUGGAUCUCUCAGUGGCCUGUGAUACCAUGGACCAUAAGAUCCUUCUGGACCUUCUAGAGGAGCUGGGAGCUGACGGCACUGUUAUAAAGUGGUUCUGCUCCUUCCUCCUGGGUAGUGUUCAGAAAGUGGUGUUGGGGGAUGAGUGACCCCUGGGCUCUCACUUGUGGGGUGCCUCAGGGUUCUGUCCUCUCCCCCAUGCUUUUCAACAUCUACAUGCAGCCACUGGGAGAGGAGAUCAGGGGGUUUGGGCUGGGUGUUCAUCAGUAUGCAGAUGAUACCCAGCUCUACCUCUCUUUUAAAUCAGAACCAGUGAAGGCGGUGAAUGUCCUGUGUGCCUGGAGGCGGUUGGAGGAUGGAUGGCAGCUAACAGAUUCAGGUUGAUUCCUGACAAGACAAAAGUCAAUUAUGUGUCCAGGGCAGCUGUCUACCAGCUCCAUCUGGUACGCAGGCUAAGACCCUACCUGCCCACAGACUGUCUUGCCAGAGUGGUGAAUGUCUGGUUAUCUUCCACUUGGACUACUGCAAUGCGCUCUAGGUGGGGCUACCUUUGAAGGUGACCCGGAAACCAGAGCUAAUCCAGAAUGCGGCAGCUAGACUGGUGACUGGGAGUGGCUGCCGAGACCACAUAACACUGGUCCUGAAAGACCUACAUUGGCUCCCAGUACGUUUCUGAGCACAAUUCAAAGUAUUGGUGUUGACCUUUAAAGCCCUAAAUGGCCUCGGCCCAGUAUACUCGAAACAGCAUCUCCACCCCCAUCGUUCUGCCUAGACACUGAGGUCCAGCACCGAGGGCCUUCUGGCGGUUCCCUCACUGCGAGAAGCAAAGUUACAGGGAACCAGGCAUAAGGCAUUCUCUGUAGUGGCGCCCUGUGGAACACCCUCCCACCAGAUGUCAAAGAAAUAAAUAACUAUCAGACUUCUAGAAGACAUCUGAAGGCAGCCCUGUUUAGGGAAGCUUUUAAUACUGGAUGAAUCAUUGUAUUUUAAUAUUCUGCUGGAAGCCGCCUAGAGUGGCUGGGGAAACCCAGCCAGAUGGGCGGGGUAUAAAUAAGAAAUUAUUAUUAUUAUUAUUAUUAUUAUUAUUAUUAUUAUUUGAUUUUAAUGGCAAUGGGGCAGAGAGGGGUUGAUUAACCUGAAUAAGUGCAGGUAUAAAAUUUGAAAACUAAGCAUUAAAAAUUUGCCGAAGGGUGGGAAAUAGUGAGACUAAUAAUGUCUGUGUGUGUGUGUGUGUGUGUGUAAUUCUUCAGAAUUAUAAUGAUUCUGAUUCAGUUGUGUGCACUAAUUUCAUAAUAAGAAUAUUGUGCAAUAAAUGCAGUAUGCCUACCAGUUGUAGGCUGCAAUCUUCAUAAAAGUAGCAGAGCUGCAACUAAUCUUUGCAAAUACUGUAUUUGGAUUUACUGCUUGAACAACUUGCUCACCCUGAUCCUAUCCAACCUCUUUUACCUGAGAAAGCAAAUAGUGCAGCCAGAAUGUUCAGAGAGGUCCCAGUAUAGCCCAUGCAGCUCAUUGUCUACCUUUUUGUUACAGCAAAAAAUUGUUACCCCUAAUACUCAGCCCUUAUUUUCAAGUUUCAACAGGAAAAUAGAGAACAAUGUUUUUUAUCCACAGUAUAGCAAAAAGUUACCUUUUCCCAUCUGAAGGAAACAUUAUUUACGGAGUUCCCUUGCUGCGUAGCUUCCUUCCGUAGACUACGCAGCAAGUGCCCUGGUUACAUUGGCACAGAACUGACCAAAGGAAAGGCCCUGAAAACAAAACUCCCAUCUUCUGACGAUAGAAUAAUUGUGCUGAACUUGUUCUGUAAUUACUGCCAAAGCAACAGUUACUAAAUCCGUCUGAAAUAUAAAAAGGUAGAAAACCGUGAGAGAUGAGAUAAGGCUUGUGCUUUGAUUGGCUAGGAAAGUUUCUGUUCACACUUGUCUGGUACUACUUACAGAGCUUUCUCUCUUUGUAGCCAAAAGCAUUUUGUCAUGUUGAUACUGGCAGUGCAACCACUCUGAUUUUAAAACUGUAUGAAAGAACUUCUUUUAUCAUUUCUAAUAUGUAGCUUCAGGCCAAAACAGACACAGCAAUAUUAAAGCACUAUGUUCAGAAGAAGUAAAUUCCCCCCUACACAGCCUUUGGGAAUAUGACUUCAAUAACGAACUCUGAAGCCGUCCUUUAUCAUAAUGACAACUGUUGAUUUUCCUGUAAUUGUUCAGCUGAGCUCCCACUGCUUGUCACCUAAUUAGCCAUCUGGCCAUCCGUCCUUCCAGGAUUUUUGUUUAAAAUUGUUCUCUGGUUAACACCCAAAAUAUCAGGAAGAUGUUCCCUAAUAUCGCUUGAUGUUCUUGGACAAGCCAAGGACAAGCCUUUAUAACUGCACCUGCAAGCUGUUAGGAAGUCUUAGUGGGGGAAAAUUAGAAUAAACCAAACAACAGCCUCAAAUUAUUGAGGUUUUAAAACCAUGCACCUAACAUUGACUUUGGAAUAAAUGCAGUCAUGGUAAACAGAUCUUACAGAUGCAGAUGUUAGUGCAUAGGGAUUCUCGUUGCAAAACUGAUUAUUUUGCUUUUCUUCCAAAGGCUUAAUUUAAAAAAAAAUACUUUAUUGUUGUGUUUUGUGAAGAUAGAUGCCUCUUGCAAGAAUAUUUAUAUUUGUAUCAACAUAUUCUUGAGAUUUGCUAAUUUGGAACAAUCAUUAAUUUCUGUGAGAUGAAUUCAAAAUCCAUGUUAAAAUAAAUGGAGGUUGUACAGCUUCAGCAGUUGAUGACUGUGUCCUAAAAAUAUAUUUCAACUAGUUACGAUGCCAAAGACAAAAUUAAAUGUCUCUUUAAAUCUCUGGUUAAAAGUAAAAUGUUGCCACUGUGGAAUCUCAGGAGACCAGUUUGUGUACUCUGUAAUGGCUGGCAAGUACAGCUAAACUUUCUUCUUCCUCAUGCUAUUAAUACUAUGUAUUCUUUUUUUACCUCUAAACUUCAAUUGCUCGCACCAAAUACAGCUUCCGUUUCUUAGCACUUUCAGUAGUUUGUAGGAGUCUCUAAUUGUUAGAGGUUUCCUUCUGAGGAAGGCAGCCCAUGGGAUUGUAGGAUGGAUGUAUUUUAGGGAGGUGCCUCUCGUAUUUCGGUUGUGGGACGCGGGUGGUGCUGUGGUCUAAACCACUGAGCCUCUUGGGCUUGCCGAUCAGAAGGUUGGUAGUUCGGAUCCCUGCGAUGGGGUGAGCUCCCGUUGUUCAGUCCCAGCUCCUGCCCACCUAGCAGUUCAAAAGCACAUCAAGUGCAAGUAGAUACCGUAUUUUUCGCUCUAUAAGACGCACCAGACCACAAGACUCACCCAGUUUUUGGAGGGGGAAAACAAGAAAAAAAUAUUCUGAAUCUCAGAAGCCAGAACAGCAAGAGGGAUCGCUGUGCAGUGAAAGCAGCAAUCCCUCUUGCUGUUCUGGCUUCUGGGAUAGCUGCGCAGCCUGCAUUCGCUCCAUAAGACGCACACACAUUCCCCCUUACUACUUAGGAGGGGAAAAGUGAGUCUUAUAGAGCAAAAAAUACGCUAUAUAUCGCGAAAACCAAGGCUGUGUGACACACAGAACCAGCGCAAAAAGUUGAAAGGAUUUGUUUUUAACUCACAGUUUUGUACACUUCCCUGGAAUCUUUUCAUGAUGUUAAGUAAUAUUUUAAAUAAAAUAAAUAAAUAUAAGUGCUGCAUACUAUUGCCCUCUAGUUCCUCCUAUACUGUGCAAUAUAUGAGUACCGUAUUUUUCGCUCUAUAAGAUGCACCAGACCACAAGACGCACCUAGUUUUUGGAGGAGGAAAACAAGAAAAAAAAAUUCUGAAUCUCAGAAGCCAGAACAGCAAGAGGGAUCGCUGCGCAGUGAAAGCAGCAAUCCCUCUUGCUGUUCUGGCUUCUGUGAUAGCUGCGCAGCCUGCAUUCGCUCCAUAAGACGCACACACAUUUCCCCUUAUUUUUAGGAGGGAAAAAGUGAGUCUUAUACAGCAAAAAAUACGGUAAAUAGGUACCGCUCCAGUGGGAAGGUAAACGGCUUUUCCGUGCGCUGCUCUGGUUUGCCAGAAGCAGCUUAGUCAUGCUGCCACAUGACCCGGAAGCUGUCUGCGGACAAAUGCCGGCUCCCUCGGCCUAUAGAGCGAGAUGAGCACGCAACCCGAGAGUCGUCCGCGACUGGACCUAAUGGUCAGGGGUACUUUUACCUUUACCUUUAACCUCUUAGGAUUGCUUUCCUUUCAGAGAAGGAGAGGAAUUUGUUAAAUGUUUUUUUGGAUGAACUCUAAUUGUUUUGUGUUUGGGGCAUAUAUGGAGCCAAUUGUCAGUUUAGUUUGGCCAUCUAGUACCCCUUUAGGAAAAAAUGAAUCUGCCUUUUUUGUCUUUUAGCACUGUUGUGGCUUCAAAAUUUAGGUCUCUACUGAGAAGGUCCACCUUUGUAAAAAGAUUACAACACCAGGUUUCCAAGCCCAUACCAGUUAAAAUGGGACUAAUCAUAUACAACAACAUACUCCAGAGUAGAGUAACUUCAUCUGUGCCCAAUAACAAAGCAAAUUAACAUUUAAACAGGGAAUCCCAAGAGGGCAGGUAUCCCAGACAGAGUGGCCCAGACAGGUUUCAGAAUCAGGAAACUGAAAAUAAGCAAUCUCAGUUAAAGCUGCCUGCUUUGCAAGCUUGGCUGUUUCUAAACAGUUUAGGUGAUGUAAAAUUGAAGCCAGAAAUGUCAACUAGCCAAAAUGGUAGUGAAUGAUUAUGUUGACAUUUGAAAAAAAAAUGGAAAGGAGGGUUAUUGGGUAGAAGUGAAGACCAGAUCUUAAUUUGAACAAGGCAGAACUUGCUAUAAAAACCUUUACAAAGCAAGGGCAACAAAAUUGUUUAUGGAUCUCACAGCACAAUAUCUGGGUUUACUCAGUGGGAUUUAAUACCAAGAGAAACACUGCAAGUACAUUCUGUACAGGUUUGCCUGUCACAAAAUCUGAUGUUUUCUUGUCCCCAGGCAAAAAUAUUUUGAUUUGUCUAGCAUAGCCAAUGGUCAAGGAUGAUGGAAGUUGUAGUUUAAAAAUUAACGGGAGGUGGGGCACUGUGUUGGCUACCCCUGGUCUAAGUCUUUACAGCAGGCCUUUGCCUAAGCUGGAGUUGACUGAUGACUUAGAUUAAUUCUGUUGGUAAACUAAAACAGAAUAUACACAUUUUGAAUUUAUUUCUGUGUUUCUUGUUAUUAUAGUUGUGUGUGUGUGUUUAAAUCCACUUUUUAAAGUGGUGUUUUACAUUUCCUAAAAUUCCUAAAAAGAGUGUCUUUCUUUAAAAAUUGGUUAAUUUUGAAACUGUUUCCUUGGCUUGUUUUGUAAAUGAUUAGCUGGCCUGGAUAAAUGAAUUCUGCACUUUUAGUUCUUCCUAAGCAAGAGAUGAAAAUGAUAAAAAACCAUUUAACUAAAUAGUUGUGUGUAGCUGAGAUGGGGUUAGAAUCAGAUGCGCAUAUAUGGAGUUGAACAGCAGAGUAUAUCUUUUUAAUGGACAGUGUAGCAAGAACUGGCCAAUUUACACAAAACAAGAUCUAUAUUUAGGGAAGUGAGUUAAAUGGUGCCAAAGUAAAGAAAGAGAUGAUCAGAGCUGUUCUUGUAGCCUGUUUACUUUGGACUGAGGAAUUUGCCAGCCCAAGGCCUUGCAUUAUAGCUGUACAGUACAAUCUUGUCUCCCUGUAUUUAAAUCCAACACAUUCACAAUUUCUUCCUGAAAAAGCUCAUGACAUGGAGCAAAACAAAACAAAAUAAUAAUAAUGAUAAUUUACAGUUCUCCUACAGACAUGCAUUAGAGGGGGAAACAGAAGAUAAGCACCUUCUCCCCCCCCCCAACAUACACCCCUAUCUUCCCCUUCCCCCCAGCUGGGCAUCUUUGGACCACUUCACUGCCUCAUUCACUUCUUAGUUGUUGGGCUUAGAAAUCCCCCUCUAGCAACCCCAGUUAGGGUAAAGGGCUUAGGAGUUAUUGGCCCUGGUAGCCUUCAUGAGGAGCAGGAAUUUAUUCCUUAUUAACCCAGUCCAGAACAUUUUCAACUCCUAAUUCGGCUGACACUAGUAAUGCAAGCUUGCCCAUUCUACUGGGCAGUUAUAGAGGUUUUUCCAGUUUAGAAGGAACAGCUAAUAAAUCCUGCCCUUGAGAUCUAUGUAUCAAAGAAUAUUGCACAAAUGCUUUACGGUGCUGAAAUUUGGGGAAGUGGUGUCAAAUCUGAACUAGAAGUUCUACAGAAUUAAUUUAUGGGGGGGGGGCUUCCUCCUGGGACUCAGUCAGCUCAUCUUAGUGCUCAGUUGGAUAUCCCCUCAAUAGCAUCCAGAAUUGAUCUAGCUUAUCUUGGAUACUGGCAUAGACUAAAUGCCUUUGAGGGACCAUAUUCUCACCUAGCUCUGCUAUUUGGAGCAACUAAGGAUAGGAGAUUGGGCACAAAAGUGUCAACAUAAACCUAGGGCUUAUAUUUCCAAAUAUCAAUAUUUAUCCUUUAAAAGGUAUGAAUUUAGAAAUUGGGUCUUGAAUCAUGGUGCCAUCCAAGACAGAGCAUCCAUUAUCGCUGCCUGUUAUUCUAUUUGGUACCCUCAAAUUAAGGACAACCACUCAAGGCCUCACUACUUUGAAGUGAGCAAUUAUUCAUCAUCAUCAUCAAUAAUAAUUCACAGGUUUCUGCACACUGGGUUGAUAUUUGCAUUGAGCCACCCACCACUACCAAGAUCUUUCCUGCUCAGUUACUUUUACUUCGGACCCCAUUAGUGGAUUGAAUUGGUUGGUAGAAGCAACAGCUACCAUGUGGCUUCAGAGGACGGCAGGAGGUUUUUCUUCCAGGUGGCACAGCUCUUUAGACAGCAGCUUCAAAUUGCAGCACAACAGACAGGUUUCCCUUGUCCGUCUUCUUUCCUUGGAGCUGAAGAGUGGGCUGGAGAUGAUCCCUGACUGCUUUAGAGUGCUGGUAUUCAGCAGUGGCUCAAACCCUGAUCAAAGGUGGGUUGCAAAAGGAGCGCUACCACCAUGCAAAUACUGUAUAUGGUAAAUAUAUGAUCUCCAAACACAUGUUUGGAUGAAAAGAGGGUUCUGGGUCUGAAGAGGCUGAUGAUAUCUGCAGUGAGGAGGAACCUGUGGGCCUCCAGCCAUUGUUGGGCUUCAGAGUUGUGCAACGGGGUGCCAUGUCCUUAAGCAUUAAAUGGUGGUUGUAGUACAUAAAAAUAUAUAUAGAAAGUUGUUUAAAAAACCUUAGUUAUUCAAAAUGGCAAUUAUGCAGCAUUAUUAAAAGGUGAAUGUUGUGCUGUUAGCCUUCCAAUGAGUAGCACUAUGAGUACCACAGCUAUGCCUUCUAAUGUGCACUCAUAUAAAUCACAUUGUCUUCAUUAUCUUCUGUUGCCUGACUUUUGGGGGGUUGUGUUCAGAUAAAUAAACUAACAAUUUCAACUCUUAGUCAAGAGAUAUAUUUAACAGUCAUAAGAGCACAUUUUUCUGAACAUUAGGUUCCUUAUUUUUGUAACAGUUUGGAGUAAAUUUAAGAAAGAAUUGAGGGCAUUUAUGAAUGAAGGGGCCAGGAAUCUUACUUGUACUAUAUAUCUGCUGGCUGUAUUAAGAUGCUUUAUGGAGAGAAUUCAUUUUGCAGCUUUGCGGCACAGUCUCAUUUUGGGAAUGCGCUAAAGAUAUUUGCAGCCCUCGAUUCAUAUUACAAAAAGUAGCUUCUCACACCAUCACUCACACUGGGAUUAGUGUGCUCUUUCUCUAGUCCCUGUUGAUCCCAUAAAAUGAAUGUAAUUGCAUUUGUAUAAUAGCUUAAAAAGAUCAAAGUAGGUCCCAUAAGGGGAGACAGUGUUGAGAGCCAAAACAAGCUGUUUGGCUUGUAAGCAAUUGGAAGCCUUUAAGGUACUGACUCACAUCUGCAGCAUACUCUGCAAUUCUGACUGCUCUAUAGCAUAUGUUAUAGCACAUGUUGCUGAAGAAGUCAUUUCUGCUUCAGUGAGUUGAAGAGAGGAAACGUCAAAUUCUUUAGAUAUCAACGCCUUUAUCUCCUCCUCUCAGGUCUAUAGAAUUGUACUGUGCAUGAGUUCCUCUUGAAAUCACAAUAACCAGCACUGGACACCUCCCUUGUUUUAGGAUGAGUUUUCUUUUGUGGGAAAAUAGUUUGCAACAUUUACAGUUUUCUCAUAAAUACAUCUAAAUAUUACUUGACACUCAAGGAAAUCUUUAAGCUUUGUUCACUUCUCUCUAAAGGAAAACAUUUCAGAUUUAAUUCAAUUUUAAAAUGUUGGCUAGAUUAGAAUUAUACAGAUAUUGCUUAUGGAGAGCACAAUAUUGGCUACCCUAAGUUUAGUUCAUCAUCAACAGACAUGUAGCAUUUCAUAUACGAAAGGAAGGUAUGAAACCUUUAAUAUGUCAUUCAUUCUUUUCUUUUUUAAAAAAAAAUUAUAAUGUUCAGGAGUGGACUUCUAUCUAGCAGGAAUGUUUUCUGCUUGAAUAAGCAUCAGUUGAAUAAUCUUGCUAGCAAAUGUUUCUUGAACAUAGAAUUAGCAUUGAUACUGUUAAGUGAACAGUGGAGAGCCGUAAAGGAAGCCUUUAUUAUAUAAAUAAGAGUGUCAUGACUGAGUAUACAGUGGUACCUCAGGUUAAGAACUUAAUUCGUUCCAGAGGUCCGUUCUUAACCUGAAACUGUUCUUAACCUGAAGUACCACUUUAGCUAAUGGGGCCUCCUGCUGCUGCCGUGCCACCGGAGCACGAUUUCUGUUCUCAUCCUGAAGCAAAGUUCUUAACCCGAGGUACUAGUUCUGGGUUAGCAGAGUCUGUAACCUGAAGCGUGUGUAACCCGAGGUACCACUGUAGUGUUAUCCUUAUCUUGCAGACAGUGGCCUGAGGCCAGGUAGCAAAGUUUGUCUGUGGCUCAGGUGAGUCUCAAUGUGGGACUUCCUAGCAUAUGCAUUUAGCUGCUGCUUUGCAUCCCUGCUAACAUGAAUGUACAGUGGUACCUUGGGUUAAGAACAGUUUCAGGUUAAGAAUGGAGUACUUAACCUGAGGUACCACUAUAUAUUAUAUACACUGACUAUGACUACUCCCUCAGACUACUCCCUCAUCCUGAAGCAAAGUUCUUAACCUGAGGUACUAUUUCUGGGUUAGCGGAGUCUGUAACCUGCAGCGUAUGUAACCUGAAGCAUAUGUAACCCGAGGUACCAGUGUAUAUGUAUAAAUGAGACAAAUCAUUUACACUCCUGAGGGAUAGCUCAGUUGGUAGAGCAUGAGACUCUUAAUUUCAGGGUUGUGGGUUCCUGCUCGACAUUGAGUGAAAGAUUCCUGUAUUGCAAGUGGUUGAACUAGAUGAUCCUCAUGGUCCCUUCCGUUCUAUGAUUUUAUGUGCAAAGUGCACAUAGCAACAUGCUGUAAGUGACAGAUGCACUUCAAUAAAAGAAAAGUUGAUUUUAUGUUGUAGUUAAAUUAAAAAGAUUGUAAUCAAGAGAGAAAGUGGUGGGAGAAUAAAGAUACAAUUGGAUAUAUGUAAUUGGCAUCCAGGUAAUAAUUAAAACCCAGCAGAUGAUGGCCUGGUUUGCACAUAACGCUAAGCCAAACCAAGGCUAAAUAUGAAUGUGCAAGCAAUCACAGUAAAAUGGGAUUAACACUAAGCCACACCACGACUUCACUCAGAGUAGCAUAGCAGCAGCAGGAGGACUGGUGAGCAGAGAAGAACCUGCUGCUUUUACUGUGAGCAUAGGUGCCAACUCCUAGGGGCUGAGGCACUUUGGGAUCCCCAAUGUUUUUUGAGGUGGCUGCCCCCCGUUGUUCCCAGGGCAGAAGAGGGCAUGGUCCUGCUUUGGUGACUGACGUCUCACCACCACUGGCUGGGGCAACUUCCUCGUCCUUUCCUUGCAUGGCAGUGGGAGGGGGGACGAUGGGGGCCACCACGUUCGAUUCCUCCCCCUGGCUCCUUGUGAUGUUGUGCACGUGGUGUCAAGAUGUCAUGUUGGGGCCCCACAAUCUUUUUCAGGAGUUAGCGCCUCUGACUGUGAGUAUUCACAUACUUAUGCGUUCACACUUUCCCAUGGUUUGGCUUAACAUUCCAUAUUCACCAAAGUAUUGCCUUGAGAGGCAGUGGAGUAUGGCUCAGUCAGGAAGGUGAAGUCAAACUGCUCCGCCAGCUCCCCACAGGGCAUUUUUUUUUAAUUAUAAAUAAUUUUUAUUAUUUUCCGACACAAAUAUACAAUUCUAUCAAAUUUUCACAAAUUUGUUUCUUUUUAGACUUCCUUCGGCUUCUCUGACAAUCAUCCAUAUUUACCUCUCAGUUUACGCAUUCCUCUGUUUAUAUUGCCAUUAAACUUCCCUCCCACUCCUAUUUCUUUUUAACAAUAUAUCUCAACUUUCACAGUGCUUCUUGAAAUCCCACCAGUGUUGUUUGCACAUCACAUGUUCUUUUCAGAUACUCAACAAAUUUCCCCCAGUCCUCGAUAAACUUUUGGUCUCGAAGAUAUCUAAUUUUCCCGGUUAAUCUGUCCAAUUCUGCAUAGUCAGUCAGUUUCAGUCUCCAUUCUUCUAUUGUCGGUGUUUCUUCUUGUUUCCAUUUCUGGGCCAGUAGAAUUCUUGCUGCUGUGGCUGCAUAUUGAAAAAGUUUACAGUCUUUUCUUCUGAUUUCAUUCCCUAUAAUUCCUAAAAGAAAGGUCUCUGGUUUCUUUACAAAUGUAUAUUUUAACAUCUUUUUCAUUUCGUUAUAGAUCAUCUCCCAGAAGCCCUUCACUUUCUUACAUUCCCACCACAUAUGAUAAAACGUACCUUCUUUUUCUUUACAUUUCCAACAUUUGUUACACAUCUUAUACAUUUUUGAUAAUUUUACCGGUGUAAUAUACCAUCUGUAAAACAUUUUCUUUAAGUACUGUACAUGCAGUAAAUCUUAAAUUCUCUUUCCACAGUUUUUUCCAGUCCUCAAACUGAAUAUUAUAACCAAAAUCUUUAGCCCAUUGUAUCAUUACCGAUUUAACUUCUUCAUCUUUAGUGUUCCAUUCCAACAAUAUUUUAUACAUUUUUGACAAAAUUUUACAAUUAUUGUUUAUCACGUCUGUCUGGAACUUUGAAUCUUUUUCUACAUAACCACUUUCUUUAAUGUCUUUUUUAAACAUUUCAUUAACCUGGAAAUAGUGCAACCAAUCAUAUACAUAUUCUUUGACUUGUUCAUAUGGUUUUAAUUUCCAUUUUCCUCCUUCUUUGAUUAUCAAUUCACCAUAUGUAAUCCAAUUACCUCUCAUAUUUAUUUUCUUUACACUCAUAACCUCUAAUGGAGACAACCAGUGUGGAACUUUCAGUUCUAAUAGGUUUUUAUAUCUAUCCCAUAUUUCAAUUAAUGACCUCCGAAGUAUGUGGUUCCCAAAGCCUUUAUGGAUUUUCUUCUUUUCACACCAUAAAUACGCGUGCCAUCCAAAUCUGUUAUCAAAUCCUUCUAAGUCUAAUAGUUCUUUAUUCUCUAAUUUUAUCCACUCUCUCAACCAGCAAAGACAUGCUGCUUCAUAAUAUAGUUUCAAGUCUGGCAGGGUGAAGCCUCCUCUUUCCUUUGCAUCCGUUAAUAAUUUAAAUUUAAUUCUCGGCUUCUUGCCCUGCCAGAUAUACCUUGAAAGCACUCUUUGCCACUCUCUAAAGAUUGCUACCCCCUUUAAUAUGGGGAUAGUUUGAAAUAGAAAUAACAUCUUUGGAAGGACACUCAUCUUUAUCGUAGAUAUUCUACCCCAAAAAGAUAAUUUCAUUCUUCCCCACACCUCUAAGUCUCUCUUUAUUCCGUUCCAAACCGGUAUAUAGUUAUUCUGAAACAAGUCGAUAUUCUUAGGAGUUAACCAAAUUCCUAAGUAUUUAACCUUUUUCACCACCUCUAUCUCUGUCCUUUGUUGCAUUAUUUCUAUUAUACUUUGAUCCAUAUUUUUUGUAAUUAUUUUGGUUUUCUUCUUGUUUAAUCUGAACCCUGCCACACUUCCAAAUUUCUCAAUCUCAUCCAAAACUUCUUUUACACUUUCUAAAGGUUCUUCAAUCGUAAUUACCAGAUCAUCAGCAAAGGCUUUUACUUUAUAUUCAUUCUGGCCAACUGUUACCCCUUUUAUUAGUUCAUUUUGUCUCAUUGACCUCAGGAAAACCUCUAGGACCAUUAUAAAUAGUAAUGGCGAAAGUGGACACCCCUGUCUAGUUCCUUUUGUUAUUUUUAUAUCUUCUGUGGUUACAUUAUUUACAAUUAACUUUGCUUUCUGCUCUGUAUAAAUUGCCUUUAUCCCAUUAAAGAACUCAGUUCCCACAUCCAUAAACUCCAGGUUCUUCAACAUAAAGUCCCAAGCAAUAUUAUCAAAUGCCUUUUCUGCAUCAACAAACAUUAAUAUAGCUUGCUUCUCAUUCCUUGCAGUCAGAUAUUCCAAAAUAUUAAUUACAUUUCUUAUAUUAUCCUUCAUCUGCCUGCCUGGAAGGAAACCUGCUUGAUCUUCAUGAAUAGUUUCUUUCAGUAUUUUUUUCAAUCUAUUCACUAAAAUCCCUGCAAAUAUUUUGUAAUCUAUAUUGAGCAGUGAAAUAGGCCUAUAAUUUUUCACUUGUGUUAGAUCUGAGUCUUGUUUAGGGAUCAAUGUAAUGAAAGCUUCUUUCCAUGUUUCUGGGAUGUCUCUUUCCUUUAAGAUGUUGUUCAUUACUUCUUUCAAUGGUUGCAUUAAAACCUCUCUCAUUUCUUUAUAAUAUCUUGCUGUAAAUCCAUCUGGUCCUGGGGCUUUCCCUCUUUUCAGUUCCUUUAUAACUUCUUUUAUCUCCUCAUUUCCUAUUGGGGCAUUCAGUUGGUCUUUCUUUUCUGUCGGGAUCUUUUGCACCUUUUUUUCUUUCAAAAAUCGUUCUAUUUUCCUCAUGUUGUUUCUUUCUCUGUUUCUAUAUAAAUGUCUAUAAAAAUCCAAGAAUCCUUUUCUGAUUCCCUUCGGGUUGUCUAUCUCUUCUCCGUUUACCAUGAUUUUGUUGAUCGUAUUUUGCUCCUUUCUCUUUUUAAUUUGCCACGCAAGCCAUUUGCCAGAUUUGUUCGCAAAUUCAAAAUUUUUUUGUCUUAGUCUUUUGAUGUUCAACUCUAUUUCUUUAUUUAUAAUCAUUGCGAAUUGUGCUUGCAAAGUCUUAAUCUCUUGUUUUAUUUUUAGGUUGUUUGGUUUUUUAAUAAGUUUUUGUUCAUUGUCCAUUAUCUGCUUUAAAAUUUCUUUUCUCCCUUUUUCUCUGUAUUUGUUCUUCAAUGAAUUCUGUUGAAUGAAAAAACCUCUCAACACUGCCUUCCUUGCUUGCGUCCCAUACUACACUCAUCUUCGUACCUUUGUUGCUGUUCUCCACAAAAUACUCAAUUAAUUUCUUUCUUGCUUUUUCUAUAAUUUUUUGAUCAUCUAAGAGACAAUCAUUAAUUCUCCAUCUGAAAGUUCUUUCUUCAAAUCCUUUCAGUUCCAUUUUUAUUGGAUUGUGGUCCGAGAUUGUUCUAGGUUGAAUCUCAAUUUGCCCCACAGGGCAUUUUGAAUGUGGAGAAACAAGGUCUGCAUAUUUAGCUGCAAAAAUUCCAAAUGAAGGAAUCUUUAAAAAUAAGGGGAAAGAAGGAAGAUACAAAAUAAAGGGAACAAAUGUUGAAUUUGGAGUGAGGAAAUUUGUAAACUUGGGAGUAAACUGAUGCAGUGGAAGAUGUACAGAAGCUUACCAAGUUGAGGAAAGGCACAAUCAUCUUGUUAUCUGCUGUGCUGUUAAAAACCUGCAGACUUUUCACAAAGUCUGUUCUGACAUUGCCUUAAUAUGAAUGCUACUCUAGGCAAUUAGUUCACCUGGUAACAACCUAACACACCCUUUCUCUUUAUCAUUUCAUUCCUUAUUUAUAUAUUCAGUGUAGUCAUUUUUACCCCUACAGCCUGGACAGUGAGCGGCCUUGAGCUGGCUGUGGUUGGAGAUGCAGAAUUCUGUGGACCUUCACCAGACCCUGCAAUGCACUCCUUAUCCUCUUACUUCAGAAGUUCCUAUACACAACAUGUAAUGCAUGAAGAGAAGAAAAUGCUUAUUAUAGAUUUAUUCUAUAUUAAUAAAUAAUUUUGUAAUAUACACAUGCCCUCAACCUUACAUUUAAUUCUUUGUACUGAAUUGCUAAAGUUUUCUUACUCUUGAUAUAUGUUUUUCCACUUCUGCUUUAGUUAGUAAUUGUUUUCAGGCAGCUUUGUUGCAGGAAGCAGGUGAAAAGCCAUCAUUGUUCCACAUAAAAACAUUUGCUUCACCUAGAAUUGUUUUUAGCUGUGAAUGAAAAGGAAAAGAAAGGGUAAAGCCCUGUUUUUAUUUCCUUCCUGUUGUACAAGAUAAUUUCACACAAAGGGGGUUAGUAGAUACAUAGUCCUGCAUGGGCUUAACAUGAACCUGAAAUUUAAACUCCCAAGUUAAUAUUUAAAAGCCAAUACAUAACUGGAACAUUCAUGUAUUCUGCUUAGGUGUGUACUUUUCUUACAGACUAGCCUUAAUUUGACAUUGAGCUUAUGAUUUCCCUGUUCAUGAUCUCUCCUGAAAUUAUGUCUAGCUUUGCCUCAGUUCUUUCUCUGAUCAGGUUUUCUUCGCUACCUUACAAGCUUUACUGAAGUCUUUACCAGAGGUCAGCUGCCAACCACUGAAGACUUCUGGUCUUCAAAAUGACAGCUGCUGGACUCUUUUUUCCCCACUUGGAAUCCUUCUUAGCUUCUGCCUUCUGUUAUUUCAGCUUUAAGGUGUUUGCUGCAUCAUCUGUUGCCUAUAGCAACAGUGAUUUCUCAGUUCCUAUCCCCUCUCUGGAAUCUUGCUGCUGCUUAAGUUGUUUGGGAGACGGUGAAGAGAUAUAUCAAAGACUAACCCUUUUACAGCGCUUAGCCUGCCCUUUUAUUCUCUCCAACCAGUUGCCACAUUCUCACUAAUAUGAUGAACGCCAUUGGCCUAGAACUAUGGACCAGUAAAUUUGAAUGGAAUGUCCCACAAAAUGAUUUGCUAUAUUUUGACCUUUUCGUAUUCUACUGAAUCAUAUAAAAGCCAAAUGUGACAGCAAAUUGUUAUAACUGAAACCUCGCAAGUUACAUAGUCUUGAGCAACAGCGUCAGUUUAACUGCCUCUUGCAAACUGCCAACUGAACCCCAAUAUGGCAGCUGUAAUCCAGCAAAAUCUGGGGAGCACCAUGUUGGCUAUGUCCACAUUAGAGAACGGCAGAGUUGGCAGAUUACAAGGUCAGCCUUGAGUAUUUGUUCUAUUUGCAAAGUCUCUUCAUACCUAGUUUAAAUUCUUUGGUUACUGUAGGGCAAGCCUUCCCCAACCUAGUGCCUUCCAAAUAGUCAUUCUGGCUGGAGCUGAUGGGAGUUCCAGUUCAAAACAUUUUGAAGGCACUAGAUUGAGGGAGGCUGCUGCAGAAUCUUGUAACUGAAAAGGCAACAGUCUAUUAAAUCGAGAGGUUUGUCUAGGUUCAACCUCUCAAAAUACAGCUUUUUAAAACCAAUUCUUCAAAACUGAAUAACAUUCCCAUCCAGGGAAUUUCAUUCAAAUUCCAAGAGAGCCCAGUUUUGGCACCAAAUCUGAAGCACACGUAAUCCUGAGUACUCCCUCUACAAAAGAUAUAUGCAUGUAGUUUAAUAGUAAAGUAGCACUGUGGUUUAGUAAGCACAAGCUCCCUUUUGAGCACAUCUUUUGCUCUUGAAGAAUGGUUUGUAUGCGUUACGUUGAUUUCUUUGUACUUCCUUACUUAACCGUAUUUUUUUUUAAAAAAAAUAUUAUCAUAUUUAUACUGUAUAAAGCGUAGCUUGGGGGUGUACAGCUAACAAAAUCCCCGCCUGCAAAUGAUCAAAGCAUGGAACUAAAAUAUUAAGCACAAGAAAAAUGCAAUCUUUCUUUUCCAUUCCUUUUUGGCUUCCACACAGUAUUUCCAGCUGGGUAUGUGUUGCCAUGAGAUGAAGUGGAAUCAAGUAUAUUGUAAGAGAGUGCAUUGUUCAUCCGGAUCAGUUCCAUUCUAGAAAGGAAAGUUAGCAACUCGUACUUUCAACAAGACUGGAGGGAGGAUUCCUUAUGGAUUAUGAGCCUCGCUGCCUCCCACCCCCAUAAGUUCCACAGCGGCAGGCAUAACUGGCAAAUAAAUGUGCAGGCAAAGUGAGCGUGAAAUAUCUACUUGCAUUUCAUCAGUAUUAAUUCAUACAGUAUGAACAGUUUGGGAAGCUCUGCCUUUUUUGGAUAUCUAUGUGCUGUAGAUAAAAAAACUAAUUUGAAGGAUUUUCAAUAUAACACCUUUAAUUACCAAGCUACUUGUUUGAAAUAACAUUACAGAUCUAAUAAGUUUCCAUAUGAAGAGAAGAAUACAUGUUUCAGAUUCUGUCAAGUUUUUAAAAGUGGAUUACGCUAACUUCUUUCUUAUUGUUUGUGAUAAUUGGCAUAUUUAUCUUAAAUGUUGGACAGGAUGAUUCUCCACCUGCCUCUUUUCUAAUAAAUCUUCAGACUGGUUUACCUUGAAUUUAGAAAAAUAGUGUUUUGUGUUUCAGCUUGGUUUAUGUAUCAUUCUCAUAGCAUGCCCAAGCAUGGUAUAUUGAAUAGCCUGCAAGUAGCUUCCCCAGUCUUUUUUUAUAAUAGUGCCUCUUGGUUGUUUCGCUUCCCUCAGAAGUUUAGGGGCAAAUGUUCUCUGUGGCAGUCCUAAAAUUGUGGAAUUCUCCCACCUCAGAGGUACUUCUGGCUUCUUCCCUAUAUAAUCUCCAACAAAUGCUGAAGAGACACCUCUUUACCCUGGCCUUUGACACCUGAGAUGUGUGUUUUCAGGGCCUGCCCUAUUCCUGUGACUGUACUGUAUUUUAAUUCCUGUUUAAAGUUUUAAUUGUAAAUUGUUGUAACUCCCUGGUGAUGGUUGGGUAAAAAAGUUAAUAGUAGUAAUAAUAAUGAUAAUAAUAAUAACGUAAAAGUUCUGGUGUUUGUUGCCUCAUAAUUUAAUGUAAGAAAGAGGCUGUCUAUAUUAUGCCACACCUGAAAUUACCAAUCGUAUAAAUGAUAUGAAAGAGCACUGAAGAUACUGAAUAGCAUUUUUCUUCCUUUUUCCAUUUCAGAUCUGGGACAUGAGCGAUGAUGAAACACUCUGAAAGCUCAGUGAAUGAAGAGAAAGAUGACCCACUUCAGGGUGUGUUGGUCAGUCAUAUGACAAAUUAAUGAUUGCUUACUUAACUGUGGCUGUUGUAAAUAGAAACACUUACGGUGCACAACUUUUACUGGGAUGGGACAGUAUUGCAAUUCAAGGCACUUGUACUAUGAGUGUAAUUUCUCUUUCUAUUGUGUGUGAAAUAUAUAUAUAAGAGAGUUACAAUUAAAAUCUCUCUAUUUUUUUCAGCUUCUAAAUAUAGCUUAUAUUUAAAAUACCUCUGAAGAAAACUUCUUUGUUUAUUUUUCUCCCAGUUUGACUUUUUCUUUUAAGUAAACAUUCUGAACAAAUUAUGCCUUUUGAAACACUUCAGGGAUUUAUAGCCAAUGUAUCCUUGUCUCUGAGGUAGACAAUAAGAAAUUAGUCACAUUGAGAAUAAAUAGAAUGAGAGGGUCCACAUGUUUAGUCUCUCAAAAAGACAUUUCCUCUGGUUGUUUCUGUAUAUGGCAACACUCUAUAUAUUCUCAACUUUUAGUGCCUUUUAAAAAAAUGGUAGUUGAUAACUAAUGAUUUUCUUCCUUCCAAUACUAAUAGUUCAUCUUCUGCCUCCAUAGCGAGGUGAUUGUCCACCAACACCAAAACUAUGCCAUGAGCCUCUAAAGUAUAAUGAAUUUAAAUAAUAAUAAGGAAAUCUAUGUUAUUUACUGUUUUUAAUACAAGUAUUAUUUUAUCUUCUUUGUCAGCACAUAAACAAUGAAACAGCUAUGCAGAAUCUUCAUGCUAGCAUUUUGUGCCCUUUGCCAUUGGACUACUUUCUCAAAUCGUAUCUGGUUGCAGUCACAAAUCUGGAGAGGCUCAGAGUAGCCAGAUUAUGGCAUAUCAUGUUAACAGCAUACUUUUAAUCUGUAUAUUGCUCACUGAAUCUUGUCUCUACUUGAUUUCUUAUUUCUACUAAUUACAAAACCCCUGUUUAUUUCGUCUUACGUUUUCUAUCUAGUAAGUUAAUCUAGCUCUUGGGAAGGGGUGUGCAUUUAAAAAAAAUCUCAACACUUAGAAGCUGUACGUUAGCAAUAGCAGAAAUAGGAAGCACAGUUCUCAUGUGUAUGCAAGUGCAAUCUUUUAAUUUAAAAUAAUAAAAUUGCAUAAUGGCCUUCAGGCACUGCUUUCUGAGGAAAUUCAACAUCUCUGAUGACAGACUAGAACUCUACACUGGGAAAAUUUAGUACUCCGCAGCUUGCACUGAGUCACCAGCACAGACGUCAUUUGUAGAUAGUGAAACAGGAAACUCUGUUUUGAAAUUCUACAGUCUUGAUUAGCUGAGAGUCCAAAACAGCUCGGGGUCCCAGGAAUACUCUCCAAUGAAUGUCUGUCUUGACGCUUGGAUUAUCAAGAUUGAAUUUGUCAACUCUUUUUCCCCUCCGAGAGUUUUAGCUAUAUAUGACAUUUUAAGCACAGGGUAAUAUGAUGUUUCCUUGCUUAGUAAUUCCAGUAACUUAGAGUUGUAUAAGACUGAGCUUGCUUCCUGUACAUAUGCUUCCCAGAUGUCUGUGCUGUGCAGAAGUACUCCACUGUGACUUAGAAAACCUUCUGUUGUUUAACUUUAUUGUGUUUUCCUCUCCCCUUACAAACCAGAAUGGCGCUCUUGCUUGCUUGCUUGUACGCUUGCUUCUAGGUGUUUUUCCCCCCUUUGUAAAAUGUUUUAAGCACUUAAUUGAGGAAAACAUAAUGAAAGAUUUUAUUCUAAUGAAUGAAAUGUACAUUAAAAGAACUUCCAAGUACUUUUACUCACUGCCUUGUUUGCAUAGAUAGACGUCUGGCACCACCAUCUACUGUUGUCGUUUGAUAAUGGAGGAAGUUGAAAUUUGAGCUCUGGGGAAUGAAUGGGUGUGUUUUUGCUGGCAUGACUGUCCAAAAGUAAAAGUCUUGAUUAUUAU